GGCGUGGCGCUGGCCCGGGUGGGAGGGGUUGUGUGGCGCUCCGGGGACUCUGCCCAUCCCGCUCUCCCAGGCUCUCUCCCUCCCUCCUUCCUGCUGGAGCUGCCCGGGGGAGUCCGAGCGCUGUCGGCCGCCCUCAUGCUUGGUGUGGCCGGGAUGGCGAACAGGUAAGAGCUGAGCGCGGUGCCUGCUGGGAGUUAGCGUGUUAGGGAAUCUUGGCUUAGGGUGAUGUGAGCAGCGGUCUGUGUGCGCCCGGUGUCCCCAGCUCUGCAGUGUGUGAGUAUCCCAGUGCUGGAGUUUGGGUAUAACUUUCUAUGGAGACCCCCGCCAUGGCAUGGGGUGCUGCAUGCUGUUAACCUGCUCUGUGCCAGGAGCCUGCAGCUCACAUCACUGGCACUCAGGGGGUUAAUCCCCCAUGGCAGCUGGGAGAAUGUGCCAUAGGCGGCUAACCUUUGGCACAUUAAUGAUGCCGUGCCAGCCAUGCACCAAUAAUGGCAAACCUCUGGCAUUCCAGCUGUUCUAGACUGCUGUCUGUCUGAUCAGCAGAGAAGCAUGGUGCAGGGCGUCUGGAGUGCCAGAACUAAGUUACCCAUCACUUCACUGGUGAAUAGUGUCUGGCUGAGCACCAUGGGAGGUGUGAUCUGCAUUACAUCUGGAGUAGCAAAGGUUAGCAGUCACUGCAGUAGAGAUAUCCACAUUGAUAUUUAUAUUACAACUUGCAAGGCAUUGCUCUCAAUAUCUAUUAUAUUAUGAGUCAUUUGUUGGAAAUUUGAAAAGAAUUAAUAGAACAUUCUGUGUUCAAACCUUCAUGGAAAGAUUAGCAUUAUGAUGAUGAGCCGUAGUAUUGGUAUGGAGCAGAUGUGGUGCCCAUAUAAAAGCUUGAUUACAGUCUUAUCCCAUAACCACAGACUUGUAAAAGUUUUAGGAUUGCAUUCCAUAAAACUGUGAGUAAUUGUAUAGAUUGGGACAUGCAGUGCUUUUCUGCGAUUUUUUUUUUUUUUUAACGUUCAAAAUGAAAGGAUUUUCUCACUGAACUGAGAAUUAGGGGGGCAAAAGAAAAUUCUUCAGCUCUGCUAAGUUUGAGAUGGGCUGUUUUUGGCCUACAAAUUGCAUUUCUCUUAUCAGCUCUUUACAAUUUUGAGUUUAGUUAUUUAAACUCAACAGGUUUAUAGGUAAUGGACUUGCGUUGAAAAUUAUACCUUGUCUAAAUCGUGCCUCUCAAACUCUGGCCCUAAAUUUAUUUCUGAUGUGCAACUGCCUUUUGUUUCUCUGGCCAUUAUUAUUAUUAUUAUUAUUAUUAUUAUUAUUAUUAUGAUAUUUAUAUAGCGCCAUCAAAUUCCGCAGCGCUUUACAAUCUAAUGUAUUCAAAGCAUCAUGGGAGUAAUAGGUCAUUGACAUCUGCAGGGCAGUGUUUCUGCCCUAAAUGGUGUCUAGUUGGGUGGCAUCAGUCUUUUCCGGGUGCAGAAUCCCAUUUCAUCUAUAGUGCAUUGCAGGGCCAUGUAGCACCUGGAGCGUAUUAGUGUGGUCCUGCUUUGGCCAUCCUUUAUUCUACAGAAAUAUCCAUCCAGGGACCGUGCUACAACAGUUCGACAUCUUACAGUGGAACAAGCAAGAACUGAGAUAUGAAAUUCACCAUGGUAGAGAGGUUGUGUUGUAGAAUGAAUAGGUGCCUUUGAAAAUGUGCUGGAUGACAUUUUAGCCAUUAUUAAUUGGGUGGACAAGCAGAAAAGUUGCUGGAUAACAUAAUGUUUUAUUUUUGUUCCACAUUUUUGAAAUGCCUAUAAAAAUCAAAUCCCAUGUGAAACUCAUGAAACUUGGUGCAACAAUUGAUAACUGUUGUUCCAUAUAUUUGCAACAUGAAGGUCAGAUGUCAUAUGGUCUGGUAACAUCUUAGUUUUAUAGACUAGUUACGCACAGUUUUCGAACAACUUCAGAACCGCUCAUUCUACAGAUAUGCUACUUGUUGUGUAAAGUUCUGCCGUGACCUAGAUGUUCAUUGUUCUUAUCACUAAGCCACCAUAUUGGAUUGCGUAGUAUUCUUCAGAAUUUUAUUUUCUAUGAAACUGCUUGUGAGAACAGUGUAAAAUUAGAAACCUGCAGCUAGGUGUUCUACCUCAGUGUUGUUCAAAGCAACAGAGGAACAAUUCCCUGAGAGCACCUAAUCCACAAUGCACAGAGUUUUAAAAAAAGAAAAAAAACAAAAAGAUAAACCUAAUGUAAAAAUGAUAAAAGCGCCAAAACCAACUCAAAUAUUAGUAAUGAAAUAAACACAAAAGUUAAUUAAAAAUAUGCUAAUGUCCCAUUAAAUAAAGAUGGAUGGACACCAACACAUAGUGCUCUUUGUACAUUUAAAAGGACACUAUAGGGCACCAAAAUAACGUCAUCUAAUUGAAGUGGUUGAAAUGCACUGUCCCUGUUCUCUUAAAGGGACACUAUAGGCACCCAGACCACUUUAGCUCAUUGAAUUAGGCUGGGUGCAGUGUCCUUAUUGCACUUAGAGCUGUAAUGUUAAACAUGGCAGUGUUAGAGAAACUGUGCACUGUUUACAUUGCAGCACUAAGUCUGCCUCCAUUGGCUGUCCGGUAACUGAUUUCUUCGCCCCCCCCCUGUCCCCCCCCUCCCGCUCUGCAUGAGGACAUCCAGCACCAGCUAUUUACCCAUCGGAAAGCAUUAAUUCAAUGCUUUCCUAUGUGGAGGCAUAAUGCGCACUCUGCACUCGCUGCGCAUGUGCCUUAGCACCCGCUCUUUGGAGGAGGUGGAGUCAUGACCCAGUGCAGAGGGACAUGGGCGCUGGGAUAAGUUAAGUAAAUCAUUUAUUUAUUUUUAUAACCCUUUAUUUACCAGGGAGGGGAGGAGGUAUAGUUCCAAGAAUACAGCUUUGUAUUCCUGGCACUAUAGUAUCACCUUUUUAAAGGAAUUCUAUACUGUAAGGAAUACAAAGUUCUCCUUCGGCGCUGAGUUGGCAAUCCACUUUCUCUGACGUCAUCCGAGCUGGAGGGGGGUUUAAUGUGCAUGCUUUCCUAUGGGGAUUUAACUGAUGCUAGAUGUCUUCAUGUAGGACGUGUGGACGUCCAGGGUCAGUUAGGCAACCCAAAAAUCGAUUUAAAGGAACACUAUAGUCACCUAAAUUACUUUAGCUAAAUAAAGCAGUUUUAGUGUAUAGAUCAUUGCCCUGCAAUUUCACUUUUCAAUUCACUGUCAUUUAGGAGUUAAAUCACUUUUUCUGUAUAUGCAGCCCUAGCCACACCUCCCCUGGCUAUGAUUGACAGAGCCUGCAUGAAAAAAAUAACUGGUUUCACUUUCAAACAGAUGUAAUUUACCUUAAAAUAAUUGUAUCUCAAUCUCUCAAUUGAACUUUAAUCACAUACAGGAGGCUCUUGCAGGGUCUAGCAAGCUAUUAACAUAGCAGGGGAUAAGAAAAUCUUAAUUAAACAGAACUUGCAAUAAAGAAAGCCUAAAUAGGGCUCUCUUUACAGGAAGUGUUUAUGGAAGGCUGUGCAAGUCACAUGCAGGGAGGUGUGACUAGGGUUCAUAAACAAAGGGAUCUAACUCCUAAAUGGCAGAGGAUUGAGCAGUGAGGCUGCAGGGGCAUGUUCUAUACACCAAAACUGCAUCAUUAAGCUAAAGUUGUUCAGGUGACUAUAGUGUCCCUUUAACCACCAGGAAGUGCCUCUAGUGGCUGCAAAAACUGCAGUGAUUUACAUUGCAAAACUAAAGAGGACAGAGUCACUGCACCUACACCACUUCAAUGAACUGAAGUGGUAUGAAUGCCUAUAGCAGGGGUCAGCAACCUAUGGCACAUUGCCAUGGAUGGCACUCAGGGUGCCUUUGUACGGCACUAAAGGCUACUAGAGCUAAACAGGGGGCAUAUCAGGAGUCCUUAGUGUAAACCGGGUGGUGAUUGCAGGCGUUGAAGGACAAUCCUCAAUUUACGCAUUUCAGCAUUUAGAGGAAAUGAUCUCAGAUCACUAUAUCCCAGCCCUGGUGAAUGAAACUCCCCCACUGGAGUAGAGUAACCUGCAGCAGCUAUUGCAGCUCCUGCCCUUCACCUGUACCUUGCUAGCCCGGAUCUUACUGGACCCCCGGGAAAUCACCCACACUGCUAGAUAAACACAAAGCUGCAGAAUUAGCCUCCCACUUAUACAAAUAAUAGAAACAGUCCACACACAAAUACACAGUCCCCACAAACACAAAACUAUGGACUGUCCACAUACACGGACAAACACACACAUACCCAAAGCAAACACACAACGUGACAUGUCAUCCACACACAAUUCAACAAGCAGCCCCUAUACAUAGCCCACAUUCAUAGGUAUCCUACACAAUGUCACAAACUACUCCUGAAUGAAUUCUAUACAGUGUAACAGCCCACGUAGGCACAAAUACAAUGCUACAAAGCAACUGCAGCACCCACAAAUAACACAAGUAGAAUACGCCAUCAUACACACUCAAUUUAACAAAAAUAGUACCGGCACUCCAAUUGAGUUCAAAAUCUUCAUUUAGCACAGUACUACUAAAAGGUUGCCUACCCCUGGCCUAUAGUGUGUCUUUAACCCUGCAAUCUGCCACUAGUGAUGCUUCGUGCAUUAAGCAGAUUUUAACUCCAUGAAAUGAUGUCCAGUGUCUUCAAAUAUUGAGUCAAUACAUUCCUAUGGGGAGGAUGUAAUGUGCACCCCAUGAAUGCUCAUUAGGUCUCCACUUAGCACUGACAUUGGAAGAGAGCGGUGGAGCCAGCGCCGAGGUCCCUCAAUGCUGGCUCCGACUCCUCCGUGUAAGUGUUUAAAGGGUUUUUGACCCUGUAAUAGUGUCGGGCCAUGUUGGUGGGGGUGGCAGAGGGACACUAUAGCCUAAUAAAGAUUUGUAUUCCUAACCCUAUAGUAAGUUUCUUUAAGAUUUCUUCAAAAAACACUUGGUGUCAUUAGCAAUGACAAUUACAAUGCACCAUACUCUACUUCUAAACACAUUCAAUGGUGGAACCUCCAACUGUAUCUUAGAGUUAGGAAAUUACAUUGUCCAGAUCAGACCGGGUAUAUUGCAAAUGAGGAGGAGAAAGUGAAACAUUAUUUAAUUUGUCCUCUUCUUUAUGUUGACUGCCAGGUUCAAAGGAUAGAGCUUUUAGUAAUAAUUGACAGGGAUCAAAGAUAUAGGCAACCAAUUGCAGGACAAAGUCACAAAUACAUAUUUGUAAAAUGUAGGGAUAACAUAUCCUCUUUAAUCAUAAUUAUACAGAAGGGUUUAUUUUUUUGUUUUUUAUUUUUUGGUAUAUGUUAAUCAUGUUAAAUUACUUAACGUUAAUUGCUUUGAUGUAACAUUGCUUUUGUUACACUAAUAAAUAUCUAAUUGCCAAGUCCUGUAAGUGCACCCAAUUACUCUUAUGCCCACGUGGCAAACAAAGGGUUUAAAACCCUUUUAAAUACUUCCCUGAUUAGCGCCAGUGUCCCUCGGCACUGGGUUUGGCUUCUUUUCCUCUUGACGUCAGACGUACAUUAGGCCUUCCCCAUAGGAAAGUAUUGACACAAUGCGAUUCUAUGGGUUUUUUGAAGGCGCUGGACAUUGGUUCAGUCAGGUAAGGCAAAGAGAGCGAAUUCCUCCUACAUCUGGUUUUUAUGUCUAAGUAGGCUGACCUGUGAUCUCACUGCCAGAAGCACAUGGCUUAAGGAUUCCUACACACUGCCCCUAGAGGUGCCUCUAAAGCAUUAACCUCAUUAUGCAUUAUUUUAUGACAUAAGUUAUUAUAACUACUAUUACAGGGGGAUACCAGAUUCCCCGGUGGUCCAGGGCACAGCAAGUUCUAUUGUAAAGAGGGGGCUUCGGAGUCUAAUCUUACACCUCAAGCAGCAGGUCCUCUCCUCUUGCAAGCAGCAUUGCAUUGCCUUCUGUGUGGAGCUUUGCCAUGGCAACCCACAGCAACACUCUCGCGGUUCGUGAGAGGAGAGAUGGUGUAAGAUGAUCCUCCUUGGCACCCUGUUCAUUAAAUAAAAUUUAUAUACCAUGAAUGGAGCAUUGUCUUAGUAUCUCUUCCGGAGUUGUGUCUAAAAGAUGUUGUAUACAACAAACACAUUUUUCCUCACCAUAAUUUUUUUUUUUUUAGGGGGGAGAAGGGAGGAGGUGUGUGCCCUGUGCCGCCUGGGUUACCUAUACAUGGGUUAGCCCUGUAUGAUGGCGACAUUUUGCAUAAGUACUGUAGAUUACUGUUUGAAAUUUUAGGGUAUUGACAAAAGUGCAUUAAUGUUAUGGAGAAUAAUAGUUGUUCUGAGCUAUAUAUGAGGAAAAUCGUCUCAAACCACACCCUUUGUGAAAUCACACUCCCGAUGUAGUUUUCAUUUUUUCCUUUCUACAGAUUUGUUUCUUAGCAGCAUUUCUGAUUUAGGGUGUGGACUAUUAUAAAUGAAGACCUGACAUUCUGCCAUAUAAUAUAAAACUUUUCUUAAUUGCCACAUCUAUCCCAGCUAUAAUUCCAAGCUAACAAUAAAGGCUCCUUGUUCUCAUUUUUAUGCUUCUUUCUCUAGCAUUGUUCCAAAGCAUAUCUUGUCCAUACAAGGCAUGAAGUAAAGUCCCAAACAGGAAGAUACAUUGAAUGUGUGGAAUGUCUGUGAUUCUCUUACUCUUUAGUUUUUGCAAUGUGUGGUGUUACACCCCCAGGAAUUGAGUAGAGUAAUUGACCAUAUGGCCGAUUUAAAGCAAAUGGCUGUGGAGCAAAUAAUUGUUAUGUUUUCCUCCCUCAUAGUCCACCAGGCUUACACAGUAUACAGGCCAAACAACUGCAAAUUAACCAAUCUGGUCUAUAGAAAGUGAAAAACUAUAGCUUAACUUAUAGAUUACUUGGAUCUUAUCAAUUACUGGACACUUUCCAUUUGGAAUGUGUUUAUAUUGAGGGAAACUUCAUUGUUGUUUAGAAUGUACUUUUCAUGUGGGGAAAAUAUAUUUUCUGACCAUGCUCAUAUGAAGGGUUAAAGCAAUUUUAACAUGAUCAAAAUUGUUUGCUGUUUUUCAGUAUGGAUAUGAGAGGCACAGUUAACUCCUUCAAUGACCAUAUCGCAAAGUAAGUACUUCUGUUAUUGAAAGACUGUUUUCCAUUAAUGUAAUGCUAUAUUCAUAUUAGUUUUCCAUGUGCGAUUUUAUUAACUAGUACAUUAAUUCACUCCCUACGUGUAAAAUAUACACUUGUCAACCUCAAGCAAAGAUAUUCUCUAAAAUAGGAAAGAGUAUUUCAAAUUUCAGAGGAAAAUGGAAAAGUGGAAUUUUUAAAAUGCUUUUUCAAAUAAUUUUUUUUUUUUUAAUAUUGUGUUUUUUCUUUUUUUAACAUUAUUAUUAUUAUUAUUAUUAUUAUUAUUAUUAUUAUUAUUAUUAUUAUUAUUAUUAGACUUUUUUAGUUUUAACCCCUUAAGGAUUAAAAGUUUCCCUUAAUCAUCAUCACAGCCUGUCCAGAAGACCUCAUGGAAUGUUUUCCUUAUUAAGCCCUUAAGGACCAAACUUCUGGAAUAAAAGAGAAUCAUGAUGGAAUAUUUCCAUCAUGUGUCCCUUAAUGGGCUAUAGCUGCCCUGUCAUUUAUUUAUUACCCCUGUAUCUUAAUGAUUAUGCUCCCUCCCUUGCCACUUGCAUUUAUUAAUAUUUAUUAUCUUUUCUUCCUCGUGCUGGGUCAGCCAUUUUGGUAUCUAUGCCAGUUUGGGGAUAACACCAACCACUUUUAAAGAGGUCCAACUCCACUUACUCGUGUUGUUAUCCAAUGACAAUCCUCAAAGGCAGAACAACUUGCAGACCUGUCCAGGUUGUGAUGCACCAUGCAAAGCAAAUGGCUGCCAUCAGACAUCUUGGUAAUGGGUGUGUUGUGUUUUCUUCUUCAGAAUUGUCUUGACCUGCUGUUAGUUGUUUAUCCUCUCAGCAGCAUAUCCAGUAAUCCAUUAAGGGGAGAGAUGGGAACUAUUCAUGACAGACCCAUAUUUUUCUAACACACACUUUGUGUGCAUUGUGAUUGGCUGAGAUAAUCAAUUCUGAUUAUGUUCUGCCAUUGAGGCUGAUCAGGGGCAGGCCUAGUACCGGUUCCAGUCCCUAUAUUGUCUGCUAAGCCCCACUUGCCCAUAUUAAUCAGCCUCCACUGCUGAUCUUUCUGAUUGGCAGAUGUUUGACUUGUGCACUGUUUACAGAUGUUACAAAGUACUAAUUUCUUAUAUUUUGUUAACUUAAUUACCAUGCAUUUUUUUUCUUUCUUUUUGGUUUUUAAUGUAUUCAUAUUUUGCAGAGACGGGUAACAAAAACAGAUUAGGUGAUGUAGGAUACAAGUGAACUAUUUUGUGUCCUGUUUGAUCAUGUUGGUGUUUGUUUCUUUAGCUGAAACUGAGCUUUUAGUUGCUAUCCAAGAAAUGUAGAUGCACACAUAUGUAGCUACAUCUUUUUUGUAAUUGAUUUUGUUUUGGUUCUCUUAAUUAGAAAUUCACAAUUUCUAACUUUCUGUAGUGUCCUGUUUCACCAUUUUUAUUUAUUUAUUUUUUUGGUAAGGUUUCAAUUUUGUGCCUCUGCAAGGGUUAAUUGAAAUUAAAAGUCUCUUCUCUGCAUCUCUGGCUUUCAUUGGUUGCUUCAAAUCUAUAGUGGCUGAAUUUACUUACCUAGUGCUGUUCCUGGUUUUUCCCAGUUGGACCGUACAGCGAAUAUCAUAAAUCCUUACCUAGAAUGCCUUCAUGGAAUAUGUAAUUCAGGACCCCCAUACAAUUUCUCUAAUAAAAAGGCAAGAAUGAAACUCUUCCUUGAGCUAAUAGAAGCCACAGCUUAUCCAUGACUUCAUGACUGAUAAAUAUUCGGUUUAUUGUUGCAUUAUUUUUGUACAUAUCUACAGCUAUAAUUAUAAAAAUAAGCCAGAGCAGUCGACAGGGGUGCUCUUUGUUUCAUAAACCGUACAAAGAGCAUAGGUUAUGCUGCUUUGAGUAUCUUAAUUUUUAGAAGAAUGGAUACACUUAUUUUUUUAUGCUCUCUUGAAGAUUUCAUCUAUACAUUGUGCUAGUGGUUUUGCUAGCAAAUAUAUGGAUUGAGGAAAAACCUAUUAUUUAUUUAUUUAUUUAUUUAUAUAUAUAUAUAUAUAUAUAUAUAUAUAUAUAUAUAUAUAUAUAUAUAUAUAUAUAUAUAUAUAUUUUAAUUUCAUGCAAUGCAGAGGCAUUGGAGGGGCAUGAUGUCACUUCGUUCAGAUGAUUGGAACGAAGCCAGCAUGACGGUGUCAUUGAGGAGGUUUGCCCUGCUUGUGGAUGCGUCUCCCAAGAAGGGCAAAUCAAAGAAGACAGCAGGUGGACCAGAGGAUAGCUCUCAGAUACUCGUACAUAAGAGUAACAUCCAAGAAGCGGCGCUUGAAUGGAGGAAAUGUAUUGAAUGCAUCAUGUAUCUUUGUGAUAUAUGAUGUAUUAAAGGGACACUAUAGUCACCAGCACAACUACAGCUUAUUGAAUUUGUUCUGGUGAGUAGAAUCAUAACCUUCAAGCCUUUUGCUGUAAACCCUGUCUUUUCAGAGAAACUACAGUGUUUACAUUACAGCCUAGUGAUAACUUCACUGACCACUCCUCAGAUAGCUGUUCGAUGUCCUUCCUGGGUCAUGGCUGUCUAAAAUGCAUCCAAACAUUCAGUAUUUCCUCCCUCUGCAUGCAGACACUGAACUUUCCACGUAGAGAUUCAAUGAUUCAAUUCAUCUCUAUGAGGAGAUGCUGAUUGGCCAGGGCUGUGUUUGAAUCAUGCUGGCUCUGCCCCGAUCUGCCUCUUUGUCAGUCUCCGCCAAUCCUAUGGGGAUGCACUGUGAUUAGAUCAGGCCACCACUUCUGAUGAUGUCAGCAGACCGUUUUCUAUUUUGAGGCAAACAGCAUGCAGAGCUACAGCUUCAGGCUUGAAUACAAGUAAGAUUUUGCUAUAUUUAUGGAGGCAUCCCCCCAUGGUGGUUUUAACACUAUAGGGUCAGGAUUACAUGUUUGUGUUCCUGACCCUAUAGUGAUCCUUUAAAAAAAAAAAAAAAAAAAAAUAUUGGAGCAAUUUACCCCUUAAGGACGGUGGCGUUCUACGCCGUCCUUUUUUUUUUUUUAGGCGGUCAUAAACGCGGGCGGCAUAGAACGUCCCUGACAUCCCUUGUACUUACUGGGUCCCCACCGCUCACCCGGCGGCGGUCGCGAUCAUGGUGUCUGCCCGAUCCGGUUUCUCCCUCCCCAGCCAUGUGAUUGCGGGGUCCUCGCGAUCACAUGGUUGGAAUAGCCGGCUUAUGCAGUGCCUGCAGCUCUCAGCUGUCCUCCUCAUGCCUGUAAAAAAGGUUUUGUAAAAGUUAUAAAACCGUUUUUAAAUUUAAAUAGUACUUAGAGUGUGUGUGUGUGUGUAUGUAUGUAUAAAAUACAAAUAAGUAAUUUAAAUUAAAUAAAAACAUGUAAAAAAUAAUAAACAUUUUAAAAAAUUAUAUCUAUUUGAAAUUUUAUUCUAACUGUGUUUUGAUAGUUAUAUAUUUAUUUAUAUACAAUUUCAUUCUAAGUGUAUUUUGAUAUAUCUAUGUGUAUAUAUAAAUAAAUAAAAGUACGAAAUAUACAUAUGUCCAUAUACAAAAUUACAUAAAUAAUUAUAUAAAUAUACACAGACUUCAAAUAUAUAAAUAUGCAUAUAUAUUUAAAUUCUAUGUGUGUAUUUAUGUAAUAUUAUUACAUAAUUAAGUAACUUUAUUGAUUGCAAUUUGAGGGACCUGCCUGCCAACCCAGGCCGAAAGUCCAGAGAAUUUAAUUUGCUAGCACUAUAUUUUACCCUGUAACUUUCUGUGACACUCUAAAACUUGUACAUGGGGGGUACUGUUUUACUCGGGAGACUUCGCUGAACACAAAUAUUAGUGAUUCAAAACAGUAAAACAUAUCACAGCGAUGAUAUGGUCAGUAAAAGUGACUUUUUUUGCAUUUUUCACACACAAACCGCACUUUUACUGAUGAUAUAAUUGUUGUGAUACGAUUUUCUGUUUUGAAACACUAAUAUUUGUAUUCAGCAAUGUGUCCUGAGUAUAACAGUACCCCCCAUGUACAGGUUUUAUAGCGUUUUUGAAAGUUACAGGGUCAAGUAUAUGGGUCAGAUAUUUUUACAUUGAAAAUGGCCAGGUUGGUUACGUUGCCUUUGAGAGCGUAUGGUAGCCCAGGAAUGAGAAUUACCCCCAUGAUGGCAUACCAUUUGCAAAAGAAGACAACCCAAGGUAUUGCAAGUGGGGUAUGUCCAGUCUUUUUUAGUAGCCACUUAGUCACAAACACUGGCCAAAAUUAGCGUUCAAUUUUAGUUUUUUACUUUUUUCACACACAAACCAAUAUGAACGCUAACUUUGGCCAGUGUUUGUGACUAUGUGGCUACUAAAAAAGACUGGACAUACCCCAUAUUGAAUACCCUGCGUUGUCUACUUUAAAAUAAAUUAUGUACAUGUGGGGUGUUAUUCAGAGAUUUAUGACAGAUAAUAGUGUUACAUUUUUAAAAUGUAUCAAUAGUGACAUUGUAUGUUUUGAAACCGCAAUAUCCUACUUGUACCUAUAGCCCUAUAAGCAAAAAAGCAUGUAAACACUGGGUAUUUUUAAACUUAGGACAAAAUUCUGAAUCUAUAUAGCAGUUUUUUCAUUCGCUUUUGUAGAUGAGUAAAAGAUUUUUCAAGUAAAAGUCAAAAAACAGGGUUUUUUUUUUCAAUUUUUCAUCAUAUUUUAUUUUUUUAAAUUACAUGAGAUUAUAUAAAUAAUGGUAUGUAAAGAAAGCCCUUUUUGUCCUGAAAAAACAAUAUAUAAUUUGUAUAGGAAUAGUAAAUGAGAGAGCGGAAAAUUACAGCUAAACACAAACACCACAAAAGUGUAAAAAGAGGCCUGGUCGCAAAUGUACAACAUCGCAAAAAAAGUCCAGUCCUUAAGGGGUUAAAGGUAGCUUGUGUAGGUAAACAUUGUUCAAUAAAUUUACAAUAUGUUCAGUCUAAUAUAUUAUUCACAGGUUUGAAUAACGAGCAAUCAUUUUGAUUUAUGUUUCCUUGUGUGUGAUUUUAUUGUUAAAUUGUUAGUUAAUGUUUUCUGGGGCACCUUUGUCCCAAAGCAGAUUUAGCAGUUUGUAGACACUUAUUUAAAUCCUUGUAAAUAUAGCACUUUGUAACUGUUGUAAUAAUGGUAUGAGGCAGUAUGCGGUUACGUUGAAGACUUUUAGUCACCACAGUUUGAUUAAAACAGCACAUAGAGAGAUAAUACUAUCGAGCAUCACCUUCAUAUCACAAAGUGGGCUUUGGACCUUUCUGCAGAUGUCAUUUAUCAAUGGAUUUAAAAAAAAAAAAAAAAAAUUAUAUAUAUAAUAUUAUAUUAUAUAUUUUUUUUAAAACGCCUGUUUUAUUACUUAUUAUUACAUUAUUACUUGUGAUGGAGAUUAAAGCUGCAUGUACCCACCAUUUUAUCAAUCUGUGCAUUGUUCUCAUUUUGAAUGUUUAUAGUUGUGGUUUUGUUUGUGGAUUGGAGUUUUCUUUUUUGUAUUUUGAGGAUGAAUCAUUAUUGUAAAUUAAAAUGAUGAAAGAGUUGCCUAGUUAUGGCAGACUAAUUAAUGCCAGUGUAAGACCUCUGGGUGUGGUAUAUUUAAGACCCAAAAUAAAUUCCAUGACUUUCCCAAUGUCUAUAGCAGUGUCUGCAUGUUUUAUGUUUAAUUUUAAUAAAUUGAUGCAUGCAAUAGACAUUUCACCAACCCUGACCUUUUACAAAAUGAGAAAUUCUUGGCAGAGUUUGAAAUGUGAAGACAUGAGCAGAGGCAUUUACACUGAUUUCCAAUGGUAUUGCUCUACAUUUAGAACUUUUGACCCCGAAUUGUUCUUUAUAGAGAUCACUUUAACUUAUGUACUAGAAACCAAGGUAAAGGCUACAGACCUCAUCCGCUAAGAAUCAAAUUGAUAUCACUUGGUUUAGAACUAACAUUAUAAAUGCUGUUGGAAAUGAAUAUCUGUUGAUGGCAUUUUAUUAAAUUGUCGGUGGGUAUGUUUAAAACAAGUGCACAGCCAAUGAAAAAACAAAUAAUGUGACUGGUGUCAAGAUUAAGCAGUUACUGCAGUCAUCCUGACAUGGUUUGAAAUUUAAUUUUAGUUAUAAAGAUAACUGACUUGAUAUGCCUUGAUAUGUCAGUUUUUGAAUAUUAAUAACUCCAUUCCCCGCACACAGGUCUCCCUUCUAAUGCAAGAAAGGGACUCUUGCCAGGCAUCUUAUCAGAAGCCCUAAUCCCAGAAAGCUCACAUCUCUAUAGAUAUUGCAUUGACUCUUAUGAGAAAUUGAUGGCAAUGUUAAUCAAACGAGUGCAUGACAUUCCACUUUCCAUUUGUCUUAUCUAAUAUGCUGCUGUCUGGCAGACCUACUUACUGUUACUGAAAGAGCACUGGAUAGCCUAGCCUGGGUUCUAUAGACUAUCUAUGACUACACAGACCUCAAGGUGUGGUAGGCUACCCCAGCAUAGCACAAAAUGGCCACCACUGAUGACCUAAUUUACUUACUAAGCUUGGUGUAUUGCACAAUUAUUUUAGCAGAUUUUACAUGUUCAGUUUCCAUUUAAGGUAAAGCAAGCAAUGCCUGACUUAAAAUGUAAUGUGAAGAUUUUUAGCAAGUGAUGGAUUUGUUGGAGAAAGCUAUCCUCCAGUUCACGGCUUGCAUAGAAGUAACUCUUUUGGAUGGCUUUGCCUUUACUGCAGAUGUGUUUCAGGGAGUUUUUAAUUGACUCUGUUCCAGUGGUGCAAUUACUCACUUGGCCUUUACAUCUUUGUAUAUUCAAAUGCACUCCUACACAGCCACAAGAUGAAAUAAAAUUAGAUUAUGAGCAAUAAAUAGCCUCUGUUAAAACAAUGACCCUAAAAAGUAUUUUGCUUUUGAUUGCAGGAAAAAAAUAUAGCUUGUGUGUUUUGACUGUUUAAAGUAUUUGUGGAAUUAUUCCUAACUGGAUCAAUAAAAAUCAGAAGGUCUUUGAAGUCUUAAAUUACUGUGACAGUUCAUCACUGUGUCUCUGGUUUUGAGCUACAGGGACUGUUGAUUCACCAGAUAGAAACCUGGAGGUAUGUAGGCUGUAGUUCCCAAUAAAAUCAGAAGUUGAUGUUGGCAGCUUACAGAGGCUUAGGUCAGUUUGGCAUGCAGAUGUGGCUGUGGGUAACUGAUUCACAUAUGUGGUCAGAAGCUGAGUAACCAUUUACUUCAUUAUUUCUACUACUCCUUACUCAGUCACUACACCUAGCUCCUGCCUGACCUUUGCAAUUGUCCAUCAUUCUGGCAUUUUAAUUCUGAAGCUGUGUCAUGGGGGGGGGGGGGUUAAUAAAUACUUCAACAUCUAUUGCAUACCAAGGAAUGGUCAAUGUUGUGUUAAAUAAAUAAAAAAAAAAGUCUUUCUUUUUUGGUGGGGGUGGGUGUGAGAGUGUGUAUGUAUGUAAAUGUGUGUAUGUGUUAGUGGUGGAAAAAAAGAAUCAAAUUUUUGCCUCAUUCUGUUUUAAACAUGGAUUCUUUGGAGUUUGUGUUUGCCGUACACAACCGCUUUGAAACACAACUCCGGAAGAAAUGCAGAGCCAUUGAACCACUCCUCAGCAUGAGGUUGGUACUGGAUGGAAGUGUAUGUAUGUUUAUUUGUAUAUCUCUAUCUAAUCUGUCCAUCUAGUAAAUCAUCUAUUUGGAAUGGAAGUGGAUACAAGUGAUGUCUGUACAUAUAUGUGCACUCAGAAUUACUUCAUAAAAAUCUAAACAUAAUCAAACUCUAGAUGUUUGGUACUUUUAUUUAGAUAAUGGCUCUGCCAUAUUGGCAACAUUUGGACCCCACAGACCACUUACAGUGGAUGCUGAAUGGGUAACUUCAAGCACAAAAUGUGCAUCAGAUUUAAAAUCAAACAAAAAAAUGAUGCCAGGUGCAUUAUUUUUACAAACCUGUGUUAAGUAGAGAUUAUUGUCAGGUGAAAAUAUAUACAAGUAGACACAUUAGACCUGGUUUGCUUAUUAAACUUUCCUGCUCAUAUUAGUUCAGUGUUUGUGGUAAGUGGAAAUUUCUGAGCCUUGUUUAUAUCACAAAAUACAAAUCUUGGCGAAUAUAAAUUUUAGCUCUAUUGAGUAGAAAUUCAAUGCUGAUAAGUGUGUCAUAGACCCUCCAGGCUGGCAUUGUAGAAGAACUUUAAAGGAUCACAAUAGUGGUUUUCCUGACACUAUAUUGUCCUGAGGGUGCCCCCUCCCGUGGCGCUAAAGGCGUUAAAACCCCUUCAGUUGCUUACCUUAUUCCAGUGCCGGGCUCCCUCGGCUCUGGUGACCUCUCCUCCCCCGCCGACGUCAGUGUAGCCGAAUGCGCAUGCGCGGCAAGUGCUGCGUGCGCAUUCAAGCUGUCAAUAGGAAAGAAUUUCUCAGUCCGGAAGACAGCCAUUAGAGGCUGGCUUAACCCUGCAAUGUAAACAUAGAAGUUUCUCAGAAACUGCUAUGUUUACAAAAACCUGAGGGACCUGGCACCCAGACCACUUCAUGCUGAAAUGGUCUGGGUGACUAUAGUGUCCCUUUAAAUUCCUAGCUAGUAGUGUAAGACUUGAAACUUUCAUCUCUGAUUAUAAAUAAUAUUAAUUUAUUUUUAUCUUUUCAUUACAAAACUGUUUCACAAACUCUCAUCAUGGUUGAGUAACUUUUAAGUCAUACUUGUUGUAGGCAUUAUUUAAACUAGCUGUAUGAAAAAAUGUCAGGGUACACUUGCCAUUCAAUUUUGUAGAUUUCCUGCUCUUUUAUUUAUUGAUGUAUAAACACCUCUUCCUUUGGAGCAGAGUUUGGUUUUUGUUACCUCAUCAGUUGUACAAUAAGCCAAACAUGUAUGACAAAAGAAUUGCAACAAUGUGUGAUGGCUUUUUCUACAGUUAUUACAUUGUUUUUCACGCAUUAUAUUUCACUAGCAAUGCACAUCUAAGGUUUUAAGUUGGAAUAGGUGUGUUCAGAUCUGCAAAUAGCCCAUCUGAAAUUUGGUGAUUGUACAUGCAAAUGGCAUUAUGUAGGGUCUUGUGUGUGUGUGUGUGUGUAUCUUUUCCAACUUAAAACCUUAGAUGUGCAUUGCUAGUGAAAUAUUUGUGUUCAAUAUAUUUUAAUAUAUUGAACACAAAUACACACUACACACACCAGUCAAGCCAUAAGACUUUUCCCACAUAAAUCUCACUUUUUACAGUGCUCUCACUACUGCAAGUGCACACACACGUGUGUGUGUGUGUAUGUGUGUGUGUGUGUGUGUAUAUAAUAAAAGUAUUUUUAUUAUUAUUAACCUCUUCUGUCACUUAUCUGGGUCCAGCGCCACUGUCCCUUGGCGCUGGCUCAGCUCCUCCCCGCCGACAUCCACCAGCAGGAGAGACCUAAGGCGCAUGUGCGGCUAUGGACGCGCUCGCAUUUUUAUUUCCCCAUAAGAAAGCAUUAUUCAAUUAUUAUUUAAGGAUUCCGGUGACGCUGGAGGUCCUCAUGCAUAGCGUGACCAAAGUUCCUCUAGUGGCUGGAUGUGUAUAUGUAUAUCUCUAUCCAAUCUAUCCAUCUCCUAGUAAACCAUUUAUUUGGAAUGGAAGUGGAUACAAGUUUUACUUUUUUGUUUUACUUCAUAAAAAUCUAAACAUAAUAAACUGUAGAUGGUUUUUGUACUUUUAUUCAGAUAAUGGCUCAGCCACUAAAGGAGGAGUUAACCCUAGCAGAUAAUUAUAGCAGUUUAUAAAAUGUGGAGGAGUUUCAGAAUUAUGCAGGAGGGACUUAAGCACAGUGUACGUAUCACAAGUUGAGUUCUAUGUCUGAAGUUGUGUUUAUACCUAUUAUUAAUGGGGUAUUCUGGUUAAACAUGAUAGAUCUGUAUAGAGAAUUGACUGAAUCCACAGAUACACAUUUAUUAUGCGUGCUUUAAAAUCUACAUAGUGUAGGUGUGUGCUAAUGUACUCUUCUGAAAAAUCUUAUUUAGAUAAACUAUUUUUAUGCAUUCAUGUAAUAUUGAUUGACACCAACAUGCAUCUGUAUGUAUGUUUACCAAGAACUAUUUUAAUCUUUUUAUUAUGAAUGAUAUGACAAGUCCACUGAUUAAAAAGAAACUAAACUGAUCUUUACAAUAGUGGACAGCAAGCAUUGCAUGCACCCGUCUCUGCUGGUAAACCAAUUUGACCUCUGGUAUAUUUAUGCAUGCCUUAUUUGCUCCCGAAAAAAAAAAAAGUCGUCUUUGUGUGGUUUUCAAUUUUUUUUUUUUUAUUUCAUAGUUCAAUGAGCAUUGUAAAUGAUUUUAAUUAGAAACAUGGAUCUUCACUUUUACUGUGUAAAGCUGCUGUGUACUUUUACAAGAACAUUUUGCGGUCACAAGGAUGGAAAAUCAAUGCUUUUUACUUAAGUAUGUGAUGUUAAGACGAAAGAAUGAUUCAUUGUGCAUUAUUAAUGAUAAUAUGCCCUUGGAGCUAAAACUAUUGUUCAAAUUAUGCUAUGUCUGCAGAUACUGGUAGUUAUGACAUUUAUUAAGAGCUUAUCAUUAACUAAUAGUUUCUUUAUUUACAGAAAAAGGAAAAAACGGUUAUGCAUUUUUUUUUCUUCUCUGUUCAAAGGGUUUAUUAUGUAAAAAGGUCUACUUAAUAAAAAGCUCUGCUGUAGUUUAGUCCUGACAGAAGGAGCUGGGAGUGGCAAAGCAUGUAUAUAUAUUAUUUUUUUUUUUGCAUCUUUGCUCCCAAUUUUUGUCAUUUACAGCAAUGGCAUAGGUGUAAAAACUAAGGAGGUCAAAAAUGCUUAGUGAAAUAACUACUUAUAUAUAUACUUUUGUUAGCAAGUUGGAUCGCACAAUGUAUGUAAAAUGUUAUACUAACUAGUAGCGGUCUUGGUGUCCAGUAUGUCCGAGACCACACUUCUAUAGCAGUCCGCCUGGCAAACUCCGCUGCGAUGCAUUCUCCCAAAGGAAAGUGGCUGGGUACAACUUGCCUCGGUAGCAACUAUGUCUAAAAGCAUAUGAGAUGCUAGCCGCUGCGUGCUAGAGCCUCUUAUGGCUCAUCUACUCUGUGCCCAUAAAUCUCUUGCGGACAUGUGUGCGAUGGCACACACGCACUUCCAGACUUUAUGCAGCCAUUUCUAGUCUAUCAGAAUGCUUAUUAUGGUAUUUAAACUCCUUUUGAUUUAUUUUCAGUGCCCUGUUGUGAUUUCUAGUCUGGUUAUCCGAGAGUGCAUGGUUACUUGUUGUUCUUGUGUAUUGUGACUUUGGAAUGUAUUUUGAUUAUCCCUUGAUUUUUUUUUUUUGAUUUUUUUUUUGCUUGUUUGUUAUUUACGUACCUUCUUUUUCUGUGACCUCGGUCUGUUCUGUUUGUGAAGCCCAGGUGUGACGUAAAGUUAGGUAGUAAUGACCUCCUCGGUAUAUAAACUAGUUAAAUGGUCUAUUUGUACCAUGUACAAGUGUAGAAUCUUAUUUAUUUAUUGUUUAAAUUGGUGAAUAAUUACUUAUACUAGCAAAUUCUAGUUUAAUGCAUACAUUAAACCCCCAUGUUCCUGAUUCUUGUUGGAAGCUGAUGCACAGAAAAUGUCAAGCUGUACCAGAAGGUAGAUCGCUAGGAAUGGCAGGUAAGGCUGACUUGGCUGUAAACUAGCGUAGGGCAGACUGAUUAGCCACAACAUUAAAAUCGCCUGCCAAAUAUUGUGUAGGUCUCCCUGCCAAAACGGCUCUGAUCCAUUGAGGCAUAGACUCAAGACCUCUUACUGUGCCCUUUGGUAUUGGGCACCAAAACAUCAGCAGCAGACCCUGGAAGUCCUGCAAGUUGUGAGGUGGGGCCUCUAUGGAACAGAUUUGUUGUUCCUGCACAUCCAAUAGAUGCUCUCGAAUUGAGAUCUGCUGAAUUUGGAGGCCAAGACAGCAGCAACGAAAACAAACCAACCGCAACCUAAAAGAACGUAAGUCAUCAGACCAGGCAACCAUCUUCCAUUGCUCCAUGGCCAAGUUUUGAUGCUCAUGUCCCCAUUGGAGGCACUUGUGAUGUGGACAGGGGUCAUCAUGGGCAUUCUGCUCGGUCUGCGGCUAUGCAGCCCCUUACCAAGAUAACUGAGAUGCACUGUUUGUUCUGACACCUUUCUGUUGUAGCCAGUGUUACGUUUUUCAGCAAUUUGAGUUACAGUAACCCUUCUACGUGAUUGGACCAGACAGGCUAGCUCCCCACGUGCAUCAAUGAACCUCUGGCACCAUGACACUGAUGCCGGUUCAUCGGAUGUCAUUCCUUGCACUUUCGAUAGGUACUAACCACUUCAUACCAAGAACAUACAACGGACAAGACUUGCCAUUUUAGAGAUGCUUGUCCAGCCAUAACUAUAUGGCCCUUGUGAAAGUCAUUUUAGAUCUUUUCACUUUCCUGUUUUUCCCACUUCCUACACAUGAAAUUUAAGAACUAACUUGCUACCUAAUAUAUCACACUCAUUAACCAUUGUAACAAUAUAAUCACUGCUGUUCUUUAACCUCACAUGUCAGUGGUUUUAUUGUUGUGGCUAUUCAGUUAUGUAACUUUCAAUUUAUAAAUAUCUAUCACAUAUGUAGCACAGUGCAUAGAUAAAACGGAUUAACUGUCGAACUUAUCUUUCUCCUAUUGUUUCCUCUUCUCUUCCUCUCUCAGAAUGUUUUCUUCUUUUCUUUAUUUCUGUUCUAGUUUUCUAUAAAACAAAGUAGGGACUAGUUUGUCUUAUGUAUUUUUCCUACACCUGACUUUCUUUGAUCCAAGGAUGAGUUUAAGUCCGCUUCACCCACGCUCCUCCCCCAUUGAUGUCAGCCGGCUGGGGAGAACUAAUGCGCAUGCGCGCCAAUGGCCUUGCACGUAUUGGACCUCCCCAUUGGAAAGCAUUAUUCAAUGCUUUCCUAUGAGGAAAGUCUGACGCUGGAGGUUCUCGUGCAGAGUGUGAGGACGUACAGCGUUCGAUAACGGACUAAAAGUCCGUUUGGAUUACGGAAGUGCCACCAGUGGCUGUCUGGUGGACAGCCACUGAGGGCAGACUUAGAGCUGCAAUGUAAACAUUGCAGUUCUUUGGAACUGUUCUAUUUUACAUUGCAGCGCUAGGUGCAAAAGGGACACAGUACCCAGACCACUUCAAUGCGCUGAAGUGGUCUGGGUGCCUACAGUGUCCCUUUAAAAAGUGUAAAGUGUUUACAGUGCCCCCUAGAGUCAGCUGGUAACAAUCAUACCAGUGCCCUGUGUAUCUGUAGCAAGCAUUAUUGAAUAUAUUUUGUCAUAGACAGCCUUUCAUUAAGAGCCUGAAGAUAAAUUUCAGAUUCUAAUUAGUAAGGUGAGUACAUUUAAGCAAAAACUAAGCACAUACUUUUCUUGGAAAUUCAAAACUGAAAACUUAUAUUAUUAUUUUAUUAUUUAAAUAGCGCCAUCACAUUACGUAGCGCUGUACAUAUCUCCCAGUAGAGAUGGAAUUUCAAAUUGUUUGGACUAGAGACACUAUUGCAGAUCUUGUUUCAUUUGGCAAUAAGUGUACAGUAUAGACUAAAUUUUAAGUGUUUAGUUGCCAAGAACACAGGAACAAACUAUCCCUUUUAAAUCUAGAAAGGUUUAAAAAUAGCUUUAGAAUCAAACAAUAUGCUUAAUACACUGAUUUUUUAUUUUUUAUUUUUUUUCUUCUUAUAAAUAAAACUCUGUGUGGCUCUUAAGAAACAUAACUUUAUUUUCAUUUGUUUGUUUUGUUUUUUGUUGCUUUUUUCCCGUCUUUCCCCUGACUGGUUCACUGUAGAUCAGCUCGGUUGCUGCAUUUACUGCAGUCAUUAAUACAAUCAGUUGUUACCCUUAUUUCACAUGAUUUGGAGCUGCUGUGUAUAUUUCUGUUUUGUCAGCAUGUCAAUAAUGUAUUUCAUUGCCAGAAUCAGGAUCAUGUGUAUUAGCCAUGUUUCUCCUACACUUACAAAGUAACUUACCCCUCUUACUUAAUUGAGCAGAACAUUGAUAAUGCUUUCCUAUGUGACCGGGUGAAUGUGCGCGCAGCUCAUGCCGCGCGUGCGCAUUCAGCCGACGGGGAGGAGGAGGAGAAGAGGAGGAUCGGAGGAGGAGAGCUCUCCGCCCAGCGCUGGAAAAAGGUAAGUUUUAACCCCUUUCCCCCUUCCAGAGCCGGGCGGGAGUGGGACCCUGAGGGUGGGGGCACCCUCAGGGCACUAUAGUGCCAGGAAAACGGGUAUGUUUUCCUGGCACUAUAGUGGUCCUUUAAGCAUAAAAAAAUAACCUAAAAUCUAUGCCAGAAAAGAAAAUGGAAUAGUUGUAUGCUGGGCCUAGUUACACCCCUUGCACAUGUGACUUAGGAAGCCAAGACUUGCAUAUGCUUUUUGCUCAGAAUUGAUAUUGGAGCUGGCUGCUGUCUGCGCGCUGGCAACGGACGUGGUCUGCUUCAUCUUCCCUCCCUGCAUGCAGUCCCAGUCCUCACUGCCUCCCUCAAUUUGGGAAAAAAAAACAUUUAAUUAAUCCCCUGUCUCCCUUGUUCAUACCUCUAUCUCCUGGCUUUGAGCAUGCACAUGUGCUCAGAGCCAUUGAGAAAGUUUAAAUCAAAUGCUAUUUGAAUGGAUCAUCCGAGGGAGCCUAUGAUUUCACCUGAUGCUGAAUUCAAGGUAAGUUUAACACUUUACUAUUGCAUUUUAAGUGGGUGGAUAACUAGUACUGCCCAAUACAGCAUUUCAAGUAAAAUUCUGUUUUUUAAAAAGGGUAACCAUUUAGGGAUUUUGCUAUUACAAUUUAAAAAAACAAAACCUAACUUGUUAUUUCUGUUGAAUUUGGAAUUAGUUUGCGCUGUACUGUAUUAAUACCAAUAAUAAUUCUGCUCUAUUUCGAGCUUCUUAUAAGUAAUCAGCCAGUGCAGGGACUGGCAAAUAUUUCAAGAGGUAAACCGAUUUUGCUUUUUGUUUUGUUUUUUUGAGAAAGUAAAACACCUGUAGAAAUGCAGUAUUGUAUUACUUUCUCUACAAUUUUAGUAUUAGUUGCCUAUUUAAGUCAUUUGAGCACCAUUUGAUGAAGGUGAUGCAAUGCAUACUUGUCAUGCUUCAGGAAUGCCAGUGCUGUGCUUACACAGUCUUUCCUUGAAGUUGUGUGUUUGUAACCCACACAUCAGGAUUUUAUGUGUGCUUAUGUGCAAGCUUGGGCUAAAUAUUUGCUGUUUUACUUGUAGUCUAAUUGUUUGGCCCUGGGUGAUUACCUUCUGUCCAUCUGCCUUUUUCAGACUACAUUGUUGUCUUCAGUAUAUAUUCAUUGCUUUCCUUUUAGUUAGUUAGUUGAUUGAUUUGAUUUGACAUAGGCUUGUAUUCACUAAACUACAAACUGCAGUGAAUUGAAAACAAAUUGCAAAAUAGCUUAUUUUGGACAAAUUGUGUAUCUUGUGUAUAGUCCAUUCUUGGCAUUUCUAGCCUAAAUUGAGCAAUUUUGUUUUUUAAUUCCCUAAAAUCCUGUGUUUAGUGAGCAAAUCUCCGGUGCUUAUGUAGUAGCAGCAACAAAAUCUUGCACUGCUGAAUUAAUUGAAUGUAGGGAAUAACUACAGUUUUAUAGAAAGAAAGUAUUGUGAUUAAGUUUUGAGUGCCAUGCCUGCACACUUGCAAGACGCAGAGCAGACUUCAUUAUUUACUUUACAUCGUAAGUAGUAGGGCUUUUUAGAAUUUUCUCAUUAAUACAAGUGGCUUGUUCAAAGGCACAGGUAUAUACAUAAUUUGUCUUGAACAGCAUUUGACACCAGUACAAUUUCUGUAGUUUUCCCAGCAUGUUGUCUUCUUACUCUUAUACUAUGCUGCAUGCACUUAUGAGAUGAGGUGCCAAUGUUACUCCAAUAUGAAUAUGAGCUGUCUUGCACAAUAUUGAUGUUUAUAGCUCUGGUCUCUUUCUAAGUUGUAGCAACACACCAAUAAAAAAAUAAGUUCAUUGUGGCUAGGUCUUCAGUAACAGUUCAAUUCCUUAAAGGGACAAUAUAGUCACCAGAACAAUUAUUGAAUUUGUUCUGGUGAGUAGAAUCAUUACCUUCAGGCUUUUUGCUGUAAACACUCUUUUCAGAGAAAAUGCAGUGUUUACAUUACAGCCUAGUGAUAACUUCACUGGCCACUCCUCAGAUGGCUGUUAGAGAUCCUUCCUGGGUCAUGGCUGCCUAAAAUGCAUCCAAACAUUCAGCGUCUCCUCGCUCUGCAUGCACUUUCCUCAUAGAGAUUCAUUGAUUCAAUUCAUCUCUAUGAGGAGAUGCUGAUUGGCAAGGGCUGUGUUUGAAUUGUGCUGGCUAUGCCCGUGAUCUGCCUCUUUGUCAGUCUCAGCCAAUCCUAUGGGGAAGCAUUGUGAUUGAAUCAGGCUACCACUUCUGAUGUCAGCAGACUGCUUGUUUUUCUGAGUCUAACAGCAUGCAGAGUUACAGCUUCAGGCUUGAAUACAGUAAGAUUUUUACAAUAUUUAUGGAGGCAGGAUGGGCCCAUGGGAGCUAGAUGGUGGUUUUAACACUAUAGGGUCAGGAAUACAUGUUUGUGUUCCUGACCCUAUAGUGAUCCUUUAAAUAGGAAUUUUGAUAUUUAAAGUGUUAGUCUAGUCCAACCAAAAACUGUUUGUUUUUUUUUUUGGUUAGUUAUCCUUACUGGCAUAGUUUCCCCCCCAAAGUCUUAAAAAUCAAAAAUAAAGCAAAACGUACCAGUGUUCCAGUGCUGAGACCAAGCUCUCCCUGCAGCCCAAAUUCCGCUAUGGUGAUGUCACUCACUGUCAUUGCAGGGAAUGUUGGGGAGGACUUGGGUGGUGUGGGUGUUUUCCCAUUAGUCUUCAGCAUGCUAUGAUUACGGAUGACAAACCCCAAAUAUGCACAGAAUUAACAUUAGCCAGCCCAGAACUCUGAUUGACCUCUCUUUAAUUGCCUUGUUAAUGGCUCACUUUUGGUUUCACUGAAUGCACAGCCUUUAACAUAUUUUGUAAAGCUUUGAAAGCUUGGUUCGAUUUCUUUCUAGGUUCCCCUUUUUCUAAAAAUGCAUACAGCAGGGUCCAGUAAAAUCCUUACUAUUCUGAAGACAUGUCUUUUUUUAGAAAAAACUGUAAUUAAAGAUUUAAUCUGCCUGUAUGCAUUUUGUAUGUGGAUCUGAUUCUGAACCUUUGAUCUUUGUAGAGUCAAAUCCAUGAGAAUUGAAGAAAUAUCACAUAAUUGGCAAACAAGGAAUAAAAAAGUGGAGAUAUAGAAGAUUAGAGUACACGAACUGCUCACACUUGGUACAAUAUAAACGUGUGUAUGAAUGUGCUGGCUAAUAACAAAACACCUGAGAAGCAUUUUCAAGGUGGACCAUUAUGGGGGGGGGGAUGGGGUACUAACGGAGUCUUCUAGAUCAAUGGGGAUUUGUAUAUUGUGGUAGGCAACAAAGCGCACAGUAACUCAUUAUGUUCCUGUUCUUCUAUUAGUAUAUUUAAAUGGAAACCUUUUUAUUACUGAUAUGCAAGCUGUGUCAAAUGUCUGAAAUAUGACCGUGAUCUCAUUACACUUGACCCAUUUUUUAUUUAUUGGUGCCUCUAUAGUUUAUAGUGAAUGUGCCUUAUUUAAAUAUAAAUUCUGUUUCCUAGCCUAUGUCUGGGACAAAAAGGAGUGGUUUGUGUAAUUUAGAUGGUGUUUGUGAUCUGGAAGUGCCAAUUUGACUGUUCUGAAUAUAACACCCUCUUUUCUGAAGAGUUGGCUAUGUUCCGUAAUUCAGACACCAGAGCCCAGGCUGAACAAUUCACAUCCUGUCCUAAAGAAUACCUCUUUCUAGUAAUGGCCUCGGUCAGUGCUCCCAAAAGGCUUUAAUAUCGUUAACUUUCCUAAGUACCAGGCUGCGUUUUACAGAGGAUAAUGGCUUCUGUAUUGCUUUUUUGCAAACUGUUGCCAGCAUAUAUGAUCUUUUCUAAAUAUAAAUGCUAGAAUGCUAGAGGUACGAUAUCUAAUAUACAAUUAUCCUAACAGAGUGAGGUAAUGGCAGAUAACCUCCAGAAUAUUUGUACAUCACCUAAUUAAUCACAAAAUUGCCAAUAAUAUGCCACCAAGACUGUUUUAGGUAUAUUUGACAAAAUGAAAGGGAAAAUAUAGUCACCAGAACAACUACAGCUUAAUGUAGUUGUUCUGGCAAGUAUAGCCUGUCUUUGUAGGCUUUUCAGAGAAAAGGCAGUGUUUACAUUACAGCCUAGGGACACCUCCAGUGGCCACUCCUCAGAUGGCUACUAGAGUUGCUUCCUGGGGCAGUGCUGCACCCUGUGAUUCAAUGCAUCUCUAAGAGUAGAUUCUUAUGGUCAGGGUGGGGUUUGGUUCCACCCCCAGGCCAUGUCCUUGGCUAAGAUCAUCAAAAUUGACCAUCUCAGCCAUUGGCUGAAAUCAUCACUUCUGAUUACGUCAGCUAAGAAGGCAGAUCAGGGGCAUAGCUAGCACCAGUAGACUGGAAUAAAGGUAAGAUUUUACUAUGUUUUAGAGGGGCUAAAUAGUGCUUUUAACGGUUUGUGUUCCUGACCCUAUAGUGUUCCUUUAAAUAAUAAUUGCAAAUGCAGCUGCAGAAGUAGCUGCUAAUUUAGUGUUGUGUUCACUACAAAUAUAAAUUAUACAGUAUAUGUACUCUAAAAGCAAAACAAUUCCGCUAACAAGAUGUGAAACAGUCGAUUUUGCUUGUGUAAUGUCCCCUCUUUCUCCCAAAAAAAAAAUGAAAUUGUUUACUGUGUCAAGGGGAAGUCUUAAAAAUGAAAGCAUAUGCUACAGGUGGACUCAUUACACUGAGGAGCAGUGACCGAAAGUUGUAUGGACAUAUGUGAUUGAGGUUUUAAUUAUUAUCCACAGCAUGUGUUUACUUCAUUUAUUGAUGCUUGCAGGGAUUCCUUUUAGGCAUAUGACUUGCAGGGUGGAGUACUCUUGUCCGCACAAGUGCACGUAUGCCUUGAGAAAUGCCAAAAGCCAAAAUGUUGGGGUAUCUUACUGCCAGUUGAUACAUUCUAGAUAGUCCAUUUCUUUGAUGUGCAUUUAAAGGGAUUCUUCAGUGCCAAAAAAACGGAUAUGUUAAAACCUCUUCAGUGACUUACCUGGUUACAUGCAGUAUGUAAUAUGUAAUAGAUUAGCUGGGGCAGGGCAUGCUUAGUUGUCAACAGUUCUUAAUCAAAUCAACAUGAGGUGUCCCUCUGCGCUGAGUCAGGCUCCGCCUAUGCUCCUCCGCGGGGGAGACCUAAUGCAUGGCAAUGGCUGCGCAUGUGCAUUAGACCUCCCCAUAGAAAAGCAUUAUUCAAUACUUUCCUAUGGGGAUUCCGGUGACGCUGGAGGGGUACUCCUGCAUAGCGUGAGGACGUCCAGCGUCGUUUAAAACACUUUUCGUGUUCUAAGAACUUGGAAGUCCCUCUAGUGGCUGUCUGAUAGACAGCCACUAGAGGAGGAGUUAACCCUGCAAGGUAAUAAUGGCAGUUCAUAAAAACUGCAAAAAAAUAAUUUGCAGGAUUAAGGGUGGUGGGAGUUGGCACCCAGACCACUCCAAUGGGCAGAAGUUGUCUGGGUUCCUGGAGUGUCCCUUUAAUUACCAUUUUUUAUAUUGAAUAAAUAUUUACGUAUUUAAAAUUUACUUUGUUGUGUACUGCUGUGGUUAUAUUUGUGAAUAUUGAAGCUCUCCAACCGAAACAGGAUAGUUCCUAAGGGUCUCAAAAAUUAAAUUAAAUUGAGCCCGUUUAUCUAUGACCCUGUCUCUGCAAAAAAUACAUUUAAAGGAACACUUGAAGCUCUGUUUUGAGGUUUUGGCCUCAAUAUGUUCUCUAUUUACUUAUUUUUCAUGCUCAAAUCUUAGUUUGAAAAAAAAAAAAUAGUUUAUGCACAAACAAAGACAUGUUUCACAGAAUGCCGCAUGAUAAGCAUUCACUCUUAGCCUCGCCCCCUCACUCACGAAAAAAAUUCUUAUCAAAUGUGUGCGCUCAGCUCUUUUUGAUCUGAACAAAGCAAACCUGCAUUAGAAGAGGGUACUCAGGGAAACUUAUUGUAAGGAUAUUACUACUUGUUUGUCGUUUCUCUGUCUUCUUGCAGCCAGAAUUGAAAAUUAAAAGUUGUCCACUCAGUGCUCUUGGGGCAGAGACUGUGUGCAGACAUUGGUAAGGAAAUAUUUGUGGCAUGAAGGUGUGUGGCUAUGGAUGCAAGCAUUUUUGUGUUAAUACUGCCAUUUCAGAGAAAAGGCAUUGUUUACAUUGCUGCCUAGGGACACCUCCAGUGGCCACUAGAGGGCUUCCUGUGUCAGUUCUCUGCAUGGAGAUGCUGAACACUCCUCAUAAAUAGUGAUGUCCCGAACGGUUCGUCGUGGACGGCGAACAUAUGCGGUAAACUUUGACCAUGUACCUCACAGUCAGCAGACACAUUCCAGCCAAUCAGCAGCAGACCCUCCCUCCCAGACCCUCCCACCUCCUGGACAGCUCACUAAGAAUGCAGCUUCACAAUGAAUGUACAAUGGAUGCUGUCCAGGAGGUGGGAGGGUCUGCUGCUGAUUGGCUGGAAUGUGUCUGCUGACUGUGAGGUACAGGGUAAAAGUUUACCGCAUAUGUUCGCUGUCCGUGGUGAACCGUUCGGGACAUCACUACUCAUAAAGAAUCACUGGUCAAAUACACCUCUGAGGAGAUGCUGAUUGGCCAGCAUGUCGUUUUGCUCCACCCUUGCCCCAUAUCCUUGUCUGAGAUUACUUAGCCAGUCCAAUGCUUUCUCUUAGUGUUUGUUUUAAUUUUGCAUUAUUCUACAAAGAUUUUAUGGUUAAAACCUGAAAUUUUGCUUUCUUGGGUUAUAGCCCCACAUCUUAUGCUUUGCUUGACAUUUCAUAUAGCACAAUUGUAUAUAAUCGCUACAAAAGAAGAGUGACUUUUUUUUUAAAGAAUUUUUUUUAGCUGUGUUUUGCCUCUGUAGUUUAGCUUACAGAGCUUUCUUGACUGUGUCUUUGAAAUAAAGUCUGCAUUAUCUCACUCUUGUAGCCUGUGCAGACUUACAAGAACUGCACAGUGAAUUAUCCUUGGAUACCUCCUCUCACUUUGUUAAAGAGGCAGUGUGAGCCAAUAGAUUUGCAAUUUCACAGUUUCUUUACACUAAGAUUGUGUAUGUGUGUCACACUACCUACCUCAUGUUGAUUUGAUUAAGAACUGUUGACAACUAAGCAUGCCCUGCCCCAGCUAAUCUAUUACAUACUGCAUGUUAACUAUUCAAUGCCUGAAGAAAGGGCUUGUCCCCAAGAAUUGCAUGCCUUGAUUUACAUUUUUUAAGACAUUAUUACAAAGAAAUCUUGGGUUACUUAUUUUGUAGAGCUUUCUGAAAAUCUGCCUGUAUCGCUUGGGUCCAGUUUUAUUUUAUUUUUGUGUGUGUAUAAUUUAUAGUAUUAUAGUCCUAAUCGUACUGCAGUCAAUACACACAUGCUGUGGCAUAAUGUAUGGUGUGUGUGUGUUUUUUUUUGUUUUUUUAUGAACUGCAGCAAGCUUUCACUGCUAAAGCAGCCUGAGCUGCAUCAUCAGAUACAAAUGAAAGCAAAAGCAUCACACCACACCUAUACUAAUUUGGUAAUAGUCCCGUGGGGCUAUUGGGGUAAAUAAAGGAAUAUGCCCUUUUGUACUAGAAUCCAGUCUUCUUUGGAUUAGUAACUACUACACUGCUGGCAUUGAGACUUGAGGUAAGAUUGGGAUAUUGUCACUAUAUUGCAUCCAUAUUACUGUAUCUUUGAAUCAUAUAUCUGAUUAUUUAAUACAAUUUAUGUAUUGGUUAACAUUUCAUAUUUUGUUCUUCCAAUUCAAUGUCUGCUGUUCCAGUAAAUGACUGUGACAUUUUCUUCUAUUUGAAGCAUUAUUGAUAAUUUUAUAUUUUUAUAUAUAUAUAAUAUACCGUAUUUAUCGGCGUAUAACACGCACCGGCGUAUAACACGCACCUCAUUUUAAGAAGGAAAUUUCAGGGGAAAAAAAACUUAAAGGACCACUAUAGUGCCAGGAAAACAUACUCGUUUUCCUGGCACUAUAGUGCCCUGAGGGUGCCCCCACCCUCAGGGACCCCCUCCCGCCGGGCUCUGGAGAGAGGAAGGGGUUAAACACUUACCUUUCUCCAGCGCCGGUGACUCCUCCUCCUCUCCUCCUUGCUUUCGUGACAUCCUGAGCUGCGCCGCGCAAGGCACGCGGCGUGCAUUCGGGAUUUACCUAGGAAAGCAUUUACAAUGCUUUCCUAUGAACGCUCGUGCUCUCGCUGUGAUUUUCACAGUGAGAAGCGCAAGCGCCUCUUGACUGUCAAUGAGACAGCCACUAAGGCUCUGGAGGCUGGAUUAACCCUCAGUAUAAACAUAGCAGUUUCUCACAAACUGCUAUGUUUAUAAAAAAAAGGGUUAAUCCUAGAGGGACCUGGCACCCAGACCACUUCAUAAAGCUGAAGUGGUCUGGGUGCCUAAGUGUCCUUUAAAUUUCAAAUAAAGUUCUUACUUUUCUUACUCCCCUCCCUCUUCUUGCUUCCCCUCCCCUCUUUACCUUCUUACUCCCCCUCUUCUUCCCCCUUUCUUACUCCCCCUCCCCUCUUCUUACUCCCCCUCCUUACCCCCCUUCUUACUCCCCUUACCCCCUCCCCUCUUCUUGCCCCCCUUUCUGCUUACUCCCCCCUCCUCCUCUUGCUCUCCCCUCCCCUCUUCUUACCCUCCUCCCCUCUUCUUACUCCCCCUCUCUUACUCCCCCCUCCCCCCCUCUUCUUACCCCCCUCCCCCUCUAUUCACCCCCUUCUUACCCCCCUCCCCUGUAGCGUGGCCGAGCCGCUCUGCCGUCCGCGGUGGCCGGCCGGAGUGAUAGGAAGGUGCACGCUCAGUGUGCACCUUCCUGUCAGUCCGACCGGGUACAGGAAACAGAAACUCCGGACGGCAGAGCGGCUCGGCCACGCUACAGAGGAGGUGAGUACCAACUGCAGCCGCCUGAGCGCUCUUGACAGAGCGCUCAGGCGGCUGCAGUAUUUAAAGGGCUGGCGUAUAACACGCACCCACAAUUUCUCCCCUAUUUUCAGGGAGAAAAAGUGCGUGUUAUAUGCCGAUAAAUACUGUGUGUGUGUAUAUGUGUGUGUAUAUAUGUAUAUAUGUAUAUAUGUGUGUAUGUAUAUGUAUGUAUAUAUAUAUAUAUAUAUAUAUAUAUAUCACAUAAAGGCCGUAAAAACUUCACACACCUUACUUUCUUUAGUACUACUUUGAAGUGCAUAAUAGUGUACGUAUCAGAAUAGUUCUAAUGCAGGCAUGUUCAAAAGGAAACUUUUAAUAAUAUUUAUUACACAAGCAGUGGGAAAUAUUGUAACUGGCAGAGCACAUUAGAGGAUUUACAUGUUCAAACUGUUACCCUAUCAUCCAUAGAAUAUUUUCACUUACCACCAAAAAAAUAUAUAUUUUUCACCAAUAUAAUGUUGAAUCUGCUGAAUGUGUUGGAGUUUCAUGAAUUAAUGGGGGGAGGGACGACGACAUCAUAACAAGUAAUUCUCAAUAGCUUAAUGCAGUGUUUUCGCCACCUAGUGGCAGUUAUGUAAAACUUUCAUAGGCAGGGUCAUAGUGAAUGUUCACUUAGCUUUUCUCCUUUGAGAAUUUAUUAUAUUUGUUUUAUUUUUUUUCGUGGAAAGUGUUAUUAACUUUCCAUUAAUCUGUAUUUGAUAUCAUUUUAUUUUUAGCAGCUGAGACUGGUAAAUGUGAUAUGUUUACUGGUUAAGUAGAUAUAGUGCAUAAUAACUAGUAUAUCCUUCAUGUACCGUAAUUUUUUUAGUAAUAAUAUGAAGCAUCUCCUUUUAUAUAGUUUCACACAACUUUAAGUAAAUAACAGAUAAUAUAAAAAGAGAAAAAACGUGGUUUAAUCAACCAUUUGAAGGGAUGCUAUAGGCACCAAAGCAACUUUAGCCUAAUGAAGCAGUUCCGGUGUAUAGAGCAUGCUGCUGCAACUUCACUGCUCAAUUAUCUGCCAUUUAAGAGUUAAAUCACUUUGUUUAUGCAGCCCUAGUCACACCUCCUUGCAUGUGACUUACACAGCCUUAAUAACACUUACUGUAAAACGAGAUAUAAUCUUUACACUUUAUUGUACUUUCUGUUUAAUUUUGAUUUUUAUAAUGCUCUGUUAAUAGCCUUCCGAUGUAGCCUCCUGUGUUUGGAUUAAACUCCAAUUUACAGAGCAGGUGAUUAAAAAGUCAUAAAGUAAGUUAACAUCUAAAUUAAAUCAUUUUGUUUUCAUGCAGGCUGUGUCAGUCACAGCUGCUUCUACAGAAACAAAAGUGAUUUAACUCCUAAAUAGCAGCGUUUUGAGCAUUGAGACUGCAAGGGCAUGAUCUGUACACCAAAAUCACUUCAUUAAGCUAAAGUUGUUGUUUUGAUGCUGAUAGUAUCUGUAAGUUAUUUGUGCCAGUAAUUUGAAAUCUCUUAUUUAACAUUUUGUCUUUGUAAUUUGUUGCACUUACCUGUUCCCACUUUCCAUCUCUUCAAAUAUCUGCAUGCAUUCUAUUUAAUGCAGCCUGAAAGUAGAGAUCCAACCCAGGCAACUGUCACUUAAAGGGAUCCUAUAGUGCCAGGAAAACAAAGCGGUUUUCCUGGCACUAUAGGGUUAAUAGGUCACCCCCUCUCGCAGGGCUAAAGUGGUUAAAAGCACUUAUCUGAAUCCAGCGCCGAUGUCCCUCGGAGCUGGGUCAGGCUCCGCCCACAUUCCUCCUACGCUGAUGUCAGGAAAUUUCCCUGAACAUAGAUUAGAGGGAUUCCCCGCUCUGGUGCGUUCGUCUAUGUUCGUGGGAAAUUUCCCCGAACAUAGCAAAGUGCACCAGAGCAGGGAAUCCCAUAACUCCUCACUCCUAUUCAUUCUACGACAGGAUCGAAGUAAGGGAACCUGGUCGGUAAGUGAGGCGUACCUGUAUUAAAAAUGAAAAUAUGCAGAAUCUUGAAACAGAUACUAAUGGAGCAAUAUGUGAAAAGCCUUACAAAUGCCCUCUGUACAGCUGAGACCUUUCAGGGAACAACACCUCAAAAUAAUGCACUCUGUCAAGAAGGAACAAUACCCCGGAAUAAAUCGAACAAUUAAUUCCAUUCUUAAAUAUGCAAAAAAAUGUAUUAAGGACAUAAAACAUGGCAGAUGAAUAGCACUUUAUUUCAUGAAGAUUUUAUGCGGCUAUCCGUGCAUGGGGAGGGGAGAGAAACACAUGCCAUGCACCAAGAUGGGCACCUUACUAACCACUACCAGGAUACUAAUGGACAAGUAGGUCUGAAGCCCUGCAUUUGCCCUCUGCUCUGGUGAGGCUGUAGAAAAAUCUGAGACAGGUUACACAGUGACACCUAGUGUAGGUACAGUGUAAUAGACUAAACAUUACAGAAAGGAGCAAGUAACUGUGACAAGGGAUUCAAUAUUCGAAAGUCAAUUUAAAGUGCUGCUGUAAGCACCAUCUUCAGUACAGCUCAUUGUGGCUAUUGUACUAAUAUUAUUUUGGUGUACGUCACACUAUAUUGUCUUCUUUCUACAUUUGACAUUAUAGUUGAUUUUUAUCUCUGGUGGUAAUCGGGAUCCUCAGAACAGAAUACUACAGUAAGCCUACACACUCUGCAAGAAUCUGUCAUUUUAACAAAUGUGCCUUUGUUGCUCCCACUAUGUUGAGUUUAAAAAAAAUAAUAAAAAAAUCUAUUUUAUAGCUAUAUGUCUAUCAAUCACUAGGUUAGUGUGGGUAGCUUUACGAGAAAUAAUUUAUAUUUCCUCUUUCAAUGUCUUUCCAUGCCUAGUAGAAUGAGGAAGAAUGAUUUUAAACAUGCAGAAACUAAAGCGUGCUGGAAAGACUGUCUGUAAAUGCUUGCUUUGAAAUAUUUCUUGUUUUGUUGAAUAGGUGAGUUUUCCUGCCUGUAAAGGCAAUAAUGGAUGAUUUACAACCUCUAUCUUUUACGUAAUGUCAACUCUGCCACAUAAUUUCCUGCUCACCCUGCGAUCGUAUGGUCAGCUCUUUUCUUCUUCUUAAUCAAAAGGGAUGUGAAGUGAUAUGAUAUGGCUCCUAUAUUUCUGAGGUUCCCAUAAUAAUCACUGCUAUAUUUCUUUGCUCCCUUCCUUGUAAGGGUAGUAAUUUAGCUAUGACAUUGAAUGCAUGUAGUUCCAUGUAUUAAACAGCUAGAUCAGAAGACCAUUUUAUGUGUUUGUAAUGGAAACUGUAAUUUGAAAUCCGUUUUUUUUUUUUCUUUCCCUCCAGUAUUAGGGCAAUAAUUACUAAAGCUUUUAGGCUAUCUCUUAGUUGCGUACAUGUGCUAUGGUUGUGAAACCUGCAGAAAUCUGAUAGAAAAUACACUAUUGGGACACCUGACCAUUACACCAACAAGGACUUUUAUGAGAUUGCAUUCUAAAUACAAUGAUAUCAAUAUGUAGCUGGUCAAGGUCCCCUCUUUGCAGCUCUACUUGCUUCCACUCUCCUGGAAAGGCUUUCCCACAAGAUUUUGGAGUGUGCCUAUGGGAAUUCCCAUUCAUUUAAUAGAGCAAGUGUGAGGUCAGGCACUGAUGUUGCACGAGAAGGCCUGGCUUGCAAUUUCUGUUCCAGUUUAUCCCAAAGGUGUCUGAUGGCUUUGAGGUCAGUGAUCUGUAUAGUCCAGUCAAGUUCUUCCACACCAAACUUUUCCAUCAAUGUCUUUAUGGGCCUUGCUUUGUGCACUGGGGCACAUUCAUGUUGGAAUAGAUAAGGGACCUCCCCAAACUGUUCUGACAAAGUUGGAAGCACAGCAUUUUCCAAAAUGUCUUGGUAUGCUGAAUCCUUAAGAUCUCUCUUCACUGAAAGUAAUGGACCUAGCCCAGCCCCUAAAAAAACAGCCCUGUACCAUUAUCCCUCCUCCAUCAAACUAAACCGUUGGCUCAAUGCAGUUAUAUAAGUAUAGUUCUCCUGGCCUCUGCCAAACCCUGUCAGACUGCCUGCCAGACAGAGCCUGUCAGACUGCCUGACUGCCAGACGGAGAAGCCCCAAUACCCUUGUCCAUAUAGUGUAUGUUGUGUGCUGAAACUGUUUUGUAAAUGUUCCUGUUAUGUCGCUUUUUGUGGGACAAGAGACUGUAAAGAGUUAAAUGACAUCGGCUAAACACCGCCACAACACAGAUUGUGGAGAAUCCAUUUGGUUCAACUGAUCAAUGGUAAUGCUCAUUUGGGCCUAAUGUUAUUGUGAACCUACAGGAUUUCUCCAUUUUAUUUACUAGCCUGGAUAAUUGUAUUUUCUCAUUUAAAACCGGGUUGAAUGACCUACAUCAUUGAAAGGGGGAUCAGGGUAAAUAGCUUUUAAAGUUUCUGGUAAAUUUAUUUGUGGUUUUUGGGCUGGUUGUUUGGGAAGUGUGAUUUCUGGAGAAUAUGCCACAAUUAAUUUCAUGCAUUCUAAUAUCUAAGUACAUCACUGGUCGCUGUGUGGUCCUAUAUCGUAACCCUUCAUGUAUCAUAGGAAAUAGGUAACAUAUAUUGCAUUUUUAUCAGGCUCAUGUAGCUGCUCUUAUGUCUCUUUUACCAAAAUUUGGUUAUACGUACAGUUUCCUUUCAAACGGUUCUAUGUGCGCAUUUGUAUCUACAGCAGGUGAAAUAUUGCUAGCUUAUAAUACUUAAAAAUACCAGAAAGUGCUAGGUUUGAAAUAUAAAUCUGUAUGUGAAAGUGCAUUUAAUGUACGUGUAGCUGAAUGCUCCUUAAAAUAAAUAUAUGCCAAUAAAUUCCAAAGAGAAUACCAAGACACAUGGUAUUGUGCUACUUUGUUAAUACAUAUAAAUUCAAGAGCAACUUUUUUUUUUUUUUUAUGCACAGUGCAGAAUAUCUAAAAUAAUAUUGCACCUCCUGUUUAAAUAUCUAACAGGUAAACGCUUGUUUAUCCCAGGCUAUAGAAUGUUUUAAGAUCUCCUUUUAAGGAUGCUGAUGUAUUAGAGAAACUUGUACAAGUUUCCCUGUGGCCAGUAGAGGGCAGCCUUUUAUUGAGAAAAAACAAAACAUUUGGACUUGAAAUAACGAGGAGGGAGUUUCAUAUUGUGCAUCAAAUACAUUGCUUUGUUUAUGAAUGGUUUGUUAUAAAAAAACAAAAUUUUAAAAACCUAUCCUGUGUAUCCUUAAUGUCUCCUAAGAUGUAUUUGUCUUUAUAAAAAUAAAAUGUAAUUUAGGACAAGGACUGCAUGACGGCACAGACUGUAAAGCCUUUUCAAAGGCCCCCGACAAUUACAACAUUAAUGCAAAAGCAGAAGUAGUCUCUCCCCCUCCCCAUUCAAAUAAACCUUUUUUUCCUUUUUUUAAAUCCAGCUUCUGGGUAUCUGAUGGAAAUCACUCUUUAUUUUGUCUAUAGUAAUACAUCCUGAAGCUGAUCCUUUUCACGUAUUCUUCAUAGAGAACUGCAGGGCUAGACUUCAACUUUGUAGGUUCAGUCCAUAAGGAUCUAAUUUGUUUCUAUAAAUUUGUAAAGGCUUAAACGGGAAGUGCUGUACAGGAAACAGAUGUGUUUGCCGAUGGUUAGUUUAUAUAUCUGCCUUUGGAAACCCUUCCGGAUUUACAAUAUUUUCCUCUCCUAGCAGAUCUAGAAUGCAGACCUGAUCAUGCUGUCCUCUCCAUAAGCGAUCAAUUGCUAUAACCCAGUAGUAAACUUUAGCAGGUGAGUUGGUAGUGAUGACUACUUUAUUAAAACUGUUGACUCAUUUCUAUUGAGUCAACUGAGUUUUUGUUAGAUUCUGCACAUGCAUAUUUAACUUGGCAAGCACCCUAAUGACUACUGCUACUCACUUUCCUGCUCUUAAGUUGAUGUUAACACAUUUGGUUCCACUGUUGCUUAGGAGCUGUUUAGAAAGAGGCUGUCAUGUCAUGCUAUUGUGGUGGUGAUGGUGUGUGUGUGCGCGCCCAUGGGUAUAUUGGUAGAAUGUUUUCUUCAUGGGAAAAAUAAAUUGGCAUGUCUUUUAGGUGGAAGAAGUGCCUGCACUGGACACUUGCUUGUUAAUGUCGUUCAUUGACUGACACUGAGGACACGUUUUUACCAUUUUGUAGUAAGCCUAUGAAUCCUUGGUGUAUAAUUGUGUGUGUGUGUAUAUGUGUAAACACCUAUAUUUUUCAUAAAAAAAGAUAUACAGUGGUACCUCGAUUUGAAAACGCCUCGGUUAACAUAAUUUUCAGUUUACAAAUGAAAAUCCAUUGAAAUUAAUGUCUCAGAUUACAAUUUGUUUUCGCAAUCCAAAGCAAGCUUCCCCAGGUUGCAUUGUGCCUGGAAGAAUUAUAGUGCUGCUCCCGUACAUGCUGGAGUCUGUGAGUAGCACAUGACGUCGAGAGUGGAGGUGUUGGAGGAACUUUUGCAUUGUGUUUUGGAGCCAUUCUGGAAAUGGUUUGCAGCGGUUUUGGGACUUUUUGAAACUUUUUGGGUGCAUUUCUCAAGCCGUGGAAAGGUAGGGAGCUGAGCUUAGUCGUUUGCAUGCCUUUUACUGUGUGUUCUGCAUUGUGGGUUGGUUUCCAUGCCAGCUCAUUUUGACUUUUUUUUCUGACCUCCAGAACGGAUUAAUUGGUUUUCAAUGCAUUCCUAUGGGAAACCACGUUUUGGUUUACAAAUUUUUCGCAAUACAAAACUUCCCGGAGAAUGCAUUAAAUUUGUAAACCGAGGUACCACUGUAUAUGUAAUCAUACACUUGUCCUCUACAAAGUUCAGUGCCCCAGUACAAACUGCAGCCCAGUUUACUGAAUAAGGAGCUCAAGCUUUUGAACUUGAGAAAGUGGUUUUAUUUAAUUCUAAGCUAACGGUUAUUUUAUGUUUGUGUCUUAUUAUAUUAUGUGCAGAAUUUGUCUAGGAUUCCUUUUAAUAGUCGUAUAACUUUCAAAUCCCAAUUUAUUUAUUUUUUUGGCUUAGUUAAAGGACCACUAUAGUGCCAGGAAAACACUCGUUUUCCUGGCACUAGAGUGCCCUGAGGGUGCCCCCACACUCAGGGACCCCCUCCCGCCCGGCUCUGGGGAGAGGAAACUUACCUUUUCUCCAGCGCUGGACGGGGAGCUCUCCUCCUCCGAUCCUCCUCCUCUCCGCCCAUUCGGCUGAAUGCGCACGCACGGCAAGAGCUGCGCACGCAUUCAGCCGGUCUCAUAGAAAAGCAUUUUCAAUGCUUUCCUAUGGACACUUACGUGCUCUCACUGUGAUUUUCACAGUGAGAAUCACGCAAACGCCUCUAGUGGCUGUCAAUGAGACAGCCACUAGAGGCUUUCGAGGAAGGAUUAACCCAUUUAUAAACAUAGCAGUUUCUCUGAAACUGCUAUGUUUAUAAAAAAAAAAAAGGGUUAAUCCUAGAGGGACCUGGCACCCAGACCACUUCAUUAAGCUGAAGUGGUCUGGGUGCCCAGAGUGGUCCUUUAAGCAAAUGAGCUAAAAGGGCACCCAACAUGUGAGCAAAUAUUCCUAAAAGAUAUGAUCAGGUGUUGAUGGCAGGGAACCGUGCUUAGCUAGGCUUUCUAAAAUAAUUGAAUACUCCAUAUUGAUACAAGUACGUCUCUUCCAACACCUCCAGUGAGAAACUUUGUGAUCCUAAAAUGAAGGAAACAGAAGCCUAAUCACUUUUUUUUUUUUUUUCUUUCUUUUUUUAAAGCAGCACUGUCAUGCCGAACUUGCCUUUCUCCAAUCAAUUCCUCUUCUCUCCCUCUGUCAGAAUUUGUUCUUCAUUUCUUCCUGUCUGCUCUAGUUUUCUUUUAAAACUUAAGACAAAGUAGGGACUACUUUGUCUUAUGGAGGUUUUCUACACCUGACUAGCGGAGGAGCAAAGUGUGCUUUGUUUCCGGUGAUCAAAGCAAUUUUCCCACAAUUCUCACAUUUGAUCCGUGAUGCUUCCUGUCAGUAUUCCUAAACGUCCUGUCACUUAGACAAAACGCCGGCGAAACUACUGAAUUUCGUCCUAACAGAAUGACAACAGUUUGUUAAUUCAUGUUAGGACACAUUUUGGGACUUUGUUCGGAUCGGAAUUUAAAUAGAAUGAAUGAAAUUACGAUCUAUUCGUGCCGCGGCUGCAUCUUGCAGCUGCUUGGUAGAUAGCUCCUUAAUCCCCACGGUGCAGGGAGCUAUCUCACUAAAGGCUGAAAGACCUAAAUUGGUCUUUCAGACAAAUUUACUAAUACUAAGUAAAGAUUACUUAGUGUUGGUAAAUUCUGCCCCUACUCUAUAUAUCGUGAGUAGGGGCGUGUCUACUAAACAGUGAUCAGCCUGUGGCUGCUCACUGUAAAAAAAAAAACACCCUAGUGUCCCCCUCUCGUGCUGCACGUGUGGGGGCUAUUACACUGAACGGGAGAUCUAUUGCCCCCACCCCUGAGCGGCGGGUGGGGGCUCUAAAUUACGAAUAGAUCGUAAUUUCAUUCAUUCAAAUGAAAUUCCGAUCCAAACACAGUCCCGAAAUGCGUCUUAACAUGAACAAACUGUUUUCAUUCUGUUAGGACGAAAUUAGUUUCGCCGGCGUUCUGUCCAAGUGAUAGGACGUUCAGGAAUACUGACAGGAAGCAUCGCAAGAUCACGGAGAGAAAAUUGCUCUGACCACUGGAAAUGAAGCACACUUUGCUCUUCCGCUGGUCAGGAGUAGGAAAUCUCAAUUAGACAAAGUAGUCCCUACUUUGUCUUAUGGUUUAAACAAAACUAGAUCAGACAGGAAGAAAUGAAGAACAGAUCAUGAGAGAGGGAGAGAAGAGGAAUCGAUUGGGGAAAGGUAAGUUUGGCAUGAAAUUUUCACCUUUAAUGUAGUGGUUAUGAUGCCAGGAGUAGUAGCCUGGUCUGAGUUCCCUAAUAACCAGAAAAGCCAUUUAGCAAUGAAAGUUGCACAGAAUUGAUAUUAGCUAGCCCGGGACUCUAUUCCAGUCUGGCAAGUAUCCUCCCAAUGAUUCUGUCAGAGGUAGUUACUCCUACAGCAGCAGAGGGUUUAAACACCAUAAGUGUAGCAUUUCACAGCAAAACACUGCACAUACAGACUCCAGUCAUCAUGACCACAUUAAACGUGGUUAUGGUGUUUGGAGUAACCCUUUAAAAAACAAAAAAAGUAACUCUGCUGUCUUAAGUAAAAGCACUUUAGCUUGAUAAAGUACUUUAUAUGUGAAGAGUGUAUCUCUCUCCCCCAAGUGCAGAUUAAAAAAUAAAAAAAAAUAGAAGUAAAAUAAUGCAUAUACAGACUCCAGGUACCACAAUCACAUUCAUAACACUUUAAACUUAAUUAUAGCUAUUGUGAACUUUUAUAUGAUUGGUUUCCUUGCUGUCAACAUUUACCGGCAUGUAACUGAUCAAAAUUUUUUCUAAGCUGUGCUUACAGUAUGUACAAAUAUCCCUACCUUCAGUAUAUGGCAGUAUCCUUCAGGUUACCUUACCUUAGUUUUGGUUAGACAAUGUUUGAUAACCUCUAUAUAGUCUCUACAGUCUCUGCUUUUGUAGAGGGAAUGAAAUGGGGAAGAUGAGAUUGUCUGCUUUCAAACUCCUACAGAUGCCAGAACAGAGCUUUGAAGUGCUGGAAACCAUAGGCCCUGUGUCCAACAUGGUUCCUCAUGGCCAGAUGGAAACUUGAAAUGAUUACAAAACGUGCUUAGUUGGCAAGGGGGUGACCACUUCAUCAGAUGCCUCAAGAGACACAAUUGCAGUUACUUGGAACCAGGCUGUUGGAGCACCAAGUUUAUUUAAAGACACAGAACCUCGUAUUUUGAUUUAGGUUCAUUUUACAUUUGAGUUUUCUGCUUUUUUGGGUCUUUAUUUCAAUUCCUCAAGGGUUUACUUGAAGGUGCACUGGUCUUAAUUCUCUUAUGCAGGGUCUGAUUAAGAUUUGAUUUGCCGUGAGCACUGUCGUAGAAUAUAAGAAUAAUUCUGUUCCUGUUUUUGCAAACCCGUAACCAAGCUUACUUUAUCAUAUAGUAAAUAUACUGUGCAAAGUCUGCUUGUGAAGGAAUGGGAAACUGCACUAUAUAAGGCAACAAAAGGCUCGACUAUGGAGUGAUCACGCAGCUUUUAAAGACAAAAUGGUCUAUUCUGCUUUUGGCGGAACACUUGAUCUGACUGCACGGUUAGCAAGUGGAGUUGAGCAAUGUAUUGUUCAUCUUUGCAACGUUGCUGUAAGAGUCCUAUUGAUAAAUACACUGUGUAGAGCUGCACACAAGUCUCAAGUAGACAAAGUACAGCCAUUGAGCACACACCCUUGUUUUCUAGGGAGGGAUAUGUGUUGCAUCAUUAGUGCUGCUUUAUGAAGAAAUACAUAUGAUUUUGUUGCAGUUUUGUGAAUCUUGCUUCCAAACAUUUGUGGGUUUAUUCACAAAACUGGAUGUAAAAAACAAGAUAAUUGUAUAUUUCAGGUAGAUAUCCGUGAUCUAGGGAAAAUUUAAAACCAAAAAACAGAAUUUAACUCACCGCCCCCUCCAAAUUUGGCUGAAUGUGUCACGUACAGUUUUUAUAGUACUAUGGAACAAACUAGCCCCAAUACAUAAAAAAACAAAAACCAAAAACCAACACCAAAAAAAACAUGCAAAGCCCUGAGCACAGAAAAUACCCCUCUGUCUCAUUAGCGAUUUUACCUUUUAGCUGAAAGCCGCAAGAUGAAUUGUUAGAGGUUUUGCUUUUACUUGGCAGGUCAGCUUCCACUUCAAUGACCAUUGAAAAGAUACUAAAAAAAACUUCCAGUUAUUUAUCUAUAAACACUUCUAGUGGCCAUGUCAGUAACUGCCAUUAGAAGCAGCAAUGUAAACCUUGCCUUUUGUCUGAAAAGGCAGUGUUUACAUUAAAAUGCUUGCAGGGACAUUCUAUAGACCCCAGAACAACUACAUUAAGAUGUAGUUGUUGUUCUGGUUAUUGUAGUGUCCCUUUGCCUCUACACUAUCCCUAACCCAGUGGGAUGAAUAUUCGCAGAGGGCUUUUCCAGCUCUCAUAGCAGCAUGUAGCAUGUAAUGAUAUCAUGGGCAGCUGAGUGAUCAUAAUUGGCAUGGGGGCAAUAUCAAAGUCUCUUCAGACCCUGUCUCCCCAACACUAGGCUAGGCACAGUAUAACUGCGACUGAGUUUUAAUGCUCAGCUGCGGGGAAUAAACAAUAUUUUAAAACUCUACAUAACUGCCUAUAGCUAAUCUGUCAUUCUGGGGCCACUAUAAAAGUAUUGAUCCAGAUUGGGAAUUAAUUGUAUAUAUUUAUUUUGAGUACGUUAAAGAUUUAGCAUUAUAUUUGCCUCAUGUUUUAAUAAAAAUUGGAAAUCAUAUAUAUAUACUCCUAAAUUAUAAAAAUAUUUAUGCAUAAUCAGCAAGAUCAUCUUGAGACUAUUUAAUAACUAUGGUAGAUGGGUUUAAAGGGACACUAUAGUCACCAGAACAACUACAACCUAUUGAAUUUGUUCCGGUGAGUAUAAUCAUUACCUUCAGGCGUUUUGCUGUAAACACUGUCUUUUCAGAGAAACAUUACAGCCUAGUGAUAACUUCACUGGCCACUCCUCAGAUGGCUGUUAGAGAUCCUUCCUGGGUCAUGGCUGCCUAAAAUGCAUCCAAACAUUCAGCGUCUCCUCCCUCUGCAUGCAGACACUGAACUUUCCUCAUAGAGAUUCAUUGAUUCAAUUAAUCUCUAUGAGGAGAUGCUGAUUGGCCAGGGCUGUGUUUGAAUCAUGCUGCCUCUUUGUCAGUCUCAGCCAAUCCUAUGGGGAAGCACUGUGAUUGGAUCAGGCUACCACUUCUGAUGAUGUCAUUAGACUGCUUGUUGUUUUUGAGGCAAACGGCAUGCAGAGUUACAGCUUCAGGCUUGAAUACAGUACAAUUUUGCCAUAUUUAUGGAGGCAUGAGGGGCCCAGGGGGGCUAGAUGGUGGUUUUAACACUAUAGGGUCAGGAAUAUAUGUUUGUUUUCCUGACCCUAUAGUGAUCCUUUAAAGUUAAAGGAUCACUAUAGGGUCAGGAACACAAACAUGUAUUCCCUACCCUAUAGUGCUAAACCCACCAUUUAGGUGGCUUGCCCUCCCUCGGCCCCCUUAAAAGGAAUUAAACUCACAUUAUUUCCAGCACCGCCUGCCAGUUCUGGUUCCAGCCCCUUUGUAACAUCAUCAAAAUGGCCGAUUUUGAUGAUUCAUAGGGGAAGCAUUGGACUGGCUAAAAUUUGCCAAGUGCCGUUUUUGGCCAAUCAGGACCUCCUCAUAGAAAUGCAUUGAAUCAAUCCAUCUCUGAGAAAAAUUCAGCGUUUCCAUGCAGAACGUGGGGACGCUGAACGGCAUGGCUGCUUACUGUGCAGCCCUGAGCCAAGAAGCCCCUCCAGUGGCCAUCUAAGGAGUGACCACUUGUAGGUGUACCUAAGGGCAAUGUAAAUACUGCCUUUUCUCUGAAAUGGCAGUGUUUAGAUGAAAACGCCUGAAGGGAGCCAUUAAGCUGUAGUUGUACUGGUGACUAUAGUGUCUCUUUAACAGGUCAGAAUCUUUGCGCCAUACCCACGGGCUCUUGUUAUAGUGUCAAUACGUAUGGUGCCAAGAGUGUCCAGACCUCCUCCUCCCCUAUUGUUAGUAGUUGAUUGAUUUCUUACCUGGGCUCCACUAGAUGCCUCCUCUCAGCCAUUACGAGAACCGGGCGUUCUUGCUUAGGCGCUUCCGUUGGUUUUCCUCAGCUAAACCCUGCAGUACAUGGCUAGCUCAUUCUCUCAGUGUCAGAUGAUUACUGUCGGACAAAGAGCUAAGUUAUGCAGUGCUAGGCAUAGCUCAGACAGGGAGCUUCUGGCUGGCCUGGAGACAUCAGUGGCAGCAAGAAGCAGCGCCCAGUGGACUCUACUACCUAGGUUGGGCUUGCCUGGCACCAUAAGCACUACAGCAUACUGUAGUAAUUAUGGUGCUUCGAGUGUUCCUUCAAGAUGUAUCUUAAAAAACAUGGCAGUCUAGGGACUCUACCAACUCUGUGAAGUUGGUCACGUUUCAGUCACGGAUGUAUAAUCAGCCAGUGUUUCUAACUAGUAACUAAUUAAAUGAUUUAACCUGUUGUCCUUGCAUUAGUAAACCGGACUAUUAGAAAUGUUCUUCAUAGGUUUCAGGAUGAAAGCCGAUGUGAGGAAAUAGGCACAGACAGUCGACGUAUCUGCUUGUGUGCGAUUUAUAUCUGUAUACUUGUUGAGAAAAUGUCAUAAAACAUGCAUGUCAAGCUGGAAGUUCUGACCGCAACAUUGUCUGCCAGAAUCCAUGUAAAUGUAAAAAAAAUAAUAAUUCCCCAGGCAAUGCUUUUUGAAGAGUUAAGUAAUUCGAGCCCUCUAGAUAUGCACAGACUGUCAGCAUACCUUGCAUGCUUUAAAUAAGCAAGGUGGGAAGGGUGAGUUGUAUAAACUUUUUUUUUCUUCUUCUUCCUUUUUUAUUUUUCUCCCUUUCUUCUUCUUGUGGUCCCCAUUUACUGUACAUUUAGAACCCUGAAUUAAAGCCUUGCCAGCAUCCUCCAUUAUUGAUUGUAAUGCAGUUACCGUAGUUAAGUAUUACUUUGUGAUUAUGAAAUAAUACUUUGUGCCAUAUAUUUUCAUUUUAGAAAAAUAUCUGUAGCCUGUAUUAUUAUUUCAAAUUUGACUCUGUAUUUCCUACUUUUAAGGUAGAUGCUGCACAGGAAGUGAUCAAAAUGUGGCUGGACCUUUUUUUUAUACACCCAUUAUUCAUAUACCAUUUUCUAUUAGGAGAGAAAAGCUAUUUCCAGCUACAUGUCAUUGAGACAAUCACUUUGAAGAAUUAACAUUUAUCUAUUAGGGGUUUAUUCACUAAACAGUAUAUUGUGGAUCACAGAUUAUUGCCAUCUAAAUAAGUUUGGCAACAAAAUUCUUACCAUGGCACUGUGUAAAGCUAACUUGGCCCAACCCAAUUACAAUGAAGUAAAGCAGAUAAAAUUGUCUUUUUUUUUUUAAGUCUGUUGCUUCCUAUAUGACUUGUAGAAAACUGACCAGGGAGCUGCCAUUUAUAAGAUAAAAUAUCCAAGCUAGAAGGAAACCGCUGGAGAAUAUUUCCAAUUUAGACUUUAUUGACCUAAUACACAAUUCACUGAUCAGCUCUUACCUAGUUAAGGUACCAAAAUCCCUACAUAUUCCUGUCUGUUGCUCCAUUAUUAGUCAUCUGUCAUGGUUUUCAAAGUUAUAAAGAUGGCUUCUUAAAAUCUGGUGAUGCAUGGUCACCCAUGGUACCCAGUUAUAUUGUUAAACAUUGCUAAUAUGGUGCCUGGACACUCAUGGCAUCAUAACCAAUACAGAGGGUUGUAAUAGUUAUGAUGCUUGGGGUGUUUUUAUUUUUAUUUAUUUUUUAGUGCGAGGGGCAGCAAUGCCAUUUUGUUACCACCUGUUUGUGUUCAGAAGUGUUAGAGUUAAAGGAACACUGUGAAGUUAGGAAUACAAAUGUGCCCUAGUCACUGUUUAGAUGACUGGGCCAGUGCAGCCAUGGUAAAAAAAAUGUGAUUUACCAUUUAACCCUCACAGUGCAGGUUUCUUCUAGAUAGCUUUGCCUCUUUGGCUGAGAUCAUCAUUGCUGAUGACAUCAGUCAAGUCAAUGCUUUCCCAUAGGAAAGAAUUGGGAGGCUAGUGCCGCAUGUCACGCUGUGCCAAUCAGUCUCCUGAGACCACCUGAUUAAAACAGCAGAGUUAAACUUUAUUUUAAAGAAGCUCCUCUAGUGGCUAUCAUAUUGAAAGCCACUAGAAGCAGGCAAUCACUGCAAUGUAAACAUUGUUAUUCUGGCAAAAGGACAAUAUUUUCAACUGCAGGGUUAAAAGGAAGGUGGAGGGGCACAUGGCUUCUAGACCAAUUCACUGAUCUGAAGUGAUCUGAUCAUUUAAGUUGAUCACAGGUGGUUAAAGCGUUAAUUAUACUUUUUUUUUUUUUCUUCUUUCUUUACAGUAGAGGGCAGUCUUUAGUGAGAUAAGCAUAAUCACAUGUCUGAAUUGGCACAUAUCACACAUUUAUAGUUUGUCAUUGAUAUGUAUCCAAUAUUUGUUACUGCUUACUGAAGCAAAGUUAUUUGAUAUUUUAUAUUGGGACAGUAAUGGCUAACUCUUGCAUGGGAGUGUUUUAUGAGUUUAAGCUCUCACAAUUCUCAUUCUGACUUUUUUUUUUGUUUUCAUGGCAUGAAUGGAAACAUUUGUCAAAUGCUGUGACAGAAAAAAAUUCCAGUUUUAUGCUAAGAUUUUAUCUGUUUCCAUACCUCUGCUACCUUGACCUAAAACUUCCAUUUUCCUUUCUGUUCAUUCUCCAUCAUUUCUGAUUUAUUGUAAAACCCCAGAUAUUGUGGUUACAUAAUAUUCCUUUUAUUAAGGAAUACUUUACCACUCAUCCUCUUGUCUGCAAGCCUAUGCUCUGUGUUUUGUAUCCUGAUCAGUCUUGACCGUUGUUUUGUUGCUCUGUGAUGCAAAGAUUUGUAAUUGAAUGUGUGGGUGACUGUCCUUUUAUCACAACAGUAAGUGAUUAUCUGUGAGUACUGUUCUGAGGACAAAAGAUCCAGCAGGCCCGCCUCCAGCCUGCUUUUCAAACAGUAUUAAUGGGACGUCCCAUAGGUGUGCGAGUUUUGUGAUAAGGGGAACAUACCGGAGUGGCCUUGUUUAAAGGGUGUGUUCAAGUGAGAAACAGGAAGCGGCUGAGUUACUGCUUCUUCUGGCAAAGAAUUCUCAGUUUGAACUACUGCAGGUGUGCAGGCACACGACACUGCUACUGCCUCUACAGGGCUACUUGGCAGGCCUGCUUUUCUAUACCAAUAUUGUACUGAGCAAUAUGAGCGCAUUGCAGCUGAAAGAAUUGUCACAGUCAGACUUGUACAGGAGAAGGAAAGAGCGUCCUGACAGUUUCGGAUUUAAUGGCAUACAUGAAGGCAAGCUUGGGUAAGCUCACUUGACAAUUUAAAAUAUUUUUUUUUUUUUGUGUGUGUACUUUUGUUUUCUGAAAUUACUGAUGCUUUCACACUGUGGGGUUUUAAUCACUAAACUGUAAAUUGUGGUGAAUCAAAACUCCAAAUUGCAAAAUUAUAGUUAAAAUGGUCUGUUUUGUGACUAGCUAUGUUGGAGAAAUUUGAUAAGCUUGCCUUUUAUAUCUUUUUGGUUUCUAAAAUACUACGACAUCUGUAAGUGAGGCAUUGUACCUGCAGGAGCCUAUUCUGUCUGUUUACCUCUUAACAGUUCACUGUGACGGUGCUGGGACAUAAUGCUGCAAAUCUGUUUAAGAAACCCUAUAAUAUUUAACACUGACCCCAGCUAUUGUGAGAGAGUUCUCCUAAAUCUAUUCCGGUCACUAAAAAGUACAAAUUUAUGGGAAAUAGGGUCCAGUAGAACUAUCAGACAGCUAAAUGUGUCCACCUCAAGUUAAGAGCGCGGUUUCCUGUGCCUAGAGAGGGCUUCAUUCCCCCCUAAUGCACACUUCAUCAUUAUAUGUUAAGGAAAUAUAUGGGUUAAUGGUUAGUGUUUGGGGUUUAUCUGUUGUUUGGGGUUUUAAUAAUGGUGAAGUGUAUAAAGGCACUGUAGGGGUUAACAUAUAUAAUGCUUGGCUUAAGGGGAAGAUAUUACUGUAAGGGCAGCAAUGGAACAUACAUUUUCCAGUGCCGCCUGAGAUUGGUGGCAGUUACAGUCCAGGAUGGCAGCUGUUUCGGCUGCUGUUAAAAAUGGUCAUUGGUGCAAUUACCUUUUUAACACUAUACUUUAAAAAAUAAUAAUUGGAAUUUAGUUACAGUAUAUGAUUAUACCUUGCUUAAGCCUGUCACACCAUUAUACCCCAUUUUUGGCAGUUAAAUGAAUAUAAUGCUGAGGUAAGAAUUUAGUAUGUUUGUUUUAUAGCCUACAGGCAGAGUUUGUUAAUAAUAAGUAAAAAAUUUUGUUUAAAAAAAAAAAAAAAAUCUUUUCAUUGCAGUAUUCUGCCUGUAUUGAAGCCUUGCACGCGUGCAGACACACGCCAAAUGCCCAGUACUCUGGUGUUAGUGGGACGUUAGGAAUGCUCUGUUUCUGACCCUGCUUCAGUUUCUUGGCCUGCCUCUUUGUGCAUUGAAAUCCUUAGUGCAUGUCAGAUCCUGCUUGUCCUAUCUGCACAUAGGGAGCAUGUACUUGCUGAUUGAAGGGGCUGUAGACACAAGAAUGUGGUAGAACUGCUUGUGACAUCCCAUGGGCGAGGGCAGUUCCUGUAACUUCCUUAGCGAAGGCCUGUUUGAAGAGACACAUUUGAUUAAUGUGCUCGGUAAAUGUUAGAAAACUAAGAUGGUAGGCAUAUAAUCUAGUUCACACUCAAUUACCUAUAAUUGCUUAUGAGUAUUUAUGGUCUUUCAAUAAGGUGUCACACAUUUCACCGUACAGAACAAUUUGUGUCAAAUUAAUGUUGAUUUGUGUGUUAUUUUGCGGUAUUUCUUUUUCUUUUAGAUUGUAGAUUAUCAUAAAAUUGUAAAAUCUGUAUUUUGUGUAUAUGUAUGUGUAUAUAUGUGUGUGUGUAUAUAUAUAUAUAUCAGUCUAAUGAACAAAUCCUUGGAUAUAUCUCUAUGCCAUCUUCCAAAUAGUCAUUGAUAAGAAUUAAGUAACUGACUUACUGUAGGAUGUAGAGCUUUACACAGGCAAUGCUUGUUGAGUGUGAUGGGAUUUCUUUCCCCCGCUUUAGGAUUAAACAAAUUUUUCUGGUUAUGUUUUGCUUUAUUAGUCAUCAGAAACUCAACCAGUUUCCUCACCUAUAAAAUAAAUACGAUAAAAAUAUGUGCAGGCAACUUAAAAUUUAUUUAGGAAAUUAUUACGUGACACAUAAGUAUACAAUUUUUUUGUCUAUUUCGAGUUUAUUUUGUUUGAAAGGUGAAUGAACCUAUGUAGCGAAUAUUGUAAGGGCCAUUAAUCUUUUAGAGCAGAUUAUCUGUUUUAGUAUCAGCCUUAGCUUGUUUACUUUUGAAAGUGCCUUUGUCUAUUUUUGUUUUGUUAGAGAAACACUGCAUGCCUAGAUUGCAUAUAUAUCAAACUACAUGGAUUUAAAACAUGCGCUGUUAUGUGUGCAUAACUGUUAGUUCUGGUCAAGCUUACUGUUCACUUCUAACUAUAGAUUUAACUCCUAGUCAGUGGUUCAAGAUGAUUGUAGUAUCAGUUCAACAACUUUUGUGGAGUAUUAUUGGCUUUUUCUUGAUUUUAAUAAUCUGGUUUAACCCCUUAAGGACCGGCCUGUUUUUGCAAUGUUGUACGUUAAGGACCAGAGCGGUUUUAACACUUUUGUGGUGUUUGUGUUUAGCUGUAUUUUUCCACUCUUUCAUUUAAGUUUCCCAUGCAAAUUAUAUAUUGUUUUUUUUCAGGACAAGAAGGUCUUUCUUUACAUACCAAUAUUUGUAUCAUGUCAUAUAUAUUUACUUUAAAAUGAUGAAGUGUGCAUUAGGGGGGAAUGAAGCCCUCUCUAGGCACAGGAAACCGCGCUCUUAACUUGAGGUGGACACAUUUAGCUGUCUGAUAGUUCUACUGGACCCUAUUUCCCAUAAAUUUGUACUUUUUAGUGACCGGAAUAGAUUUAGGAGAACUCUCUCACAAUAGCUGGGGUCAGUGUUUACUUUAUAUUUUACUUCUUUUGCAAAUCGUAUGCCAUCAUGGGGGUAAUUCUCAUUCCUGGGCUACCAUACGCUCUCAAAGGCAACAUUACCAAUCCGACAAAUUUCAAUGAAGGAAAAAAAAAGUAAAAUCAAGCUUUAUAUUUGACCCUGUAACUUUCAAAAACACUAUAAAACCUCUACAUGUGGGGUACUGUUAUACUCAGGAGACUUCUCUGAACACAAAUAAUAGUGUUUCAGAACAGUAAAACCUAUCACAGCAAUACUAUCAUUAGUGAAAGUGCUGUUUGUGUGUGUGAAAAAUGCAAAAAAGUCACUUUUACUGACCAUAUCAUCGCUGUGAUAUGUUUUACUGUUUUGAAAGACUAAUAUUUGUGUUCAGCGAAGUCUCCCGAGUAAAACAGUACCCCCCAUGUACAGGUUUUAGGGUGUCAUAGAAAGUUACAGGGUUAAACACAGUGCUAGCAAAUUAAAUUCUUUGGACUUUCGGCCUUGGUUCUCAGGCAUGUCCCUCAAAUUGCAAUCAAUAAAAUUACUUAAUUAUGUAAUAAUAUUACAUAAAUAUGCACGUAGAAUUUAAAUAUAAAUAUAUUUAUUUAUUUAUUUAUUUGAAGUCUACGUGUAUAUUUAUGAAAUUAUUUAUGUAAUUAUGUAUAUGGACAUAUGUAUAGUUCUUCUUAAUAUAUAUAUAUAUAUAUAUAUAUAUAUAUAUAUAUAUAUAUAUAUAUAUAUAUAUAUAUAUAUAUAUAUAUAUAUAUAUAUAUAUAUAUAUCUCCAUUAAUAUAGCGCCAACAGAUUCCGUAGCGCUUUACAAUAUUUUGAGAGGGAGGAUGUAACAAUAAAUAGGACAAUUACAAGAAAACUUAUAUAUAUAAAAUUUCAUUCUAAGUGUAUUUUGAUAUAAAUAUAUAUUAAUUUCAAAAUACAGUUAGAAUAAAAUUACAUAUAUCAUUUUUAAAUUAUUUUAUUUUUACAUUUAAUUUAUUUUUAUGUACUUGUUAUUUAUAUUUUAUAAUAUACAAUAUAUAGUUAUUAUAUAUGUGUGUGUAAUUUAAUUAUAAGUGUAUUUUUAUAUUAAUAUAUGUGUAUAUAAAAAUAUACUUAGUAUGACAUUAUAAUAUAUAGAUAUAAUACGUGUGUGUGUAUGUAUGUAUGUAUAUAUAUAUAUAUAUAUAUAUAUAUAUAUAUAUACACACACAUAUUUAUUUUUAUUUUUACACUGAUUGAUUUUUUUAUUUUUUUUUUAACUUUAUUUUUGAUUUUCCACUUGCAGGGACAGUCCCUCUGCAGGCAGAUACACAGGAACCUAUUGCGGUCAUGUGAUCGAGUGAUCACUUGGCCGCGGGGUCCUGAUCUGCCGCGGGGAGACUGCCUGGGCAGACAGGCAGUCCCCCCAAACCAGGUGAAACGCAGAUCGCCGCCGGGGGACCGACGACGAUCAGGUAAGUACCCCCAGACCGUUAUGACGGUUCAGGACCAUCAUCAGUCCUCAAGGGGAUGCUUAACCCCUUGAACCGUCAUCGGUCGUCAAGGGGUUAAAGGAGCACUGUAUCACUGUUCGAUUCUCUGCUAUUUAGGAAUUAAAUCACUUUUGUUUCAGUUAAUGCAGCCUUGCGCUCUCCCCACCCCCUUCUGUCCUGUCUAUGACUGACACUGUCUGCAUGAUAACAAAAUGGUUUAAUUUUAAAACAGAUGUAACUUACUUUAAAAGUAUGUUGUUGUUUUUUGUUGUUUCUUCUAUUGCUGCUCUGUAAAUUGAACUUUAAUUGGAAGGAAGUGUAUAGGAAGGCUGUGUACUUGCAGGGAGAUGUUACAGGCUGCAUAAACUGAUGUAUAACUCUUAAAUGGCAAAUAAUUGAGCAGUAAUACUGCAGGGAUGUGAUCUAUACACCAAAACUGCUUCAUUAGGCCAAAGUUGUUAUGGUGACUAAAGUGUCCAUUUAAGGUACGCAAUCUAAUCAAUUACAGCAAAAAUACUAUAGGGAAAUGAUCUUAAAAGGACACUCCAGGCGCAAAAACAACUUGGUUUGUUAUGCUGCAUGGAAGCACUCUUUCCUCAAGGGGUUUAAACCAUUCUCGAACUGUUUAACCCUUAAGUUGCCUUCAGCUCUGGUCUCCCCUGACUGCAUCCUGCAUCAGAAUUUUAACUUACAGGAAGUGCGGAGUGCCACAGGGCAGGGGUGCCGCUGAUUGCAAGCCAGUUUUGUAAAGUUGUAGAUGAGGUUGUUUUGGUGCCUGGGGUGUUCCUUUAAAUUCAACUGGUUUUACAAGAAUAGACACAGGUGCUUCUGGUACUGUUUAUGUUCCGUGACUAAAAAGUAUAUUUCCUAUUGGGCAACAACUGUGCCUAUUAUGGCGGCUACAAAUUUCCUCUGAGACAUUGAUUAGUGUUUAAAAAUAAAAAUAAAAGGAAUUGCAAAAUGGCUUAAAUUGAAUAUACCUGAGCUGGAUAAAUUCUACUUAUGGUUAUUUUCAUCUAAUUCAUUUGCAUUUUAUAUUUUUUGUUCUCCACAGUUCCCAGUUUUGGCCUUGAUUUUAUAUUGUUGGGUAAACUUUUCAAAUUGCGUAUUUCUUUAUUUUUUUAAAUGAUUUUAUAUUAUGAAAAAUAUUUUGUGUGUGUGUGUGUGUGUGUAUAUGUAUAUAUAUAUAUGUGUGUGUGUGUGUGUGUAUGUAUAUAUGUGUGUGUGUGUAUAUAUGUGUGUAUGUGUAUAUAUAUAUAUAUAUAUAUAUAUAUAUAUAUAUAUAUAUAUAUAUAUAUAUAUAUAUAUAUAUAUAUAUAUAUAUAUAUAUAAAUGCAUAUGCCCGGGAGAAGGAAUAGUAAACAUGUGGAACAGUUUUAUUAUGUUUAUUGGUCAGCGCUACGCGAUGGCGCUAUAUAAAUAAUAAUCUGUUGUCAUCUUUACAGCUCUGCUGUUUACUUUUUUCUAACACUUGGGUGACACGGUAAUGCUCUACAGAUUCCACAUUUGACACCCUAUAUGCACAUGCCUUGAUAAAUAUUUUCACUUUGUAGAAGCCAGCAGUUAAACCACCGACCUGCCAUCAAGUUUGUAAUGGUAGCUAUUGACAUAUAGUAGCGAUAAGGAAACACUGCAAUUUGAAUAAAACGCCAAUCCUGUUUUACAGAAUGGAUCUGGAAUUUGCUAUAUACAACUUGAUUACAGCCUAGGAGCAUAACACUUACUGCAACUAGACAACUCAAAGAUCCUUCAAAAAUCACUAUUUUAAUUUAUCGUUUUGUGCAACAAAAUGUUACGUAGCUUCCUUUCUAAUUAUCACUUUUAUUUCCUUUGUCCAAAUUUGUUCAAUUUGUCUGUUGUUCAUGUACACGCUUUGCUGUUCUUUUACAGCUCUGUGAAUGUCAACAGUGCUAUCUGUGAACUGGCUAGUAUCCGCUUAUUCAAGUGUUUGGCUUCUCAGAUCUCCUGAGGGGAAUUGGAUUGGGGGUUAGCUACUAGUCUCGUACUCCUGCACUAGACAGGAGUUUAAGGGAUAAAAUCAAACCCCAAUUACCCAAAUAAGAGACUCCUGAUUGGAGCGUCCUCUUCUUGAUCAGUGUAAGGACUUCUUCUGCGGCAGCUUGCUUGUUUUGCAUUUGUUUUUGCUUCUUAACAGUUAACAUUCUAUUUAUUAAGUAUAUGUUACCAAAUGAAUCUUAUUUUGCAGUCCCUAAUAAUGAGACAAGAACCUAGGAACCAAGAGGUACCCUGGAGAUUACUACAAAUUUGUCCAGAAGAUAGUCCAAGUAAUGUGUUAAAAUGGUGAAGGCUUCCAGCCUGUAUUGUCUUUAAUUGUGCAACUAAGUUAGCAGAACUCUUUUAGUUCCUGGAUGUUGCUAGAGCAUCUCUAGCUUACCAUUGCACAGUGUAAAGAAAAUCCCACGCACCUUGACAUGUACCUAUGAUGAAAAGACUGUGCAGCUCAGGAUAACCAGUCUAUUUUUUUUCCCUCCUGCUGGUCAGUGUCCUUCUUUAGUGCUAUACAGUAUGACCCUUCCCAAUCUUGAGGAUCGCUAACCACUCCCUAUUAUAGCAGACCCUAGAAAUAGUCACCAGUGAGCUGAAGUUAGCGCCUAAAUAUCCGCAGUCCACAUCCCAUACUUUCAAUAAGUGCCAGCCAUUGUAGAAACUAUUUUUACCCCACGUAUAGUGGCAUUAUUUAUGGGGAUGCUCUAAAUCAUGGUGGAAGAGUACUCCUCGAAAUACAGUUAAAAAAAGUAAUCAAGCUCUUCACCCUCCCUCUCAUACCAUUUUCUUAAAAAGGUUGUCCCAGAUGGGCACCCCAGUUUUUAUUGUUCUGCGAGCAGACUCAGAUGUUCCUUGAACAGAAGAUCGUGAAGCACACUGGCUGAUGCUGGGGGUGUGCGGCCUAAUAGCUCCACAGAUGGUAAGCUGCAUGAUGUCAAUCUCUAGAUUGUCCAGCAUCAUGGAGCGCCGGAAUCAGUCCUGAUUUAUAGGUAUACCUGGCGGAGGAUGUUAAGAGGCGUUCCAGGGUGGCACUCCAUCAUAUGACAGACCUGGAGUCAGUGAACACUAGUGAAACGCAUGCUUAGGCGGCGUUGGAUUCCACUGAAAUUCCAAUUGUGCUACUGAUCACGUCUCAAACUACCUCUUCCGGUGAAGACUAACUUAAAGCUAAAGCUAUAUCCCAGAGGUACUGCUACUGUAUGUGGGAAAAUACAGAAAUUGUAAUUAUCGUAAAUUAUUUUUAUUUUUUUCCUUCGUACAAUGGCAGUACGGAUUUUACUCCUUUUAUUUUAAUGUUUACAGUUUUUUGCAGCAGUUGUUUUACAUAUAGUUUCUGCUAUUAUUUGGCUGCUGGCCAAAUAAAGGUAUGAGAGGGAGGGUGAGGAGCUUGAUUUAUUAUUUGAACUAUAUUUCUAGGAGUACUUGUUCAUCAUGAUUAAGAGCAUCCAACAGAAACUGCCACUACAUUAAGGAAAUUAUUUUUUACUGUAAGUAAAAAAUGUUGUUGUUCUGAAAAUCCAGCUCUGGUGGCGUGCUCAGCUUUUUGACUUUUUUAACUUUUGAUGAAACGGGUGGUAAUCAACUUUUUAGUGUCAGAAAUUAACCUUUUCUAUUCUAAUAUAACCCUUAAAGGGAUACUAUAGUGUCAGGAAUGCAAAGCGGUAUUCGUGGCACUAUACCUCUCUGCCUCCCCCCUACCUCACAACCCCCACCCAGGUAAAUAAAGGGUUAACACCCUUUAUUUACUUACCUUAUCCCACCACCGAUGUCCCUCGGCACUGGGUCGAAGCCCCACCCCUUCCAACAGCCCGCAAUGAGAGCGUACUGAUGCACAUGCCGCGCGCAAAUUAGUCCUUUCCUUUGGGUGAAAUCUGGUGCAGGACAUCCUCGUGCAGAGUGUGAGGAUGUCCAGGGUCAGAUACCGGACCACAGGUCCGUUUCAAUUCAGCAAGCCCUCUAGUGACUUAGAGUUGCAAUGUAAACAUUGCAGUUUCUCUGGAGCUACAAUGUUUAUCAUUUCAGCACUAAGUGCAAAAGGGACACUGCACCCAGACCACUUCAAUUAACUGAAGUGGUCUGGGUGCCUACAGUGUCCCUUUAAUUGUAUAGCUCUGUGGAAUUUUGGCACAAAGUAUAGCAAGCUAAGUGCCUUACAAUCCUAUAAAAACUGUUAUUUAAAAUUAACUUCUUUUUUAGAAGCAUAUUGGCAACAAUAAGUAUAAUUGUUCUGGUUUGAUUUCUAGUUGAGAACAUCUUAACUAGGUUUUCUUUAUAUAUAUAUAUAUUUUUUUCCCUUUUAAAUAAUACAAGUAUUUCCCUGUAUUAGUGGCACAAUAAGUUAAAGGGACACUAUAGUCACCAGAACCACUACAGCUUAACAGCAUUUUAAAGUGUUUACAUUGCUGGCUAGUUACACCUCUAGUGACAGCUGCUUCCUAUCUCAAUACUGCACAGUGUGCAACACCGACGUUCAGCGCCUUCAUGCUCUGCAUAGAGAUGCUGAACCCUCCCCAUAGAGAUUCAUUGAUUCAAUGCAUCACUAUAAAGAAGUGUUGAUUGGUGCAGUGUGGUAUUUUGCUGUGCAUGUGCAAUAGCCACCCAAUGCUAGUAAUUCUCAUAGUAGAAAUGUGGAAUGUUGCUUCUGUUUUUUCCACCUUUUGUACUUUGCCAACAAAUAUCUUUACUAUGGAAUUGUUACUGGGUCACAUUUUGUUCAUACUUGGGGGAGAAAUAGCAAAGUCUUGUGGUAAUAAAAUAUAUCAGACUUGUGAUAUUAAAAGUGUAGUGUGUAGUGUUGUGAUCAAAAAGUUAUGCCACAUUGUGAGACAUUCACUCUGUUCAGAAAAGAGCAAUUUAUGCACACGUCACAAUUUACCAAUUGUGUCUUUCAUAGUUUAAAUAUAUCUUUAUCUACCGAGUUGCAUACUUAUAGUUUUUGAUUAUAGGAUUAGUCACCGCUUUGUAAACAUGUGUAAUGGUUUUAUAGUGGGAAAUGGCAUGCCAGGCACUGGAAAACAGGAUAUUGAAUGGGCUGUGUGUGUGACUCUGUGCUUAAUCAUUCUUCACAUCAGAUCCAGUAUCUUUGUGUCAUGAUUUUCUUUAAUCCGUUUUUGUCGAAAGUAGAAAAUGUCACUAAGAAGCUUUGCUUUAUACAACUUUGACAUUUCAGAUUAUCUACUUUUUCUACCAUUAAACUAUUUACCCUUUAUAUGUAUAAUGCCAACCAUAAUUUCAAAUAACCAAUCGUAUUUGAUGUGCUUGGUUUUUUUUUUUUUUGUUGGUUUUUUUUAAUUGCUUAACUUUUACCUAAAAUAUUUUUAUAUUUUUUUUGGCUUCCAAAUAAAUGCUGGAAUUCUGUUUUCAGCACUUUCAGCCAAUCGGACUACUGCUGAAUAAAUGUUUGUGUGGUCAGUCACUAGAGAGAUUAGAGCUGGAAUUUUGUUUAGCUUUGGUAUCUUCUUCCAAAAAUAGUACGUUUAAAAUAUGUGACUUGGCAUUUUGUAGUUCAUAUCUUUACAGUCCAUUUGUUAUAUAUUUCAGGGAACAGAGUGGUCUGUUUUUAAUGCCAUCAUUUGAAAACUUGUAACUAUUGUAUUGUUUGGAUCGGAAAAAUUGCCAAUUCUCAGAAUUUAUCCAUGAGUUAUCUUGAGGAUCAAUAAUUUUGUUAUUUAGCAGAACAUGUUAAACACUACUCUGUGCCUCACACUCUCCAGCUGAUCUUAUCUGAGGGAUUAGUGGAUAUGGGUGCAUACAUCUUUUCCUGGUAUCAGAUUCUAUGUUUAAAGGAACGCUGUAUCGCUAGAAAUACAAACUUGUAUUCCUCACGCAAUGGUGUUCUCCCACAAUUGUAAGUGUCUUCUCCCCCCAAGUUAGUUUUACUUGUAUUACAUCUGGAGAGUGUUAGUCUCUGUAUGGGUACUCCACCUUUCCUGGCUAAGACUCGAUGAGAGUCCGUAUAGCUCAGUUAAAGCUGCAGAAGCAGCUCUAGUAGCGAUCUUUGUAAAAUCCAUUGGAGGCAUGUUAUGCAUAUUAUGUAAACAUUGCAUUUCCUGCAAAAUAUAGUUGCAGGGUUAAACAGACCAGGACAUGGGACCCACGCUGCCUAAUUGAGAUGAAGUGAAGUUCACUUUUUCUAGUGAUGAUAUAUAGACAUGAUAACAGAUUGGAAAAAAUGUAGCAAGAAUUAUUUCUUCUUUUUUUUACGAACAAACCUAUGAAGGCAGGUAAAGGCAAAACUUUGUAAUCUUUGUUUAUGGACUUCAAGCAAACUAAGCAUUUUAUAUAAGGGGUGCUGAUUUGAACAAUUGAUCACCUUGUUUGAAAGUGAGCAAUGUUGAAAUUGAACAGUACUCUUUGGCUGCAGUUGCAAACCUCCUGACUAAGGAAAGUUGCACAUCAUGGGUAGGCUUUUUAUGUAGACAUCAAUGUUAUCAAUUAAUCCCAAAUCAGAAAAUCCAUGCGCGCCAAUCGUCAACUGUUGCCAAGUUAUGUUUGCUGUUCACACAAUUCCUUUCAGAGAAGGGAUUUACUUUCUCUAUACACUUAAACUGUUUAUGUAAGGGACUUUACCUUUCAUGCCAAAUAAUAAUUCAGCAAGUGACAGAGAAGCAGCUCCAUCUAGUACCCUACUGACUGAUGUCUCUAGCCAUUCACAAAAUAUUUGGCAAAGGCUAAACACUGUAGAUUUAAUUUGCUAUAGCUCGAUGCGAGAAAUGGGAGGUUUUAGACUGUGAAGUGGAAACUGGGAGAAGAUGUUUCCUUCUAGAUAAUGCAUUAAAGAUACAGAAAAAUACUGGGAUUUAAAAUUUGUGUCUUAGUCUAUGUAAUAGAUUAGAACAGGGUGCUCCCUAUUAAAGAGUCCUGCAGGCAGUUAAAAAAAUUAUUUUCCUCUUAUUUCCACUUCAUGUUUCAAAAGAACAUUGCUCCAUAUUAAGUACUUGUGUUUAAAAAGGCUAAAUGCAGUUAAGGUCUACUAGCCAUUGACAUAUGACAAGCCCUGACCGAUAGAAAUGCACUGUAAGACUGCCAUAGACACUCCAAAGUGUUCUGGGUUUCUUGAUUAAUUGUUUAGGGCUGCAGCAGCUUUUUUACCAACUGCUGCUUUGCAAGCCAAUCUGAACUACAUAGUUUCUGUACCCUAAAUUUACUAUUAUCCAGCAACUCGGUUGUGCCUCUCAGUGCACACUGCCCUGGCAAACAUGUGCUGGACUGUCCCUGUAGAGCACAGUAGAUCCUGUGUUUUUGCACAGUCUGCACAUUGGAUCCUGUCUCGUGUUUUAGACCCCUGCUUCUAUUGAUCUGAUGGGGCAGGGGAUGGGGGGAAAUCUAUAUAGUAAAUCAGGAGCCCAUACUCUAGAUCUAGAUUGUAAGCUCGUUUGAGCAAUGUCAUCAUCAACCUGUAAAAUUUUGUAAUUGUCUUGUUAAAUUUCCCUCUUUAUAAUAGUGUAAAGCGCUGCGUAAUACGUUGGCGCUAUGUAAGGAACAGUAAUAAUAAUAGUCUGGAUACCUGUUGCUAAAUGCCCGGCCACAAAUUUAGGUAGAUUGGAAAGCACUCACUGGACUGCAGAAAGUUAUAGCUGUUUUUAUUAUAGUUUUUUUUUUUUUUUUUUUUUUUAAACCUAUAAAUCUAAGCAAAAUUUCUGGUUUAGUUACAGUAUAUGCUCAUACAUUGCAUAAGCCUGCCACAAUGCCAAUAUACCCCAAACUUUGCAAGUUCUAUCCUAGCAACCCAAUGCCUGCUUUUAUUAGAUCGACUUGCUUUGGAAAUACCUACCCCUGGAACUCUUUGCAGUUCAAGGUUAAAUAGGGCCCUGGAAUGAGGCACAUGUGGCAAGGUGUGCAAAAUUAGAGCUAUAUAUGAGUGUGUGUGUAUAGUGAAUGAACUGUAAAUAAAAAUGAAAUAAACACAACAAACAAAAAUAAAGGAAAAAUAAAAAAAAUAUUAGAUGUGGCCAUCACACCCAAAUAGCAAUGUGAUGUAGCACUAGCAAUUGAAGCAAUUUGUCACAGAGGGUCAAGUUGCAAGUAAAUACAUGAUAUGCUGCACUGAGAAAUGGCUUUAGAAUCUGGGAUCUUCAAAGUGCUGGCAUCUCAAAAUAUUACUGAGAUGGCUACUAAAACCUAAACUGUAUGUCAUAAAACGCUACACUGUCUGCUGUUACGGGGGGGGGAGGGGGGGGAAGCAUGUUGGUAGUCAACCACUGGAUUAAAAACUAGCCAAAAAAACCCAAAAACUUUUGUAUAGUUUGACAAUCAAAGUUACAAAGUUGUGGAUAAGCAGGAGACUACUGUGCUGCAUAUUCUGUGUUGAUUUUCAGAUAUUGGUGAGCUAUAGUUGUGUAAUGAUUUGCUCUUACCAUGUGAUUUCCCCCUCCCAACCCACUAACACAGAGAGACUUACCUCGGUGAUGUCUCGCUUCCUGUUACCGACAUAUGUUCUCAACUGGCACCUGAGGGUUUCAGCACAGGAAACAUACUGUCUUCUGAACUUUUGAGCUUUCUUGAGCAGCAUCAAGUGUUCUAGGAAAAAAAAGAAAGUAAAAUUGCCAAGCAUUACAACCUUUUCAAAUGCGCAGUUGGCUCUCCCUCCUCCCUUCUUGUCAAAUGAAUAUGAGAAGGACUGCCUGCUAUGACCUCAACAUAUGUAACUGUCAAACUUUACUUUAUCAGAUUACAUAGCAUGCCUUUCAUCCAUUGCUGGCAAGCUAUUUGCAUAGACUGCUUCAAAUAAUACCUUGUUAAAGCCCUGUCUUUGAAUCUGUAUUUAUUUCAUGGUUACACACUGUGUACCUGGUUAUCCAAACACUACCCAGUGUUCCUCUGACUGUUGGAUGAUUGCUCUCAACUGGAACCCAGGCAAUCGGAGUAUGACAAUGAUAGGCGUUCAUUCACUUUGUUCUGGAUGGCUGUAUGGAUUUAACCCCUUAAGGACACCACUUCUGGAAUAAAAGGGAAUCAUGACGGAAUAUUUAAGGGGUUAAGUACACCCUGUUAGAACACCUAUUUUCCUUUGAAAAGAUGGACCUUCUGAUACGCGCAAGAGACAGUUAUCGCUUCAAGUGUGGUGUUUUUUUUUUUGUUUUUUUGUUUUUUUGUUUUUUUUUUUUAUACAAAUUGCUUGGCCAUUCAGAAUGCAGAGCAGAAUUGCUGAUUUGUACUACCAGUACAGCUAUUCAUCUUCACAUUGACCUCCAUAUUCUCAUGGCCUCCAUAUUCUCAUGGCAUGACUUUGUGAUAAUCAGUCGUUUUUGGAAUUUGCUGGAGCUGUAUAAAUAAUAGUAAUCUUAAGCUUCAGCCAAUCUUGAGCUGAGAUAGCAUGAUCAUUUUUUUUCCCUUUUAACCUCUUUUCAUAUAAUGCAAAUAGCAUUUCUUGACACAUCUUGUAAUUUCUUGCAUAAGCUUUGGUUAGCAGUUUUAGAGCUUUGAUUCGGUCAUUGAUGAGACUCAAUGAAAUAACUAUUAUUACACAUGAAAGUGUAAGCUUCCCUAGCCUCAGCUACACACCAUUUCUUUUAAAGGUCAGACCUGAAGGUUACAUUUGUGCAGUCAUUCCUAUAAAAAGCAAGCUGUUCAGUGCCAAAGAGUCUGAGAAUCCUUAUAGGGUUGAAUAUUUUGUUGACACCAGACAUGUUAAGAGGGUUUGAUUUGUUAUAAAAUAGUUAAAGGCAAUGUCUGCUUUUCCUCUGCACGUCAUACUGUCGUACUGUUAAUACACACAAUACCUCUGGAUGUGAAAGCAGCCUUAAAGCGACACUGUCAUGCUGAACUUACAUUUCUUUAAUUCAUUUCUCUUCUCUCCCUCUGUUAGGAUCUAGUUUAAUUUCUUCCUAUCUGCUCUAGUUUUCUUUAAAACUUAAGACAAGGUAGGGACUACUUUGUCUUAUGGAGGUUUCCUAUGCUUGACCAGCGGAGGUACAAAGUGGGCUCCGUUUCCUGUGGUUAAAGCUAUUUUCUUACCUUUCCUCCGUGAUCUUGCGAUGCUUCCGGUCAGUAUUACCGAACAUCCUGUCACUUAGACAAAACGCCUGCAAAACUACCGAAUUUCGUCCUAACCGAAUGAGAACACUUGGUUCAUUCAUGUUAGGACGCAAUUCGGGACUUUUGUUCUGAUCGGAAUUUUAUUCAAAAGAAGGAAAUUCCGAUCCGAUUCGUGCCGCAGCUGCAUCUUGCUGCCGCUUAGUAGAUAUUCCCAGGGUAUCAGGGAGCUAUCUACCAAAAGUAGAUAGUAAAUCUACAAAAAAAUUACUUAUAACUAGUACAUUCUGCCCCUACUCGCUGUAUCGCGAAUAGGGGCAUGUCUAGUAAACAGUGGCUGCUCACUGUUUUGAAAAAACAAACAAACACACACAUAGUAUCCCCCCACCUGUGCCGUGCGAGUGGGGGCUCUUAAACUGAACGGGGGACCUAUUGCCACCCCUACCCCCACCCCUGAGCAGCAGGUGGGGGCCCUAGAUGAAAAUGGGGGGAUGACCUAUUGUCGCCCCCACCCAGGAGCGGCGGGUGGGGGCCUUAAAUUACACUAAAGGCAUGACUAGUGUCCUCCCCACGGCUCCCCACCCCUGAGUGGUGGGAGAGGGCCUUAGAUAAAAAUGCCGGGGGGGUGGGGGGGCGACCUAUUGACCUCCCAUCCUCUCCCCUCCCCCAUCAAGUGUAAAUAUUCCCCCCCCUCCCCCGGUGACUAGUAGUCCCCAAGCCCAUAGUCACCCCCCACCCAAAAUAAAAUUAAUAAACCCCUACACCUACCCCCUCACCCUAAAAAUAGUGAGGGGGGGAACAAUAAGACUAAAUCCCUAUAAAUCAGAAAUCACUUACCAUUUGAUGGCUUGUUUUAUCUAAAAUCUUAUUUUUUCGGCCCCAAAAAAGCCAAAUAAAAAUCCAUAAUACCCGUCGAACUUUGAAAAGAAAAGAAAAAAACCAGCGCAAAAAAAUUUCAAAGAACUUUCCCACGCUGUGUAAAAUGACACAGAGCACUCUGAUUUAGUUGGUGCUUCCUGGGGCGGUGCAGCACUGCCAUUAAGUGUGUCCACCCCUGCAUGAUUCUAUGAGGAGAUGCUGGUCGGCCAGUGUGGGGUUUGGCUCCACCCCUGGACUGCCUCCUUUGCUGAGGUCAUCAGAAUUGACAAUCUCAGCCAAUCCAAUGCUUUCCUAUGGGAAAUCAUUGUGAUUGGUUGAGGUCAACAUUACUGAUGUCAGCCAAUGUGGCAAAUUAGGGGCAGAGCUAGAACCAGCAGACUGGAAUAAAGGUAAGAUUUUACUAUAUUAAGGAUGGCAAGGUAGUGUUGUAACACUAUACAGUCAGGAAUACAUAUUAGGGUUCCUGACCCUAUAGUGUCUCUUUACGUGGAUCUAAACUCAAAAGGCAACAAUUGCUCAUUUAUUUAUUUAUUUAUUAAAUAUUUUACCAGGAAAGAUACAUUGAGAUUUCUCUCGUUUUCAAUUAUGUCCUGCACAUGUCAAGCUCAUGAACACCUGGAUUGCAAAGACUUCUUAUAGAGUUGCUUUGGGAAAUCUGUAAUUGGGCAAUGAAGUAUCCUUUUUAAGAUGUUUCUGGAGAUGAUUUACUAUUCUCAAAUACACUAUAUGGAAAAAAGCAUUGAUACACCUGACCGUUACACCAACAGGGAGUUUUAAGACUUUUAAUCCUAAAUACAUAGACAUAAAUAUGUAGCUGGUCCUCCCUUUGCAGCUAUAGCCACUUCCACUCUUUUGGGAAAGACUUUCCACAAGAUUUUGGAGUAGCCCAUUCAUCCAGUAAAACAUCUGUGAGGUCAGGCACUGGUGUCGGACAAUUAGCCCAAUCUUGCCAUUUCCGUUCCAGUUCAUCCCAAAAGUGUCUGGGGAUGAGAUCAGUUCUCUUUAUAGGUCAGUCAAGUUCUUCCACACCAAACACAUCCAACCAUAUCCUUACGGACCUUGCUUUGUGCAGUUUCGAACAGUCAUGCUGGAAUAGAAAAGGGCCUUCCCCAAACUGUUCCGACAAUGAUGGAAGCAUAGAAUUGUCUAAAAUGUCUUGGUAUGCUGACACAUUAAGAUUUCCCAUCAUUGGAAGUAAGGGGCCUAGUCCAGCCCCUUACCAUGAUCCCUCCUCCAUUAAACUUUACAGUUGGCACAAUGCAGCUAGGCAGGUAACGUUCUCAUUGCAUCUUUAUGCCACUGGAUCAGACAUUGGCAUUGUAUGUGGUGAUGUGAGGCCAUGCAUGCAACUGUUCAGCCGUGGAAACCCAUUCCAUGAAGCUCCCGACACUGAUUUCUUUUGCUGGUAAUAAUGCCAGUAAAAGUUUGGAGCUCUUCAGCUAUGGAAUCAGCUGAGCGUAAGCGAUUUUUAUAAACUCUGUGACCACGAUCUGUGACUUUAUGUGGUCUUCUGCUUUGUAGUGAAGUUGCUGCUGUUCGUAAGCGCUUCCACUUAUCAAUAAUACCACUUGCAGUUGACCAUGGAAUACCUAGCAGGAGUUGAAUUUUAACAAAUGGACAUAUUGCAAAGCUUGGCACCGUAUCAAAGUACUAAGCUUGAAAUUACUCGGAUUUAUUUAUGAAUACACACUGCAUGGCUAGGUGCUUGAUUUUAUACACCUUUGGCAAUGGGUCUGAUUAAAACACCUGAAUUCACUAAGUAAAAGGUGUUUCUCCCCCCAAUACUUUUGUCCAUAUAGUGUAUGUCGUGUGCUGAAAGAGUUCACAUAUCUCUCAAACUAGAUGCAUGGAGGUACCGGUAAUUGACUGCUGUUUUCAUUUUGAUUCAAUAUAGUAUUUAGUUUUUUUUUUUAAAUGUUCCUGUUAUGUAACUUAGUGUAUAGUCAAAGGCAUUGUGCUUUCUGUAUAUAAUUAUGCACACAAAAAAUAAAAUCUAUUGUCAUUUUACCCCUGUGUUUUUAUUGUUUUGUUUUUUUUCAUUUUUUUAUUUUAAACAUUAAAAAUGACAUUAUUAGAAAGUUAAUAAUUAUAAAAUUAAACAAUAGAAUUUGGUGGUGAGAAAACAAUGUAAAUUAAAUGCCAUAUUUGUUCAUAUAGAUGCCUCGGCACUCUCGAGUGGAUAGGCAGCACUUUGAGCCCUAAAACUUGAAUUGUAAUUCGGAAGCACCUCCUUGGACUCUUCUAUUCUUGGUAUAAGAUCCAACACAACUCCUAUAGACUGUAAGCUUGUUUGAGCAGGGAAGGCACACAUGAGCUGUGUUGCAUUCCUCUGCGAUAGUAAUGUGCAUAAAUCAUGCACAAUACAGUCAUGUAGGCUUAGUGGCAAAAUUUAGUUUGAAAUUAUGCUGUAAAUGUAUUUACAGCACCCUGGUGCGGUCUAAACCUUCUUUUGAGUGCCAUUACUUUGGCCCUAUGCACUAAAUGUGGCAUGUGUGUGACUAUUUUCUUGAGUUACAUAAUAUUGAUUAAUUACAAAGGGAGCCUAUUGACUUGUUUCAUUAGUGCCAAAUAUGUAGUUCAAGAUAAGUACAUGAAAGUGAAAACCGUGUUAGUUGGAUGUUAUACCAUAGAACACUCAAUUUGUCCAGCUAAUCCCAAUGGGCAAUGAUUCUAUCCACAGAUUAUUUGGCAAAACAGAGCACUCUACUCUGGAAUAUGUGAGUGAAUUGAAUUCUUGUUUGUAACACAUAGUGCUGGGUUAUUGUUAAACUGCUGCUUGAUAAGGUAAAUGCAAAUGGAAAGAAAUGUAAAUAUAGUAUUUGUAGUUUCCACAUAGUAUAUAGGUUUGCACUUGUUCAUCUGGCAGCCAGUAGGCAGUAGGAAGAAAGCUUCCAGCAUUUGGAGCAUUGCAUUUGGAAUAUUGCAGAUCUUUGGUUUUCAAAAAUUAAUGUACACAGUUCUCAGUGUUUCCAUAGCCUGGCUGUUUGCACUUUUGAAUGUAAAUAAACCGGAAGAUUAGCUGUAUCAAUACCACCUGGAAAUUAAAACGCUAUAUGCCAGCCAUAUGUCAAUUCCAAAUUGUAACAAAACUUCAUAAACUUUAAUGAAAUAAACAAAUAAUAUUACAUCAUGGAAGAAAGAUUGUACAAUCUCAGUGCAAAUAUUCACUUCGGGGCACUGAUUUGAGGUCAAAAUUAUAUUGGUUGCUUCAGCAGGACAUAUAUUUUGUUUGUAUAAUUGCCCAACAACUUAUUAAAACUUGCAGACAUUCUUUUUAAAGGACCACACCACACUCCAAAAGCACUUAAGAGUUUGUGUGGUAAGGUAUGUAUAGAAAAAUAUAGGUAUAUGGAAUUGUCAUUUAAUUUUAAAAUAUAUAUAUUUUUUUUAAUUUUUAUUACUUAUUUAUUUAUUUUCCUAUAUAUUCCUUUUUUUUAACGUAAUUAUGUGUUUUUUUAUUUUUGGGGAGACCUACCUGACAACCCAAGCAGAAAGCACAGAUUUAUUUUGCAAGUCCUAUAUAUCAGUGCUCCUCAAGGCACACCUAACAGGAUUUAGGUAUUAUUCAGGUGUCUAUGGUAUUUAAAAAAAAUAAAAAAUACUUGAAGGUGUUUUUUAAAACACAUUAGACACACACACAGGUAAUCCCUAAAUCCUGGACUGUUAGGUGUGCAUUGAGGAGCACUGCUAUGUAUGAUCCUGUAACUUUCCAAAACCCCAUAAAACCUGUACAUGGGGAAGCGCGUUUUUGUAUUCGUGGGACAUCAUAGCUUUUACUGCAAAAAAAAGGUAUACGAACAGUUUUAUGACAUUCACAGUUAAUAUGCCAUGCAGAACUUGGGUGGGAGGGGGAGGGGGGGGAGCUAUUUCUCGUGAAAAAAAACAAACCGACAUAGCUCAAGUUGCCUCUGCCCUUAAGGGCUUAAAAAGCCUAAAAGAACAGUCAGUAGACACCAAAACCAUUGCAUUGAGCUGUAGUUGUUCCAUUGACUAUAGAGUCCCUUUUAGAACACAUACUCUAUCUCUCUCCUGAUUCCAUCGCUGCAUCCCUAAGCACUGGGUCGGCGUUCCACCCCCUCUGAUAUCACCUGACGUGGGGGUGCUAAUGCACAACAAGUGCAUUACUCCCUAACUAUUAGAAAGCAUUACGUUAGUGCUUUUCUAUGGGGAAUUGGCUGACACUGGAUGUCUUCCUGCAGAGCAUGAGGGGAAAAAGUCUCUCAAUCACCCAGAAGUGCCACUAGUGGCUGUCUCACAUCCACUAGAGGUAGUCUUAACCCUGCAAGGUAAUUAUUGCAGUUUCUCAGAAAUGUUCAUUACCAUUGCAGGGUUAAAGGACCACUAUAGUGCCAGGAAAACAUACUUGUUUUCCAGGCACUAGAGUGCGCUGAGGGUGCCCCCACCCUCAAGGUCCCCCUCCCGCCGGGCUGGAUGGAGAGGAAGGGGUUAAACUUACUUCUUUCUCCAGCGCAGGAGCCGCGCACGCAUUCAGCCAGUCCAUAGGAAAGCAUUCACAAUGCUUUCCUAUGGAUGCUGAUGCCUUCUCACUGUGAUUUUCACAGUGAGAAACGCUGAAGCCCUCUAGCGGCUGUCAAUGAGACAGCCACUAGAAGCUGGAUUAACCCUAACAUAAACAUAGCAGUUUCUCUGAAACUGCUAUGUUUAUAGAAAAAAGGGUUAACCCUAGAUGGAUCAGGCACCCAGACCACUUAAUUAAGCUGAAGUGGUCUGGGUGCCUAUAGUGGUCCUUUAAGAGGACAGGGAGAGUGCACUUAGGCCUCCUCAAUAAGCUGAAGUGGUCUGGGUGGCUAUUGUGCCCUUUUAAUAAUUAAAGAGGUAAAGUUAUGGUUGAACAAACAUGUAGCCCAAAUGCUAAGUUUUGUUUUGGUCAGAACUUGUAAUAGGAUUAAAAGUAUAUAUUUUGAAAACUUCAGGAGAAAUUUGCAAAUUUACUAUUGCAUCUCAUUGUGCAAAUACUAGUGAAGAAAACACGUAGUAAUAAAUAUUUUUGCACUUCUACAAAUUCCUUUAGGUAAUAUUAAAAUGAACACUCCAAACAUCUUAAAGGGACACUAUAGUCACCUGAACAACUUUAGCUUAAUGAAGCAGUUUUGGUGUAUAGAACAUGCCCCUGCAGCCUCACUGCUCAAUCCUCUGCCAUUUAGGAGUUAAAUCCCUUUGUUUAUGAACCCUAGUCACACCUCCCUGCAUGUGACUUGCACAGCCUUCCAUAAACACUUCCUGUAAAGAGAGCCCUAUUUAGGCUUUCUUUAUUGCAAGUUCUGUUUAAUUAAGAUUUUCUUAUCCCCCUGCUAUGUUAAUAGCUUGCUAGACCCUGCAAGAGCCUCCUGUAUGUGAUUAAAGUUCAAUUUAAAGAUUGAGAUACAAUUAUUUAAAGGACCACUAUAGUGCCAAGAAAACAUACUCGUUUUCCUGGCACUAUAGUGCCCUGAGGGUGUCCCCACCCUCAGGGUUCCCCUCCCGCCGGGCUGGAUGGCGAGGAAAGGGUUAAAACUUACCUUUAUUCCAGCGCCGGGCGGGGAGCUCUCCGCCUAUGAUCCUCCUCUUCGGCUGAAUGCGCAUGCGCGGCAGGAGCUGCGCGCGCAUUCAGCCGGUCUCAUAGGAAAACAUUUACAAUGCUUUCCUAUGGACACUUGCGUUCUUCUCACUGUGAUUUUCACAGUGAGAAGCACGCAAACGCCUCUAGCGGCGGUCAAUGAGACAGCCACUAGAGGUUUUAGAGGCUGGAUUAACCCAUUUAUAAACAUAGCAGUUUCUCUGAAACUGCUAUGUUUAUAUAAAAAAAAAAAGGGGGGUUAAUCCUACAGGGACCUGGCACCCAGACCACUUCAUUAAGCUGAAGUGGUCUGGGUGCCUAGAGUGGUCGUUUAAGGUAAAUUACAUCUGUUUGAAAGUGAAACCAGUUUUUUUUUUUUUUUCAUGCAGGCUCUGUCAAUCAUAGCCAGGGGAGGUGUGGCUAGGGCUGCAUAAACAGAAACAAAGUGAUUUAACUUCUAAAUGACAGUGAAUUGAGCAGUGGAAUUGCAGGGGAAUGAUCUAUACACUAAAACUGCUUUAUUUAGCUAAAGUAAUUUAGGUGACUAUAGUGUUCCUUUAACCACUACAACCUGCUGUAGUAUUUAUUUCUACUAAGUGCCCUUGCACUAUGCCCUGAGUUCGAUCUUAGUGAGCUGAAAAGUAGAAAAAAGGGAGGGUCGCUACUGAGCAUGGGUCAGCAAACCUCAAGGAAUCCAUGUUAAUGAAGAAAUCUCAGGUUAUUGUCAAACCAUGCUAAAAUGGUUUGAAAGAUUACGUUGUGACAGCACUAAGGCACUCCUGGUACCAUAAUCACUACAGCAGCCUUUAUUAUUUUAUAAUUAUUGAUAUAGCGCCAACGUAUCCCUCAUCAAAAUUAGGUGAAGCUAGCCCGGCACAAACAAGCCUAAAAUCUAGUGUAUUUUUAAAUAGAAAAUAUUACUUUUGUGUUUUGUUUCUGUUUUUCUUUCCUUUUUUGUUUCUGUAGAUAUGUUUUACAAUUUAUUUAAUUACCGGCCAGUGAAUAUUUGAUCUAGUGCCAGACGUUCUUAUCAAAGCCUAGGGAAUGGCUAAAGCAUCCAACACAGCAGCAAUGAAUAUUACUUGUUUAAAAAAAAUCCAUAUAUGGUUUGUACAUACAAGGAGAGACUCGUGGUUACUAAUGCGUUGUAAAACAUAAUAGAAUGCUUUGAAUCAAACUCGAUUGCUGUGUUGUAAUUUCACUUACUCAAAAUUAUGCUAGCGUUUGCAUAUAUAAGUACAGGCUACACCUAUUUUUUUCCCCCUGAAUAUGGUCAUUAAUUGCCAACAACAGAGGGGGGAAGAAUAGAAAACAUCAAGAACUUAAUUCCCCACAGACCAGCCUAAUUACUGCAACUGCUGAGCAGUAAGCAACUCUGGGCCAAAUUUUACAGUGCAGUUUCCACUCUGGAUGGAAUGGAAUUCUUAACAUCAACAGCUACGAGCAGCUGAGUCCCACCUAUCCUAAGUGACGUUUUAUCCUCCAUAGCCUUAGUUGGAAUAUGUGCUGUGGAAUGUGGGCAGCACUGAAGUGAAUCCCAGUAUGAGUCAGUCGAAAUCCGCUCCAGUCCUGGGUGUAGUUUGGAACACUGAUUUCAUCUUUCAUGCAGCCUGGCAGAACCCUGCUACACCUUGCUGGAGACCUUAAAAUCUUUGUCUAUUAAGAAGGAUCUAAAGGGGCAACAAGAAUGGAAUUUCAAACCAGGAUCCAUCCAGAUAUUCCAGAAAAUGGGGAAAUACCUGUUAUGGAAGUUACCAACAAUUGUGUUCCCCGGGAAAGUGGGGCAGAAGAUGAAAAGCCUGUAUCAAAUUUGCAACGGAGACGCAGUGAUGUGAAGGUGUACAAGGAAAUCUGCGAUUUCUAUGCUAGAUUGUAAGUGGAUAUAGGUAUAUAGUUUAAUGUUGGAGCAGGGUUCUGGGACUUAAAUUGGAUACAAUUUGUGAAACUGUUACAAUUGAAUUAUUACAUCAAAUACUUUUAUCUCUUUAAUUUUCAGGGGAUUAUAUUUCUUACCAUUACAUCUUUUUAAUGUGUACUUUGUUUUAUGCUGACUAUUCCACACAUUUACAUUUAUAAACACCAUUUUUGUAUACGGUCAGUUGAUAUAGGGACAUGUUUUGUCUGUCACCCCCACCCUUGUGUGUGGUUAAAUUAUUAAUUGCUCAUCUCCCCAGUCUUCACAAUUGAGAUUCACUUUUCCAUAGACUUUAUUUACUGGGCAAAUGAUAAAAUACAAAAUGGAUGCUAUUUUUAGAAUAACUAUUUAGCGUUCACAUUCACAAGCAAUAUUCUAAAUGUGAGAAACUGGUAGGAUCCUUACUAUUGUUUGCCUAUUGAUCGUUUUGGCAACAUAACUUUGUCCUGAGUUGCCCUUUUAAGAUAACCCCAGUUCAUCUGUGUGCUUGAACUUUUCUGUAUCGAAUUAUAUAUAUAUUUUUCAGUUGGUGCAUUCUUUUCUGUUUGAAGGAACAUGAUAGCCAUUCUGGGAACCAGAUAAAUUCAUGUUUGUCACUGGCCAACAGGUGUUCAAGAAUAUUUGCAAAUGACUGUAGUUUAUGGGCAGUACAACAUGGUCAGCAUAGAAAUCUGAAGGGAAGAAAUGUCUGCCGCUAGAGCUUACAAUCAAAAUAAUACAAGAAUUCUUUGCAUUCUUUUUACAUGUAUAUAAUUACAUACAUGAUCUGCUUGUAUUUUCUCAAAUGUUAGUGCAUUUACAGGUCACCAGUGUACUGAUCUGAAACACCAUUUCUUGAUGUGAAAAAUUAACUGAUUCCACACUAAAUUGAGACACUUUGUAUAUGUGAGGAAAUGCAUAGAAUAUGUUUAAGUCUUCUUUGUAUCACUGUGAGAAUUUGUAUACAUGUGGUGAUGUGCGUAGACUGGUACAGAGAUAAGACAGCCUAGAAGAAAAGAAAAUAUCUCCAUUUACUAUACUUAGGCAAAACAUAUAUUGCUGUUCUGGUGCCAUAUUAGAUAGAAUAGUUGUAGAACUGGUAAGUCCUUCUCGUAAUAGAGGAAAAUAUGGUGCCUGCAGACAUCAUACAUUAAUAUGUGUUCGGAACACAUUUCAGUUGCCCCAAUAGAUGUUUGAUCUCUAAAGGGGUGUGUGUGCGUGUGUCUGUCUUCCGCCCAGAUCAAGCGCAUACUUCUGAAACCUGGCAAGAUCGCAUAUCAUCUUCAUCCCGUAUGAUGACUUAAUUCAACCUUUUGUAUUCCUUACAUAUAUGUGCAAAUAUUUAAGUUGACACAUAUUUUCAUAAUGGACUUUUUAUUUAAAGUGGCACUCAAAGCUACACAAUCACUACAGCUCAAUGUUGCUUGGUGUCCUGGCACGGUCCACAGUUUAAUGACAAAUAGUUUUAGGAAUGGUUUGACAGUGGGCUCAGGGUGCAAUCUCCAAAAUUUAACUGGAAACUGUCCAGUUCUACCUGACUGUCUUGAGAAUUUGGAAUUAACACUUCUUAUCGAAGUGUCAGUUUAAUCUCACCUGGAUGGAGGGAUUAAACUGCUUGUCUCACAGCACUCUAAACCAAUCACCACCAUGAUUGCAAAAAUUGAUAAUGCUAAGGUAUUAAUUCCUCACUACCAAGGCAACCAAGGAGAGAGCGGUCUCCAUCCAGAUCUCAGGAAUGUACCCAUUACUUCUCACACUAUAGGCAAAUGUCUGUCUGUCCUCACAAUUGAAACAUUUGGAUCAUGCUGGCCACUCACAUUAUGUAAAUGCUAAGAAAUUUGCACUUAGAGGAAGUUCUACAAUUGCAACACCUGCUAAUUCACUCAGUGAAUAUGUACUUGUCUCACGAGUGUGUGUGUGUGUUGACAUGUCAUAUCUUAUCUGCAAGUAUGGUGGCAAAAAGUUUGUAACCUGUGAGACAGUCCGCAUUAUAAAGCUGAAAUCAUAAUAUAAAUCCAUGAUUCAAUUAUUGCUAGCUUUUGAACUCCAAAAGUUUUAAGAAGUUAAAUGACCAUGCUUCUACUGCAAUGAUUGUAUUCACACCAGGUUAAGCAAGACUGUCCAAAUGCUUUGAAAGGUUAGGUCUAAUGGAUUGGUAAAAAAGAGUAGCUUUGGCAGAUCUUUGUUGUAGAGUCAAAUUAAGUCUGUAUAAUAAUUUGUAAUCUUACAUUGGAUUAUAUUGGCAUUCAGUGCAGAUUACCUUUGCCUCUGUUGUCAUAUUCACAGGUGUUCUAAGGGCUCUUACCAUGCAAGUUACUAUGUCAGGAAUGGCCAAGUGUGCAAAAGUUAGUGUUAUAAGCAGAUGUAAGUGUAUGAAUAGCACAGGAAGAAAAUUUUUUUGUAGAGUUUAAAAGUAUGGGGUGAAGAGAAUUGUCAAUAUAAGAAACUGACAAUUUAUAAUAUUUUUACAGAAUAAUCAUGUUUCUCAAUAGUAUUAAUAUAUUGAACUGCGUUUUCAACCAUUAAAGUUACACCAUAAUUUCUGGAAAAGGACUGUUAAUAAUUUUUAGUGACCAAUCUUAUUCGGUGUUCAUUCACCUAAUAUUUUUUUUUUGUCUGUAAUAAUCAAGAAAUAAUUGACAAAUUUAUGUCCUGGCCAUACAAUAACCGUCGUUCUUCCAGAGAACAUGGUAGAUUGGCAUAGUGUAAUAAAAGAGAAUGUCAUAUCUAGUGAAGAUGGCCUUGGCUACCCUGAUGCUGGUUUAUAGGCUAAAGAUUUUGUUUAUGAACCUAAACCGGGAACUUGCAAGAAACAUGUUGAAGGCCAGAUAGAAAUGCUUUCAUUAAUCAAUGUAGUAUAUUUUCAUUGUGUAUAUAUAAAACUUUAUUUCUGUAGAACAGUAAAAGAAAUCUAGUGACACGAUUUAGUCUGUCUCUGUAGUCCAGUUCAUGGGAUUUAAAACUGUUAUUUAACGGGUUAUGUGGUGAUUCACAGCUUUCAUUUAAUAUCUGUAACAUUAUAUUGGUGGAUACUCUUUAGACGUCAUCCCCUGAGUUUAGGUAACAAAAUAUGAUUAGACAAAUUAACAGACUGUUCUCCUCAGUAGUGAUAUUUAGUUAUUUGUCAAAGAUUGUUUGAUAACUGCCUGAAGUUUGUAACUCCUAGACCAAGGAAUUGUAAGCAUGAACACUUUAACAUCAGGGCUGUGAUAGGUUGGAUGCAGUGCUUAAUUUACUGUAUGUGUACAUUAUAUGUAUGUAUGUAUGGUUUUUUUUUAAAAAAUUUAACUUUAACUUAAUUUUUUAAUUUAACAAAAUGCAACCAAAUUGGGAAUUCUGUCUGAUAAUCAAAAAAGUAAAUUUGGCUACAAAUAUGCGCUCUAAUAAGGCUUCUGGUAAAUAUGACAUUUAUAAGCUGCCGAUGAAGGAAAAUCGUAGAUGGCCUUGGGAAAUGGUCUCUUAAUUUUUUUUGUUUUUAACAUUUACAUCUUGUUGUAAGAAUUUAAAUGUGUGAGUGGUGGAGGAUUAACUCAAGCUUGACAAAGAUCUCUCUCAUGUGAGGUCGAAAGUGUUCCACAUGUUUUUCCAACACUUACCAACAUAUGGUGACCGAGCCCCUUCAAUAUACUCAGUUGCAUUAAAGGCAGAAAAGUCUCUAAAUAUGGGAUUCAUUAUGAAAAUUUUCAAAGUGUAAAAUUGGUGAUAGUCAUAGUAGUUAACUCUCCAACCAUUUCCAUUUUUUAUGGAACUCUUUGGCCAGAAUGGAAUGUUUAUUACCUACUGCAAUCCAUCCUGUCUUCUCAGAACGUGAUAAAAUUGUGGCUUUGCAUAAGAGAAUUUCUUUUUGAGCUAAAGGAGUGCUUGACUCCAUAUGUUUACUUUACUUAUCUUUUGUAUAUAUUUUUUUAAAGUUUACAACUCUUACAGUUACAGAAGAUCCCUCAAGUUGAACCACUAGUUAAUUUAUGCUCUAAUCUUUGUAAUUAUGUAACAACCACAUAAAAACUGUUUGUUUCAUUUAUUAAAUCACAAACCAAGCUGUAAUUUGAAUUAAUGUUCAUUCUUUCCAGGGUACCCCAGUGUUUUAGACAGAAAUACCAUAUCAUUUCUGCAUUUAUCCCUUAAAUUGAAGGUGGCAUCGAAGUCGAAUUGGCUUCCAUGCUGUAAAAUGUUGCAUAUGUACACGUAUACCAGUUCAACAGUGGUUUUAUAUUAUUGUUGCUUGAACACACGUUGGGCUUUAGUGUUUUCCACCAAGCCUGCUAUAUUGCAGACAGAUUUGGUUUUGAUCAGUUCUUUCAUUGAUGGAAUUUCAUGUAACCAUCUUGUUCUGUUUUUGCAGCAACAUGGCGAAUGCUCUUGCAAAUGCGAUGUGUGAACGCUGCCAUGCCGGCUUUGCCCCUGCAGAGAAGAUUGUGAACAGCAAUGGAGAGCUGUACCAUGAGCAAUGCUUUGUGUGUGCUCAGUGCUUUCAGCAAUUCCCAGAGGGACUCUUUUAUGAGGUAACAAUGCUUUUUCAUUCUCACCCCCUCCUGACUAGAGUUACAUGUGUUUAGUUUCACAUGUUUUAAAUGAGCAAAUGUAAAUUUUGCUUAUUGGCUUUUCUUUCAAGACUAAAAUCAAUAUAUAUCAUGGCCUAGGGUGUUUGCAGCAGAGCUGGAUCUUUCAAUAAUGUUUAACUACCAUUUUUUUAAAACCACUUUACUCCCAGAGUCAAGUAUAAACUUUUUAACUUUCAUAUAUUUUGCAAAAAGAAAUUCAUUCCUAAAACUUCACUUACAAUUUUGCUCUUCGAAUAAUAAACCGCCUGUAAAGGAACAUAUUUCUCUACUAGAAGCCACCAUUCACUUAUUGAAUGCCUGCAAGUGUACAAAAAGGUGCAGCUCAUCGCCAUUUACUAACAGAAAAAUGGUGGAGUUAAUUUGCUACUUCCCCCUCCCUCAUUGUAGGAUUGAUACAACCCAUUGAAACUCCCUUUGCUGUUUUGAAAAGAGAAGAUGAGCGGACAUUUAAUGCACACUUACAGGCAUUCAAUGAGCGUGAUAGAGAAUUCCAUAGAGUAGUAGAGAAGAUUGAUAUAUGCGUUUUAAAUUCCUUUUUAUUUUAGAACUGUAAUAUAACUGUAUUUACCUUGUCUGCUCUCUGAUCAAAUGCAGACGUUCUUUACUUAUUCUGUUGACGUUUUUUCAUACACUGUACUGCUUCUCUAUUUGUAUUAUACCUAUUGUAUGUGAGAAAAAAAUUAUAUAUUGUUGUUUUUAUACUAACGUUUUAAAAAUGUGUGAAAUAUAGCAAGAUAAAGGACUCCGUAUACUGAAGCUUUUAAUUUCACAAUUGCUGUUUUUCAUAUGUUUACAUAUCCACCGGCAUCCUUUGCUUCAAAUAAAUGUUAUGCUAUUAUUUCUUUUUUCAUCAAAAAGAAGUAAAGGGGUUAUUACCAGUAACAAAAUAUGAAAGCUAAAUACAUCCAUCAUGGUGUGUCCUGUAAUAUUCAGAUAACCUUGCUAAAGUGCUUUAGGGGCUAACAAAGUGUCCUCCUUUUGUUGGCGACUCUGUGAAACAAAGUAAAAAAAAAAGAAAAAAAAUACACUUCCCAAAACCGCAUUAGACUCUUCACAGGAUCAAAACGUGCCUCAGGGCAUUGGAUAAAAUACCCUCCUUUUUUAUUUUAGUCCUUUGCAGGGUCUCAGCUCAUAUAUGAUCACAGGACGUUUUACGCAGUGGUGGAGCUAAUGUAGUGUGGGCCGUGGUGCAAGAAAUUUUUUUUGGACCCCUAAACUGCCAAAAGGUAGAUCCCCAUUUGUCAUAGAACUCCUACAAUGCUAUGCCAUCUGGGGAUCUACUAUUUGCCGAUAGUUGCCUGUGCAACUAUGUUUGUGCAGUGUUGGUGUUUUGAAUGAAGGGUGUUUGUAUACAAUUUUGGCAUUUUGUGUGUUUGUAAUGUUUGUGUUUACUGGGAUACAUGCAUAGACAAAUACACUCACACACAGAUGUACACCCUGAGACAUUGGCACAUACACUGACGUGCACACACGCUGACACAGGCACAGAUGCACACACUGACAGAUACUCACACACCAAUACAUACACACACACAUACCGACAUAUAGAGACACACACACACACACACUGAUACACACAUACAUGUAGUCCUGUUUAUGUAUUUUUAGCCACCCCUUUUUAAACAUACCUUUUAUGUGCAAGACGGUGGCUUCCUUGGGGUCCUGGUGCUGAGUCUGAUAGGACUGUCUUGGCUUCUUCACCUUCUGCCUCCUUUCUGCCGCUUGUGCGGCUCUCUUUCUGUAUCUGUAAAGAAGUGACAGGCACGCACUUCCUCCCAUCGUUGGCGAUAGUACAGGUUGCACUGCUAAAGGACCACUGUGCCAGCCGAGGCCCCGGUUUAGAAAUGCCAACCAAGCCCCCCCCAUGCUUUGCCCGAUUCAUUCUUAGCUUUUCUGUGUGGACUUAAUUACUUGUUAACAGUAAAGUGUAGGUGAAUUAUGAACUGCUAGUGUGAGUACUGUUGUGCAUCAUGCACUUUACCUCCCUAUUGAUACAAAAUGUAGAUGCAGAUUAUUAAACCAGUAUUCUAGAUCCUGAGGAAAACAAAAAGAAAAAACCCUGGUAGAUAAUGUUUCACAGGUAGAAAAAAAAAUUAAUUCCUUUCUAACCCCAUUUAUACCCUGAACUCGUUUACAUGUUUAUUAUUGGCUAUCCUGCACUAAUAUGCUAAUAGAAAGGAUGCAAUUCAGAGAAGGAAGUCUCUUCUCAGAGAACUUACAGCAAGCAUGUCAAACUCAAAGGCCAACACGGGCCAAAUAAACCAGGUUUAAGUUUAUGUGGGCUGGAAAAAAACGAAUACUUCAAUUUUCAGAGAAACGUAGGUUUAUUUCGAAAAGUACAGUAUAAAAAAAAAGUUGCCUAACUGGCACUGGACAUCCUCACGCUUGUAGGGCUUCAAAGUAAACAAAAGAGUAAAUUUAUUUUAAGGAGAUGUGCAUUUCCAUAUAACCAAUGUUUCAGUCCAACUACCUUGACAUAUUAAGAAAAGUUUGGUAAUGGGACUAAAAUGGUGAAUGUCUGCUGUUGCAUAGUUGUAAAAACCAAAUGAUGUUCUCUUGUUGAUUUUGAAGUCCUGUGAGUGUGUUCUUCACUUUGGCUGAGAUCAUCAAACUUGAUGAUCUCAGCCAAUCCAAUGCUUUGCAAUAGGAAAGCAUUGGGAGGCUAUUGUGCAUGUGUGGCAAAAAGCUGCUCGGCCAAUCAGCAUCUCCAUGGGGAGCGUUCAGCACCUCCAUGGGGAGCGUUCAGCACCUCCAUGCAGCCCCACUCUAAUACACUGCCCACAAAUCCAAUACAUUGCCCCCAAAUCCAAUACACUGUCCCUCCUCCCUCCACUCUUAUUGAAUACACUGCUCCUCCUACCAGCACUCUAAUUUAAUACACUGCCCUGCCUCCCCCAAUUUAAUACACUAUCCCUCUCCUUCCCCAAAUGUAAUACACUGCCCUCCCCCCAAUUUAACACACUGCUCCCACCCACUCUAAUACCCUGCCCCACUCCCUCCCACCCCCAAAUUAAUACACUGCCUCCCCUGCCCAAUUCAAUACACUCCCCCCUCACUACACAGGAACCCCCACCCCCCAGGCCUCUUCCACCACCUUAAGAUGAGCCACCUGUCCUCCAGUUCCAGCCCUGCUCUUCUCUGUUCAAGCAGGCCAGACGCUCCUCUGACACUGCAAGCAGACGGGAAGGGGAAUAUUAAAGGGACCCCCAUAUUAAAGGGACACUAUAGUCACCUGAACAACUUUAGCUUAAUGAAGCAGUUUUGGUGUAUAGAACAUGCCCCUGCAGCCUCACUGCUCAAUCCUCUGCCAUUUAGAAGUUAAAUCCCUUUGUUUAUGAAGGGAUUCAUAAACACUAGUCACACCUCCCUGCAUGUGACUUGCACAGCCUUCCAUAAACACUUCCUGUAAAGAGAGCCCUAUUUAGGCAUCCUUUAUUGCAAGUUCUGAUUAAUUAAGAUUUUCUUAUCCCCUGCUAUGUUAAUAGCUUGCUAGACCCUGCAAGAGCCUCCUGUAUGUGAUUAAAGUUCAAUUUAGAGAUUGAGAUACAAUUAUUUAAGGUAAAUUACAUCUGUUUGAAAGUGAAACCAGUUUUUUUUUUUUUUUUUUUUUUCAUGCAGGCUUUUUUUUCAUGAUAUGUGAAAUCAUAGCCAGGGGGAGGUGUGGCUAGGGCUGCAUGAACAGAAACAAAGUGAUUUAACUUCUAAAUGACAGUGAAUUGAGCAGUGGAAUUGCAGGGGAAUGAUCUAUACACUAAAACUGCUUUAUUUAGCUAAAGUAAUUUAGGUGACUAUAGUGUUCCUUUAAGAUGAAUGGUGAAACAGAGAGAACUGAUUGCUCAGUGCUUUCAAAUUAAAAUUAAUGGUACAAUACAGGGAAGGUUUGCUCAGAGUUUUCAGAUUUGUACAAAUGGGCAACAGAUGGAAAGAUAAUUGUUCACAAAUCUUUGAUCUUAAUAUGAGUGGUUAAAUACAGAGAGAGAUUUUUGCUUGCAAAGCUUUCAUUUUACAGGCAUACUUCGCUAAUAUGGCAGGUUAGGUUCUAGACCAGCACUAUAAAGUAAAAGUCUCAGUAAAGUAUAUCUUUAAACCAUGUUAACAUUACAGGGUACAUCGUGCACAGUGUACAUUAGCGCUAGAUGACGAGACAAAAAAGCCCAAAACAAAAAGCUAUAUAAACCACCACCUCUCCCCCACCUCUCUUUAAGUAAAAAAAUAUAAAAAGUAUACUGUAUUGUAGUCCUGUACAAAGCAUAAAUACCUGCCCUAAAUGUACUAGAGUGGAAAUUCUGAGCGAUUUGGUGUUUUUGCUUUGCAUGCGCAAUAGCCUCACAAUGCUUCCUAUGAGAAAGCAUUGGAUUGGCUGAGAUCAUAAAGAUUGUUUUCAGUCACAUAGAGGCCGGCGUUGCGAUGGAGAAAGGGUAAAUAAAACAACCUUUUAACUCCACAAAGAGGGGCUAAAUACCUAAACCGUUAAUUUAACACUGGUGUUAGGAAUACAUGUGUAAUCCUAACACUAUAGUGUUACUUUAAAGUCAGACAACAGUGAGGUUUACCUCCUUGACUGACUCUUUCUUUAACUAAGUAUUUCUCUGUAGAAUGCUAUACUGUUUCUAAGAUUUUGCCCACUGUAGAACAUCACCUUUAAAGGACCACUAUAGUGCCAGGAAAACAUACUUGUUUUGUGAUUUUUCACAGUGAGAAGCGCGUCUAGCGGCUGUCCAUAUGACAGCCACUAGAGGCUGAAUGAACCCAAUUAUAAAAAACUGCUAUGUUUAUAGAAAAAAGGGUUAAUCCUAGCUGGAGUGGUCUGGGUGCCUAUAGUGGUCCUUUAACAUAAAAAUAUGUGAAAACAAAAAGACCUAAUGCGCAUGCGCAGCAAGUUCCUCAAAAACUGUAAUGUUUGACAUUGCAGGGUUAAGUGAACAGAGACUCUGCAACCAGACCACUGUAAUAAGAUAAAAGGAUGUAGGGUGUGGGGUGCCUACAGUGUCUCUUUACGUGACAGGACUGCUUUAGGACAGCGUUAAAGGAACACUCCAGGCACCAUAGCAGCUUCAUCGAAAUUGAGUUGUUAUGGUACUAGAAGGUCCCUGGUGCUUCCUUACCAUUAGGGAUUAAACUGUUCAUGAAUUUAACCCCAUAGUUCAUGUUCCAGCUGGAAUGGUUCUCCUCUUCAGCUACAGAAUUGGAAACCUAGUGAACCAUCCUACCUUAUAGUGAUAUUUUGUUGGUAUAAUGACUUACUCUAUAAGAAAGCGGACAGAUACAGAUUAAGGGCUAACCUAUGUUAUAUCGAUUGGAAAGACAUAACCGUGCAUAUGCAACAAAGGUGUGGUUUAUUUCAUUUUCUAACCAUUUUAAGAGUGGUAAUGCAGACACAAGCAUACAAAAUACUUAUGUGAGGUGUAAGUGAUAAGGGAAAACAAAUCUGAAUAAUAAAUUCAUGAUGAUAAAAUAUUUUAUAGUUAAAGAACUGUUGUAUCCCUCAUGUGUAUUUGAAUGUGAAAUACAAAGGGGAUUGAACUUGGACUGGUGCUAGUUCAGUGAAAAUUGUCAGUAGAUCAUUAACUCUCCUUUCCUCUGCGUUGUCAGUGGGUCUCUGUCUUGUUCAGUUGCCGUCAUAGUUCCUAUACCACACUAACAGAGAGAGAUGCUGCCUGUUACACAAAAGAGUAGAUGUAUAAAUAUAGAAAAAAUGGAAUGGUGUGUGUUUGUUUUGUUUUAAGGCAGAGCCUGGAAUUGUGGGGAGCAGUUACCCAUCCUAUUUAAACGCAGGACUAUUAUCUUUGCCAUUUAUAUAGCGUCAACAGAUUCUGCAGCUCUACAAUAUUGUAAGAGGGGGGAUUUAACUAUAAAUAGGACAAUUACAAGAAAACUUACAGGAACGAAAGGUUGAAGAGGAGCCUGCUCAAACGAACUUACAGUAUAUAGGAGGUGGGGUAUAAAACACAUUAGGACAGGAAAUGGCAAUCAAAUAAGAUGGGAGUGAAGCAGAGCUGAAGGAGAGAGAGUGCUGCCUUUUAGGAAAGAGCAAGAGACAGAUGUAAGGUAGAGGUUACUCUGGGAGGCAAUAAGCUAGUAGCUGUUGCGCUGUAUUCUUUGUUAGUUAAUCAUUGAUUUGGUUGCCUUUCUGAAGAUACCUUUAAAGCAGGGCUCGACAAAUCCCAGGUCGCCAUGGUGACCAGGAAAUUUGUACUGGCACCUGGGAUUUGUGAGCUUCUUCAGCCCCCGAGGUGACCAGCUGCCUGAGAGCAAAGGUGGACAGUCGGCACUGGGGGCUCAGGGAGGUGGCCGGCCGGCUCAUUGAGGCAUAAGGGAGAGAAAUCGGCUCAUGAAGAGCUGAGAGGGAGGCAGGCGGCUGACAGAGGGAGUGGGGAGGCCGGCUCAUUUAUUGCUGAGGGAGUGGGGCGGUCAGCUCAUGGAGAGUUGAGGGAGGCGAAUGGCUGACAGAGGGGGCACUGGUUGCAAAAAUUAGAUUAAGGGAACUAUGCCCAUGAGUAGUAGCAUGCUUAGGCUAACAGGAGAGUAUAGAGCAAAACCGAUAACAAAAAACAAGUACAUAAUACCACUGGGAGUGGAGUCAUAUAAAAGAGUGAAAAUACAAUUCUGUCGUAAGGCUAGUAAAAACUCUGCGCGGUGCCUGCACCCUAUGCCACAUGUGGGCCUCGGCAAAGCCUCUUUGGCAGUACUGAUUACUCAGUCUGGGAUUUAAUUGAGCGGAUGCAUGUCAUGGGGUACCUCACAUUCCGGCAACAUAGCGUGAUAUUGCGAGUCUCUGGGCCUGAGUCCUGACAGAUGGAGCUGGCCUGCUUGCCGAGUCAGGAUCUGGAACAUAGUGAGGUGUUGCAGUCCUCUGAACCCAGGAACCAUCAGGUGUCCAGUAUUUUAUAUACUGACUAAAUGUGCACAAAUUAGCUUCAAGCCAUUAGUCUAAUAAGAUUCCUGGCAAUCGAUAGAUUCCAGAAAUUUGAAUCUUCCAUAAAUGAACCAAAUAUUCUGAAUUAGUCAUUUUUAUUUUCUCUAUGAAUUUGUUCGAUGAUUACCAGGAAUUUUAUUCAGACGAAUGGUUUAAAACCAGAUUUUGCACGUUUACUAUCAAUAGUUUUUACUUUUGUGUUUUCUACCCCAUUGUACCUUUCAUGUUAAAAACAGCCAUCCAUUUAUGCAAUUUAAUAUACAACUCCUAUAUCUGUUUUUCUUACAUUAUAAAGUAAAAGCCAUACUUUGCAUUGUGUUUACUCUUGAUAAACUAUAUUUAGAGUGCAAUGUGUAUUGUGAUCCGAGUCCAUCCUGUUCACCAUUGAGCAACUUAUUAAGAAAUGAGAUCUUGCAUGACGAAUGUGGGCAAGUAAUGUCAAAGUUCAAAAUUAAAGGCUGUAUUAUAUCUACUUUUUAAUGGUAUGGGCAGAUCCUUUUACUGUUGCAAAAAUGGCAUUCAUUCAAUAUACUGGCCAUCAAGCAUUUUACAUUAUGGGGUUAUUUUUUUAUUUUUUUUGUUCAUGUCAAUGGAUGUAAUCUCUGAUGCCUGAUUGAUUUUAUUGCUAGCAGCUCGAUCUAGCCAUUCAGGAGUCAUUUGCAAAUUAGGACACAUUAAUCAUCGCCAUGACUAGCCUUUUAUGUGCUACAGUUGACGGUGAUGUUCAAAGCAGAGGUCACUUAAAGGGGCACUCUCGACACCAUAACAACUUAAUCAAAUUAAAGUGAUUAUAGCGUUUGGCGUGACCCUUUAAGAUUAAGCAGAACAAUUCACAACCUCCGGUCACUCUGUGUCACAAAGCUCUCCUGUUGUCAGAAUGUAAGUGGAUACUAACAAUUAUUGUCAUUGUGAUUGACCAAUUGUUGGUUCUACUAAUUCUUUUUGCCAAUAUUCAGCAUAUAUCUGAUCUGUUUUGGCCAGGUCAUUUAAUGAAUAAUUAACAAUAAAUAUUCGCCUUACCCAGUCAAUGCAUGCCAUUUUCUGCAUCCAGAAACUCCAGCUGCCUUACAUCACCCCUCCCUAUGAGUCUCCGCAUGCGGAGCUCAGCUGAAGGCAGGUAGGUGAGAUAGUGACUAAUCUAUGGCAAUAUACUGGGCUGGUUAUCUGAUAAUGAUAGGAGUGCAAUGACGGCAAUCACACUCCUAUUAUUAACAACUUUGUACAUGUAUUGGCCAUUUGAGAGUGAUUGUGUGAUGGCUGUCAACAUGCCCACUUAAUGGCAGAUUUCUGUAGAAAUUGUGCUGCUUUUUUAAAAAACAUUAAAUGGACAGAAUAUCCACACUGGUUAUCAGCUCAAAAGACAAAAGAUGGCGACUAAUAAUCUUUAUCAGCUUUGGAUCUGGAAAAGGAUCGGUUGAUGCCUAUUUGGGUACCCUUUUAUGUAAUCAAAAACAGCCCAGCACUCAAAAGACAAAAGAUGGCGACUAAUAAUCUUUAUCAGCUUUGGAUCUGGAAAAGGAUCGGUUGAUGCCUAUUUGGGUACCCUUUUAUGUAAUCAAAAACAGCCCAGCACUCCCAGUAUUAAAAAUUAUGGUGCUUCUCACUGGAACAUUUCAACCACCCUUGACUUUGCAUGACUUAAUUUCCUGUGCGUUUGUUUUUGCUUUAGGUACUUUUUUGUUCCCCAUCACAGAGUGCUGCAGAAGUUGGUGGUAUUUUAAUGUAAUAAUCGUGCAGUAGAUAAUUGAGUAUUGUGUCCAGGGAGUGCCAUAAUGUUCAGCAACUUUCUAUUAUUAACUGUUUAAAUGGAAUGUGGCGCACAGUCAUGUAGAUACAUGUGCUCACCGUAGUAGCAUUAGAUAUGUUUUCAACCCGUAACUAGAUCAACACACUUUCGACUUCUCAAUGUUUGUGAAACCUCCCAUAAAAUAUGGGAAGGAUCAACAGCAUUUAAUACAUUUUAUUGCAAAACACAUAUGAAAGGUGUUGGAGAGAUCAUAAGUUAUGUUCCUAAUUUGUCAUAAGUGAAGCUCAUUUGAUUGCUGACAAGCCUUUCUUUCUAACAUUUCAGUACUUGCCAUGGACCUUUGUAAAAGUGAAGCGCUUGUUUCUAUGUAUGUGUCAUGUAUAUUUGCAUCUAUAUAACAUUUCAAAGUGUAAAUGUCACUUCUCUGGAAAGUACACAAUUGAAUAAAACAUUGGAAAUCACCUGUAACUUGUGUUAAAAAAUUUUUUCCAUGUAAUGGCCUUUUUUCUUUGAAAACACACAUAAAUGAUUUAGCAAAUGACUAUCCAGACUGAUGAGGCGUAUGGAAACAUUGUUUGGGUUUCUUAUAUAUUACUAUGUUCAAUGGCAAAAUUAACUAUUUUAAAACAUUUAUAACAAAGUUUGACAGGGAACCAAGAUGGAGAUGCUCAGUUACAAGUAAGAGGUAUGGAUUUCUAUGCAGCGUUUACAGGAUAAUUAAACCUCUUAAAAACCCUUGGAAGUGACAAUCCCCUUUAAAUUGUUACGUUGGAAUACUUUCAACAAAUGCUGAACAUUAUUAGUUUAGUAACCAAAUCUGCUUUUCAAAGUGAAGUGUUGUUUAUGGAUUUCAGUUUAUUAAAUAAUGUUCUAUAUAUUUUAGUUAGUUUUUUACAUUUUAUUUUAUCAAAAUGAUAAUUUUAUAAUUUUCUCUUAUUUCAGUUUGAGGGAAGGAAAUAUUGUGAACAUGACUUCCAAAUGCUGUUUGCCCCCUGCUGUCAUCAGUGUGGUGAGUAUAUUUAUUUAUAGGCAACUAACAAUGAAACAUCACCAAAAAAUGACAUAACCCCUUACUUGAAGACAGUAACGUUAUAUCAUUUAAGUGCUUGCCUAUAAAGUGGCACCAGGAUAGGCACAUUUUAAUCUCUUAAAGACCAGUGACAUUCGAUGGAGAACACAAUUUAAUACUGUUAACAAUUACUAAAAAGUAUGGAUGUCCUGCCAACUGCAAGGAACUACAGUCUUGUUUCUCUGACUAAUAUUUGUUUCCACGUAGGCCAUAUUUUUUCACAGAAUCACAUGGCUCUCUUUAAGCACAUGCAAUCUGUCAUAAAGUUUCUUAUUCUGUAUAUAAACCACCAGCCUACAAGACAGUCAUGUAAAUGGUUAGAUUAAUCACACCAAUAAUAAAAUGACACCUUAUUACUUUGACCCAUUUCUCUCCGAUAAUUUUCACUAUACAUCAGCUUGUUUUGUAUUUAUUUAUUUUUCUCCUGUUACACGUUUUGUAUUCUUUCUCACCUCUCUAUUUUCCCUGCUUAUGCCCUUGUAUUAAAAAAAAAAGUUGUGUGAGUGCCUUUAGCUAUAGUUUGAGGCUUUCUGGCUCCAGGGAUGUUUUAAUUCCUUGCAGUCUGUACUAAAUAAGCAUAGUGAUUUUACCAAUGAUUGGCAUGUUUGUCUCCAGGUGAAUUCAUAAUUGGUCGUGUUAUUAAGGCAAUGAACAAUAGCUGGCACCCAGAAUGUUUUCGCUGUGAUCUAUGUGAGCAGGUCUUGGCAGAUAUUGGAUUUGUUAAGAAUGCAGGCAGGUAAGAUCUCUUUGUAUAUUUAAUUAUAUACAAAUUUUCAAUAAUUUGCAAACAAUUUGCUCUAUCUCAUGUAUGAUCCAUUUUGGAGAGUGUUCUUUUUGCAGUUUGUUUUUCAAGAUUUAAAGGAACACUAUCGUCACCCAGACCACUUCAGCUCAAUGAAGUGGUCUGGGUGCCAGGUCCCCCAGAUUUUAACCAUACAGAUGUAAACAUAGCCGUUUCAGAGUUUAUAUUGCAGGGUUAAUCCAGCCUCUAGUGGCUGUCUUCCUGACAGCUGCUAGAGGCGCUUCUGCGAUGCUGGAUGCGAAAAUCGCAUUCAGCGAGCAGAACGUCCAUAGGAAAGCAUUGAGAAAUGCUUUCCUAUGCACUGUUUGAAUGCGCGCGUGGCUGUUGCCGUGCAUACGCAUUCUGCUCCACUUGGGAGCUGACGUUCGCGAGGAAGCCCGGUGCUGUAUUAUGGUAAGUGACUGAAGGAGGACCCUGAGGGUAGGGGGGACCUAAGGGUUAGAUAGUGUCAGGAAAACAAGUUUGUUUUCCUGACACUAUAGUGAACUUUUAAGGAACUUGAUGUGUCUAAAUAUGAUACAUGCCUUAUUCCGCAUCCUGAUUUUUCUUUUUCUCUUUCUUCACUCCCAGACACCUGUGCCGUCCUUGUCACAACAGAGAGAAAGCCAGAGGACUGGGCAAAUACAUCUGCCAAAAAUGCCAUGCCAUUAUUGAGGAACAUCCUCUUAUAUUCAAGAAUGAUCCUUACCACCCAGAUCACUUCAAUUGUGCCAACUGUGGGUAAGCUGCACAUAUUGUAGAUCUUUUGCAAAAAUGGAGCAAGUCGGAUAUUACCUGCCAUCUUUCUGAGUGCCCUGUUUAGGUGUCUAUUUUUUGGUAUGGUAUCACUAGAAUAGUACAAGAUGUAUAGUUAUUUUUUUUUCUCUCUCUCUUCCUUCAUUUUCUAUGUGUGUGGUUGUAAUCCUAUACGUAUGGUUAAUCUUACAUGCUUUACUUGUAAUAGCAUUUAGUCUCAUGAAAGGCAUGUCUGGUGACAGCAUGUUAUUUAUAGAUUUAUUCCUACUGUCUGUACGCAGCCCCUGUUUGAGUCUGCAAUGGCUAUAUUGGAGCAACAUGUCCAUAUAUUAUUUCAUAUGCUGGUGUAAUAGUGUGCAGAGCCAUAUUAGAAAAUAAUACGAACAGGAAUGCAGCUCUAAUAAUCAACUUGUCUAAUCCACUAUCAAACAUUUCUUCUACUAUCACAAUUACAAAGAUAGAAUUCCCAUUAGGGAGAAAAGGCGCCUGACCACUAGGGGCACCUGUUUUCAACAUUUAUGAUGUUCGUUUUUGAGCUUAAAUAAGAUGGUGUGGAGAGCGAAGUAAAAGGUGCCUUCCUUGGCUAGUGUCUCCUGCAGUCCAGUUAGCCAUGAUGGCAGAGCUGCAUGACCAUUUAUAGAGGAGGUAAAACUUGGUGCUGUCCCUGCUCCUCCAGUGUCAUUUCCCAUCUGCCACUACUAACCUCUCACACAGGAAAUGCUUUGUAGGAGGAGCAGGUGCAUACUAAUGCACUCUGUAUAAUUACUCCUGCAGCUCUAAUAUCUUCACUCUGACUGGUUUACAGACGAUAUACCAGAGUAAGUACUUUGCAAAUAACUCCAGCACUCAAAGCUUAAACCUUUACCUUAAAGGGACACUACAGUCACCAGAACAACUACAGCCUAUUGAAUUUGUUCUGGUGAGAAGAAUCAUUACCUUCAGGCUUUUUGCUGUAAACACUGUCUUUCAAAAGAAAAUGCAUUGUUUACAUUACAGCCUAGUGAUAACUUCACUGGCCACUCCUCAGAUGGCUGUUAGAGAUCCUUCCUGGGUCAUGGCUGCCUAAAAUGCAUCCAAACAUUCAGUGUCUCCUCCCUCUGCAUGCAGACACUGAAGUUUCCUCAUAGAGAUUCAUUGAUUCAAUUCAUCUCUGAGGAGAUGCUGAUUGGCCAGGGCUGUGUUUGAAUUGUGCUGGCUCUGCCCCUGACCUGCCUCUUUGUCAGUCUCAGCCAAUCCUAUGGGGAAGCACUGUGUUUGCAUCAGGCUACCACUUCUGAUGAUGUCAGCAGACUGCUUGUUUCUUUUCAGGCAAACAGCAUGCAGAGUUACAGCUUCAGGCUUGAAUACAGUAAGAUUGUGCUAUAUUUAUGAAGGCAUGAGGGGCCCGGGGGGCUAGAUGGUGGUUUUAACACUACAGGGCCAGGAAUACAUGUUUGUGUUCCUGACCCUAUAGUGAUCCUUUAAAGAGACACUAUAGUCACCAGAACAACUUUGUUCUGGUGAGCACAAAGUCAGGCUUUUUGCAGUAGAAAUUUUAUUUUUAGAGAAAAUGCAGUGUUUACAAUACAGCCCAGGGAUACCUCUACUGGCCACUCCUACUUUCUGAAUGGAGACACUGAAGUUUGCUUAUGGAGAUGCAUUGAAACAGAUAAUUAGUUUCCUUGUGUGUUUUGCUCCAGAUAUUGAACUUUGUUCUGUAAUUAAAGGGACACUAUAGUCACCCAGACCACUUCAGCUAAAUUAAGUGGUCUGGGUGCCAGGUCCCUCAGGUUUUAACCCUUCAGAUGCAAACAUAGCAGUUUCAGAGAAACUGCUAUGUUUACAUUUGGGGUUAAUCCAGCCUCUAGUGGCUGUAAUCCGGCACUGGAUUAAGGUGACCUGCUGAAGGGGGACCCUGAGGGUGGGGGCACCCUCAGGGCACUAUAGUGUCAGGAAAAAUGCUUUGUUUUCCUGACACUAUAGUGAUCUUUUAACCUCUCUAGUGAAAUCAAGAGAUCAAAUUACAUGCAAAUAGCUACCCAUUGAUAUUUAAUUCGUCUUGCAGCCCUCUGGGUAUCUGCACCGCACUUUUGAUCAACAUAUGUAUAACAUAAUCUCUCACACAGUGUUUUACUUUCUUUUCCAUCCAUAGCUUUUUUCAGUCUUUUAUAAAUAAUGUUGGUUUUGAAAUGGCCUUUUUGUUAAUAAUUUAGAAAAGAGCUGACGUCUGAUGCCCGUGAGCUGAAAGGGGAGCUGUACUGUCUACCUUGCCAUGAUAAGAUGGGUGUCCCUAUCUGUGGAGCCUGCAGGAGACCAAUUGAAGGGCGGGUUGUCAAUGCUAUGGGCAAACAAUGGCACGUUGAGGUAUGGGACUGUGAUGAUUUAGGUUUAUGUGCAAAGUAAAAUGUUUGUACAAAUAUGCACUUUUUAAAAAUGUGUCUUAUGACGAUCAUGUCUUAUCAAAUUACGAUAUAGAGCUAUAUUAUUGUAGGCACAUUGCUGUCAAACACUUUCUGAUGUUUUAUAUGUAUUUAGUUUGUCCAACACGAAAAUUACAAAUAUUUGUAGCUACUAAGCUACUUUUCAAACUGUGGUCUGAAAUUUUUUUCACUUUUCAUUUUUUGAUAAAGGUAUAGUAAUAUUUUUAGAACCUACAAUAGAGUUUUGCAACAACAGAAAAAUUGCUUGAGUAGGUAUCUGAUGUUGAUGAUGUUCUCAUAGGGGAUACACCAGCUGCAGAUAACUAUGAUCACACUUUGCAACUGCUAGUUAGAUUUAAUUCAUUGUGUUGCUAAUGAGCAAUGUACUGUUGGGCUUUUAUACAGAUUUACAUAAAAGCUAAAUUAUUCACUUUCAGAAAUAAUACCAGAAUCAUAAAUGUACAGGUGAUAGUCAAAAAAUUUGAAUUUCGUGCAAAAGUUAAUUUAUUUCAGUAAUGCAUUGUAAAAGGGGAAACUAAUAUGAGAUAGACGCAUUACAUGCAAAGCAAGAUAGUUCAAGGCGUGAUUUGUCAUAAGUGCGAUGAUUAUGGCUUACAGGUCGUGAAAACCCCAAAUCCACAAUCUCAGUAAAUUAGAAUAUAUUGUGAAAAGGUGCAAUAUUCUAGGCUCACAGUGCCCCACUCUAAUCAGCUAAGUAAGCCAUAACACCUGCAAUGGGUUUCUGAGCCUUUAAAUGGUCUCUCAGUCUGGUUCAGUAGGACUCACAAUCAUGGGGAAGGCUGCUGACCUGACAGUUGUGCAGAAAACUAUCACUGACACCCUCCAUAAGGAGGGAAAGCCUCAAAAGGUAAUUGCGAAGGAAGUUGGAUGUUCCCAAAGUGCUGUAUCAAAGCACAUUAAUAGAAAGUUAUGUGGAAGGGAAAAGUGUGGAAGAAAAAAGUGCACAAGCAGCAGGGAUGACCGCAGCCUGGAGAGGAUUGUCAGCAAAAAAGCCAUUCAAAUGUGUUGGGGACUUUCACAAGGAGUGGACUGAGGCUGGAGUCAGUGCAUCAAGAGCCACCACACACAGACGGAUCCUGGACAUGGGCUUCAGAUGUCGUAUUCCUCUUGUCAGAAGCGUCUUACCUGGGAUAAAGAAAAACAGACCUGGUCUGUUGCACAGUGGUCCAAAGUCCUCUUUUUUAAUGACCCAGAGUCUGGAGGAAGAAUGGAGAGGCACACACUGCAACAUGCUUGAAGUCCAGUGUGAAGUUUCCACAGUCUGUGUUGAUUUGGGGAGCCAUGUCAUCCGCUGGUGUUGGUCCACUGUGCUUUAUUAAGUCCAGGGUCAACGCAGCAGUCUACCAGCAAAUUUUGGAGCACUUCAUGCUUCCUUCCGCAGACGAGCUUUAUGGGGAUGCUGACUUCAUUUUCAAGCAGGACUUGGCACCUGCCCACACUGCCAAAAGCACCAAAGCCUGGUUCAAUGACCGUGGGAUUACUGUGCUUGAUUGGCCAGGAAACUCGCUUGACCUGAACCCCAUAGAGAAUCUAUGGGGCAUUGCCAAGUAAAAGAUGAGCCAUGAGACCAAACAAUGCAGAAGAGCUGAAGGCCGCUAUUGUAGCAUCCUUGUCUUCCAUAAUACCUCAGCAGUGCCACAGGCUGAUAGCUUCCAUGUCACGCCGCAUUGAGGCAUUAAUUGCUGCAAAAGGGGCCCAAACCAAGUACUGAGUCCAUAUGCAUGCUUAUAAUUUUCAGAGGUCCGAUAUUGUUCUAUGUACACUCCUUGUUUUAUUGAUUGCAUGUAAUAUUCUAAUUUACUGAGAUUGUGGAUUUAGGGUUUUCAUGAGCUGUAAGCCAUAAUCAUCGCAUUUAUGACAAAUCACGGCUUGAACUAUCUUGCUUUGCAUGUAAUAAGUCUAUCUCAUAUAUUAGUUUCCCCUUUUACGUUGCAUUACUGAAAUAAAUGAACUUUUGCACAAUAUUCUAAUUUAUCGAGUAUCAUCUGUAUAGUUGAAAUAGCAUAACAUUCUCUGUUAUAUUUAUAGCUGUAUGUGAGUCUACUGAUAACAAAGCAUAUCAAAACAUGUUAUUAUUCCGACACUGCACAGUCUGUGCGAGCCUUUUGCUGAAGGUCAGUUUCAUGAAAACUUAUUCACACACUGUAUGACUGACAAAACUUUCUUUGUCUAGCUUACAAAAUUGAGAAUCGUUAAAAUACAUAUAUAUUAUAUAAAAUCUGUUGAAUAUGAUUAGAUUUAUUAGUAGUAUUUAUUAAGGAUACUGUAUGUUGUAAUCCAUCCAUCUCAACAGUUAUUUCCAUUAUAGAAAGGUGCUUUUUCUUGUGAAAUUGUAUGAUUGUGAGGUGUGUGUUUGUUGUUUUGUUUUAAUAUUUUUAUUUGAUAUUGUAACUUAUGGUUUAUCUGUAAUUCCAGCAUUUUGUGUGUGCAAAGUGCGAAAAGCCCUUCCUUGGCCAUCGUCAUUAUGAGAGAAAGGGGCUGGCUUAUUGUGAGACACAUUACAACCAGGUGAGUGGCUCAGAACACGCAGUACCUUUGUGUAAAGUUGCGGAUUCAAUACGUGGUCUAAGCUGUUCCAAUAUCCAGGUCUUUGUUUUGUUUAAAAAAUAAAAAUAAAAGCACUUUCUUUACCCUUGUGAUAUUGGGUCCAAUUUUAAGAAAUUGCAACACUAAACUGCCAGCAUGUCAAACACAUUAUCAUUUAUGUAAUAACAUAUUUCACAGCAUUUUGCUAUUGCACAGUGGGGAUAUAGAAGACCAAGCAAGAUUGACAGAUUUAAGUAAAAAUAGUAUAUGAGACAGAGCUGCAUGAGAGGCAAAAAAUUUGAGCAGAGUUUUAGGAUAGUGGUAAGGAAGAAACUUUGGAUCCACUAAUGGGAUCUCCUGGCCCAAACCAAUGCUUCUUGUAGAGAAGCAUUGAUGUCCUAUGGCACAUAUGUGGCAAUCACCAUUAUGUGCCAGUAAAAUGCUACUCAUAAAGAACCAUUAAAGGCUGGUCUUAUGUGAACACUCAGAUCUGACUAGCAAGAUGGUGCAACCUUGGAGCUUUAUAAAAAUGUUUAUCCUGCAUGGAAUAAAGUUAGUAAAUAAAGACCACGGGGACACUCUGCUAAGCUUUAAAGUUAUCUGGAGUGCUUUAGGGGUUUGGAGUGUUCCUGUAAGUAAAGAAAAGGCUAGUUCUCCUGUGUGAUAGCUCGUAUACACUACAGAUGGUCAUCUUGAUUGUUUUAAAAAAAUUUUUUGGAAUAAUAGGAUUAGAAUUGUUGCAUACACAUUUUUGACAUAGAAUAGAAAUUAAAGCAUAACCAUUAAAAUAUAUUGGAAUAAAUAAAGUAGUUACAAUAAAAAUCUAAAAGAAUAAUUGAACCUUGUUUAUAAUGAGUCUGUUGUAAUUGAACCUUGUUUACAAGAGUCUGUUGUAAAUCAGUUCUCUUUUUUCUUGUAGUGAAUAUUUGUUAUAUUUUGUUACUGUGUAGCUCUUGUGUAAACUAAAUCCUUUGUGCCCUGACAUUUGAUACAAUGUUGCAAGUGGUAAGCAAACAACAAUUUUAGCUUCCCUAAAAUAGUUAGCCACAAGGUGUCAGUAUAUUUACACUCUCUUCCUGACAUCAUUAGAACUUCAAAACAUAGAUCAACCUUGUAUAGGAAAUGAUCAUUCUUUUUAUUUAGGUUGAAUUAAUCUGCUUAUAUCCCCUAUACAAGCAGAAAGAAAAGGGUUGUCUAUAGAAACUAAUAUAACACAAGUGGUCAUAGCUCCCUUGACCCCAUCAGCGUAGGAACCAAAAAAUCUGAGAGCUUUAAUUAAACCAUGCUGUUUUGUGGUAAUAAUACAUGCAGGGUUAUCUCUAGAGGGGAACUGGAUGGGUAUGAAUCCCAUAUAUGAUUCUAAUAAAGCCUCAAAUCUCACUGGGAGAGUGGACGAUACAGACCUUGUCUUCUCAGCUCAUUGCCCAGUAUUUUUGCGAAGUGUCAGAAGAAUGUGGGAAUAUGAUGCUCUGUCAUGUUCUUAUGUCUGUCUACAUUGAGCACUCCAGUUCCGACUGAUACUCUGUAAGAGCCCAGGCACCGAGUGGAGCUCUUAAACAGGCCUGCAUUUGGCUAGCCAACAAAGCUCAGCUCAGACAGCCAAAAGGAUCUGGCCAAACCUAAGGAGACCCACACCUACAGCCCAGAAGGCAGUUAGGGAGUCACAUGGGAAAGUGGGGCAAAAGCUACAAAGGGAAAUGGAACGCAGAGACAAGUGAGGAAAUAUGGGAGAGAGGACAAUUUGGGUGAGCGGGAAAACUGGGUAAGAGGCCCUGGCUAUUUUUCUACCUAGCAACCUAUCUCUACCUAUUCUUCUUUUUCUUCUAUACACUAAUGGUAUGUCUGUCUUUUUCCCUUAGCUUUUUGGCGAUGUUUGUUUCCAUUGCAACCGUGUAAUUGAAGGAGAUGGUAAGUAUCCAUGGUGUUUUUUGUUUUUGCUUCAGAUAAUGUAUUUCUUGAAAUGCAACAAAAAAUGGCAUGUUAAUUUGUCCAUUGUGAAAGAAAAGAAACUGGUAAUACACACACACACACACACACACACAAGUACAAUGGCACUCUAGGUAACUAGAUAUGGAGUUUAUUUAAAAAUGAAUAAACAACUUGUGUACAAAAUAUCAUUGCAUCCUCCUGAAAGUCUCCUCUCUGAAAGCCUCAACAAAUAUUUGGCACAUUAAGACCUGGAUGUCGUACUCAGCCCUGAUGGUACGGAUCCCUUACUGCACAGUAACUGUCAAACUGUGUAUUGCGGAGUAUAUCUGUGGUUUUGAUGUUUAAUAGAUCUGUGUUUUGUGAUUGCAAGAACACAAAUAAUCUGAUUUUUAUCUCGUACAUCCAGUUGUAUCUGCCCUGAACAAAGCUUGGUGCGUGAACUGUUUUGCCUGUUCCACCUGCAAUACAAAGUUAACCCUCAAGUAAGUAGCUUUUUCACUAGAAGUAAAUGGUAAAGGAAAGCACAGCCAGUCACAAAAUUGGAUGAAACCAUAUAAUUUAUUUAACGUCUACUUUCUAUAACUGAACAAAACCAGUGCUUAAAACACAAUUUAAUCAUAUGCCCAUAAAUAUAUUCUAGGUAAUUCCAUCAUUGCUUGGUUUUAGGUCAUUAUAAAGAUUGUUGUGAAUGUAUACUUUCGCAAUGUGGGAAUUAUACUGUAACUGGUUACACUUGUAGUGAACCUAUUGGCACAAUUGACAGGGCAUGGCUACUUGCAUACCACUCAUAAGGACAUGUUUAUUAUCAAGUUAUAGUGCUCCUUUAUAUUGUGAGCUCAUUUGAGCAGGGCCCACUUUACCUACUGUUCCUACACGUCAUACAUAUUUUAUUUUUUAGAAAUAAAUGUUUGUCUUGAUUCCUAUUGAAUAUAAUUUAUGUAUAUGUUGGUGCUAUAUAAAUCAUUGUAAUUGCUCCUGAAAUUAUAAACAUACUGGCCUCAAGUAGAGCCAAUAAAGUGUACGUGUUAACUCCCAUUUUUAAGUAUGUGUCCAAUUUAAAUCAAUGUUAGGUGUGAUUGAUUCUUAUGGUUGUUUAGAAGUUGACAUAACUCUGUUUCUUUGCUCUCCUUCCGGAAAACCUAUUCUGUUCCUUCUUUCCUUCUGCACCACAAAGGCAUAGGUUUGUUGAGAUAGAUCUAAAACCAGCCUGCAAGCACUGUUAUGAAAAAAUGCCAGAUGAGUUUAAACGCCGCCUUUCCAAGCAAGCAAAGGAGGCUAAAGACAGAAAGAAAAAGGGAUCCUGUCUAUGAACUCUUACUUUCCUCUCUCUUUUAUUUCUUGGGUUAGUGGCAUGCAUUUGUGUGUGUUUGAUCACAUUGUAUGCUUACUAAUAGGGUGAAAUGACAAAUCAUAUAGCAGUUUUGUCCCAAUUUUAUAAGAAGAAUGCAUACCAGAUGGAUGUCCUGAAUGUUGUACGUGUGUGCAGAAUAAACUGUACAUAUGUUUAGAAAAGUAAAGCAUGUUGUUUAUGAUCAUCAUGUAGUUCUGCAUGACACCACUUCUCUACAGCAAUAUCAUAAAAAUCAAGUAAGAGGAGAAUGAAUCAUGGUGACAGCCAUAAAAAAUGUAUAUUUAAUGGUAAAAUUGGCUAAAAGUGGUGGUUAUUUACUUUUUGGAAUGGCUCUAUAUGCCCUUUAAAAUCUAGAUAUUUGCUUUCGGACUUAGAAGUAGCACCUGUGUUUAUAUGUAAUUCAUUUAUGAGGGGCACAUAUAGGAAAAUAAUACCAGCUGUUAUUUCGAAAUCCCAUCCCUUUCCUAUAUGAAUGAGUAGUUAGAAACCUUUUCAUGCGCAGAGCUUGGGUUUAAGAGACCAGCUGUAUUUAGAAUGCCGAUCAAUUUUAAUUAUUUGGUUAAUGUUUUCAAUGUUUAAUUAAACACUCUAAUAUAUGUUAUAUUAUUCACAAUCUAAAAUUAGGUAGAAAAACACUCUGAAAUAUUUCAUUAUUUCAGGGCUUGACAAACGUGCUUUAAAUCUAGGAGCCAGCAAAAAAAGACCGUUUAAAAAAAAUAAAUAACAAAGCUUUAUUUUUAGUGAUAAAAAUACAAUUCUUAAAGGAACACUAUAGUCAUCAGAACCACUAUAGUUUAAUGUAGCCGUUUUAGUGUCUAUAGCCUGUCCCUGCAGCCUUUUCAAUGUAAACACUGCUUUUUCAGAGAAAAGGCAGUGCUUAUAUCGCUGCCUAGUAACACCUAUAGUUGCAGUCACUCAGGCGACCACUAGAGGUGAUUUAUAAUCCAGUACUGCACAGUGUGUAGUACCUACGUUCAGCAUCUUCACGCUCUGCAUGGAGGUGCGGAAUGUUCCCCCUAGAGAUUGUCUCCAUUGAUUCAAUGCAUUUCUAUGAGGAGAUGCUGAUCGGCGUACACGCAAUGGCCUGCCAAUUCAUGAUUGAUUUUUCUCUGGCCUGGAGGCGAGUAAAACCACCUUUACCAUGUGAUCAGAGGGGGGGCGCUCACCUGUACAGACAGUCACGGACAGAUACUGACUAAUUCGACACACACUGACAGACACUCAGAAAUUAUAAUAUUUUUUUUUUAAACUUUAUUUUAAUUUAAAUCCACCCAACCUCCUUAUCUUUGGGAGAAAUGGAGUGUAUUGGCUUUCCGUGGGGCUGCUGUAAUCUUCCUGCUCUUUGUUUAGUGAUGCUGAGGUAGGAGUAAUUCUCCCUUGCCGCCUCCAUUGUACAGGCUGACAAAUCGCAGGCUCCGGGACAAAAUUCCUAGUUGUCAUGGUGACCUGGGAUUUGUCAAGCCCCUCAUUAUUUGCUGUUACAUUUUUUUUAAAAUGCCUAUGUCAACAUAUCAUAUAUACCAUUUUUAAAAUUGACUAAAAGAAUAAUUUGUUGCUGCAUAGCUGCCAUAAUGUUACAUGUAUAAAGAUGUUGGGUAUACCCUGGCCACACUUGGCUUUGAGUGUUAGGUUGGGCAGUUGUUCCUUUGGUACACAUGACAUAUUCACUGAGCUGAUUCCAGUUAUAUGAACCACUGUCUGUCCAAAUUAAUGUGUUGGGUUGUCACAGGUUGAGGUACUCUGUGCCUCUCACACAUGAUGCAGCUGUCUAACGCUGGAUUCAGCUCAGCAGAUACCAACAGAGUUAAAUUUAGUAUAUAACUGAGGUGUUAAAUCUCGGUUAUUUUUAUCCAGUGGACCUGUAUGAUGCCCGCUACUUUAGACUAACCUAAGCAUAUUCUGCAGGGUAGUGACACCCUGCAAACAUUUAACCUUGCAUGAUAAAAACUAGCACCAAGCUUUGUGAAUUUGAAGAUGUAUAUGUGUAUAUUCUUGGCUUAUUAACAUUUUAAGAAAGUAUGGUUUAUAAAUGUUUUUUUAUUCUACUAUUUGUAUUAGUUCUGUUUUAGAAAGUUUAUUAUAGAACACAAUAGAUCUCUAUUAAUAGCUGAAUAAAUAUAUUUUUUUUUUUUAUUUAUUUUUUUAAAGGAACAAAUUUGUGGAAUUUGACAUGAAGCCUGUCUGUAAGAAAUGCUAUGAGAAAUUCCCUCUGGAGUUGAAGAAAAGGCUUAAGAAGCUCUCGGAAACCUUAGCAAGAAAAUAGAUCCCAAUGUCCCCUGUGGCCUAGAAGAACUGUUGCAGCAUACAGAAUGCUUACUGAAAGAGAAAUGAUCAGAUUCUACUUGACUUUGUUCUGUUCACUGAGGCUGUUACCUGCACUAACCUUCACAGCAACAUAUGUAUCUGCAUGAAUACUGCAUUAAAUUACCACGCACAGGCUAUUUAUUCUCACCUCUUUCGGUUGCUUUUGUGGUACUUGCCUUACUUUAUCCUGUCUGAGGAUUCACUGUGUGUGCCAAUAAUUCAGUGGGCGAAGACACGUCAUAUAGAUAAAACACAAAUAUAUCUGGAGUUCCUGCUAGGAAUUCUGUGCACUUGUACCAUUUUAUCACAUAGAAUUCUAUAAACAAAUUUACAUCACAGUGAGUCUCUUCCACAACAAAUAGUAUAUCUGCUUCAGGAGAAAAUAAACUAACGAUUUCAUGUACUUUUAGAAUGUAAGCUGGUGCAUUUAAGUUAGAUGGACAACAGAGAUAUUUGUCAAGCACUAUUGCUGCUAUAGAAGGAUAAUUGUUUUGUAAAUUCUGUACCACCGGAACAAAUAAAGGAGAAUUUACACUGUGAUGGUUUUGGACAAGAAUCAAAGGCCGUUUAAUUAGCAGUUAAUAGGAGUGAUAAUCCAGCAACUGCCUAAUGGUUUCAGGUGGCCCAAUCAUUUCAUAGAAAGUGCAGGUUACAAUAAUCAUUUCAAGUGCAAUGGCAUAUUAGGACUACAAUGCUACCUAAUUGGAUGCUGUUCACCAUAUGUAUUAAGUUUCUGGUCUACUGGACAAAUAGUAGCCAUGCUACCACUCUGUAGAAUUUCUUUUUAUUGGUUUAUCUUUCAUAUUUGUCCCUGUGAAUGAGCUAUAGGGACUUAUCCAAAACAAAAUGACAUGUCCAAAUCUUUCAGUUAAACCAAACUGCCAGUCAGUCACUUAAAGUGGUUCUGUCACCACUUGCAUUUCUUAUAUGUUUAUCCUCUUCCUCUUUCAGUGUCCUUCAUUCUUUUCCUUAUUUCUCUUUAAAACUUUUUUUAAAAUCAACUUGGUCGUAUGUAUUUUCUCUGGAUUUGACAAUUUUGACAAAAGAAGUGGAGUUUGCUUUGUGCUUUAAGCUGCACCCUUUAACCGGAUUGUCAAGCAUAGGAAAAAUGCCAAAGCAAAAUAGAUAAAAUUUCGUAUUAUGUUUUAAAGAGAAAUAGAUAAGAAAUGUUAAAAAGAAGAACAGAUUCUGAAAGAGGAAGAGAAGAAGAAACAAUAGUAUAAAGGUCACAUUUGAACUGACAGAGCCACUUUAUUUAAGAAGCAUAGUGUUCAAUUGUGUUCUGGACUUAACUUGCACAACCAAUGCAGAACUAGUGCCUUGACCCACAUAAUGUGGACAGUUAACACAUCUCGAAUCAUAAGCAGAGUAAUAUCUCAAAAGGGAAUAAUAGAAUGCAAUUAAUUCAGAGCAUUUUGACAACUACUUGAAUUCUAAUGAUCUGCUCUGCAAUGUUUCUUACUGUGCAUGCGUCUUAUUUUCAUUGCUUAAUGUGUUUGUUUUUGUGCCAUAUCCUGUAUUUCAAUCUAACAGACAUAUAGUCGUUAUUAUGUAUUUAAACAUGUAUGGGAACUUGUGCUCCUCCCCCUCCCCCCUUCCUUAUUCUAUGCAGUAAACACAUGCUGUGCAUUCCCAAAAGACAGUAUGCUUUUACCUUGAACAUAUGAAGUAUUUUUAAUGCAAGUUAUCAUAUUUACAGUUAUAUAAUCAUGAGUUUAUAUCAAUGCCUAUUCUCUACUUUAAUGUGUAAUAUGAAUAUUUUAUUUUUUACAUACAUACCUACAUUGUCACUUUUGUGAAAGAUAUUGAGUUGAAAUUAAAGAUAUAUCAAUAGCUUUAUGGUUAGUUCAUAUUUUCUUUAGCAUUUCCAGAAGCCUAUCUGUUAAAUGUUGCACAGGAAUACAACAAAUGGACAACUUUAUACCUUGCCCUUUAAAACAAUAUUUGUUCUCAGGUUGAAAAACCAUGUUGUCUGAACAUUUUUACAAAAUGGUUAAUAAAUUCUUUACACUUAAAGUAAACUAGCUUCUCUCUUCUGUCUUGCAAACAUUACCAUAUUUUUGUUGUUCUAAGCACAGUUCUAAGCAGCCUGCAAUGUCAAAGGAGUUAGUCCUCCUAAUCCUUAGUCCUGCAUUCCUGUCUUGCAAGCAGACAG